GUGCGUGCGCCGGGAGACGCCUCCUCCUCCUCCUCCUCCUCCCCCUCCCUCUCCCUCCCCUCAGAGGAUAAGCGGCCGCCGGUGCUGAAUGAGAGCGGCUGAAGCGAGCGGGCUGAGGCGGGCGAGGAAGGGAGGGAGGCGACGGCGGCGGCUAAGCUCGGGCCGGGCAGCUCGGCUUCCUCGCCGCGUCCCGCGUUCGCUCUGCCCGCUCCUCUCGCGUCUCGUCAGCAGGUGAGUCGAGGGCGGCGGCGGAGGCGGCAGCUUCUCGGGCACCGGCGGCGUGUGGGCGAGCAGCGCCUUCCCUCAGCCGGCCCCGGGGGCGCCUCGCCGAGGCCCGCAGGGAUGGCCAGGCGGCUGCUGCCGACGCCCACGGCUCCGGCGGCGCCCGCCCUCCUCCUCCUCCUCCUCUCCGUCCCCUUUCGCCUCCAUGCCGGGCGGGGGUCUCCUUCCCGCCGAGCCCGGGAAGUCUUCCUUCCUCGCCGCGCCUCCAUUGAACUCCUCCAUUGGGUUCCAGUCAACUCCCUUUCCUGUGGUCGCGCCCCCCCCCCUCCGGCUCCAUUGAACGCCUCUCUGUCACCCACCCACCCAUUAUUUGCCCAGCGAGCGCAUGCUCUUCUUGCAACGCCUCGGGGGGCGGGGGCGGCGAAGAAGAAGAAGAAGAGGGUGGUUGGGGUCUUUGAGGAACUUUCCCCGCCUUGCUUGGCAUCUUGUGUUUCGUAUCUGACUUGACCACAUUGCCAAGUUUAUUCGAGCUCUCUCUCCCAUCAGCUGCACAGAUACAAGUCCAGAGCGAGUGUUGAGUCGCUUACUUUGCAUGGCUAGGUGAAGCCUGAUCAAGCUAAAAUGGUCACAGCAAAGGCUGCCUAGGGCUUGGGACUCGUCAAACUCCAAUUUAGGGUUAUAUUGGCAAAUUCUUGGUUCAGUUCUGUGUGCUUUUCUACUCUAUGUACUGUCACGUUGGGCGGGUUGUUGGCCUUGCUGAGUUUGGCCAAAAAUCUAAUGCAACCAAGAGUCUUCUUUUCUAUGUACUGAGGAUGCAUGUGUAAAAUAAACACACUUGUGCAUUCUACCUACUCACUCACCCACCCAGCCACCCUAAACCCAUUUAGGUGCCUUGUCAUGCAUCUGUUAAACUGGACUCUGGCCUAUGAAAUUUUAGGCCAGAAUGAAUUGAUUUGCCUUUAAGAUGCCGGAGGAAUCUCUUACCCAUAUUCUGUUGCUGUUUUCCUUGCUUUGUUUUGGAGCAGGGUUAGAACUUGCCUUCCCUUAAUUUGUGUUUAAUUAAAGCAUACAUGUGCAUGCCUGGAGCUUUCUCUAUUCUACAUGGACUAGCAGGCUUUCUAGUUCUCCCCUCUCCUUACCAUGAGACAUUGUCAUUCCUAUUCCGGAGCUUGAGGUGAGUCACAACUCUAUCAUCCGUGUUAACUAUGUAGGAGGUGAGGGGUUUGGAUAUGUCAUGAUAGGCGUGCAGCCUCCAUCCAACCCGCCAUGGAAAAAUUGACCAAAAGAGUAUUGCCAUGCCUUUCAAAGGCAGAGUAACUAGUGGGAUUUAGAAGCCAUUCCAAUUUCUCUAAGCUAUUUGCUGUGCGGUAGCUAUUUUUACUAGAGGAUAAUUUUGAAUAAGAAGUGGCAAAUGGUCAAUCCCUGCUCAGUUGCUGUCUUGUCAGAGUGCACUUGUAGUACAUUCGGUGCACUUGCCUUCAAGUGCUCCUUCUGCUUCUAUUUUGGCAACUGUGGGGUCUUCGUUGUAUUACUGAGGGUUGGAUUUGUUGCAGAGACCACAAGUUGCUAAUAUGUAAAAGACAGCUGUAGCUGUAGUCUCAGGUAAAUAGAAAAGAGAGAACAAUUAUAUAUUUUUUGAACUAGCUUCUGAUUGUUUAAUAAGUUUUGGAGUUAUGUUUUGCAAUAGGGAAUUCUAAACAAAUUUCCCACAGGAGCUUCCUUGAUUUGGUGCCUUGACACCUUGCUUUUGAAGUGUAGGACACAAAACACCAGGUGAAAACAAUAUGUUGCACUUGAUUUGGCACAUACCUAUACUGAAGAAAUUGCCUCCACUUAAUUUUGAUUCACCUCAUUUUGCCAAGUAGAUUACCAGGUGGAGCCUUGUUCACUCUGGCUACCAUACAGCUUUUUAGGUCAGUUGUCCUUAACUGGUACUGGAGAGAUCCCAAAAUACCUUGUAGAACACCUUGCUUCGCCAACGAAAGUAUCACCAUUUUGUUUUUUCUCUGCAUAACUUGCACAGUAGAAGAGCAAGAGGGCCUGUUGGAACAGAAGCCAUGUUUGGUUCUGCGCUUUUUGUGUGUGGGUUGUCUGGUUGGUUAUACAGGCAGCACAGCAUGAAAAUGAGCACUCUCAAAAUACAGCGCAACUAACUAUUAGUGGGUUUUUGCACACCCCGUUCCCAUGAGUAUUGCUUUAUUAUUUUGGUAUUUUUUAAUGGAAUUUAUAUGAAAUAUCAAUGUAUUAUAUGAUUCCCCCCUCCCCUGGUAUUGUGUGUAUAUAUAUUCUUUUUCUCUCAGAUGCUUGGAGACCUCCAGGUGACAAGCAACUAAUAAGUCUAAUAAAUGAAAUGUAGUGGAGCUGAGCAGCUACAGAGAGCAAUGGAGAUAAUGGAGGCUCUUCAGACAUUAGCAGUAGUUCUGAAGGCUGAAGAUUAGCCCACUAGACCUCUAUCUUUCACACAAUAAGCAGGAUGUGUGAAGUAUGGGAGGGCAGUGGCUUCUCCUCAAGCAUGUGCUCUUUAAUGCACCGGAGUGAUAAGCUUGAAUUUCCUGAAUUUCAGUGCAUGUGUCAGGACAGAGCGUCGUUUUAAAAAAAAUAUGCUGUAGACCUUUCAGUAAAAUAUUCCCAGAGUGACAUUACUUUUAGUGAUUGAAUACAGAACCACAAAAUAAUAGUUAUUCCAUAUUAAAUAAUACAGAAUAAUGGAAUGUGGUUCUGUGUAGGUGCCGUUUAUAUUUUCUUUUUUCUCACUUGGUGAUUGUGUUACUGUGUGUGAAUAGCGGUAAGGGUGUAAAAAUUCUACCCACAGCAGUGGAAGUGUUUUUAACAGAACUCCUUCUCCCAGUAUAGAGUGAGAAAUACAUUACCGUACUUACAGGAUAGAAAACAAAAUUCAGCAUGGAUGAGAACUGGUGAUGUGUGCUUUCAGUGAUGAUUAUAUGUACCGUAUGUAUUGGGUGCCUGAGGUGAAUGAACAGGUUUGAACAUACCACUAUAGGGAAAACUGCAUCAAUUGAAACUUGCAUCAGUGGAACUUGCAUCUUUGUGUGGGAUUAUUGGGGCUUGUGCUUUUGUGACUGGGAUCAUGAGGCACAUGCAAAAUAUAUCUGGGUUUGGAUUAAAGUAUCCUUAUUUGAGAACCUGGUGCAGCUCCCUCCCUCUGUGGGAAAGGCACCAGGAAUUGCCACCCACCUGCAUAUUGGCACAGGUAGACAAAAGAACCUUCUCUUUCUGUUCAGACUGGUAAGGUAAAGGACCCCUGGACUGUUAAGUCCUGUCAAAGGUGGCUGUGGGGUUGCAGUGCUCAUCUCGCUUUCAGACCAAGGGAGCCGGCUUUUGUCCGCAGACAGCUUUCCGGGUCAUGAAGCAGGUGCACCAGGGUUACAGUUCUGACAGCGAAGAAAAAAGCGUGGAUGAUAAUGGAAACUAGAGCUCGGGGCCAGUUUCAGUGUCAUCAUCCACCCCUUCCCAUACUGUGACUAGGAAAAGAUGCUGAGGAGCUGUUACCUAGUGCUUUUGAAAAGCAGAGAUCAGCCAGGUUGGAGAGAAUUGAAGUUGUGCAAAUGCCUGUGCCUCAUCGAAAGGGGGAAAGGCUACUACUGGGGAAUUUGGAUCACUGUGUUUCCACUAGAAGCAGCAAGCAGCUUGCAUAGUGGGCAAAGAAACAUUCAUUGGAGUAGUGCCUUUGGGCAUGACCCCCAAAUCUGCCAUUCAUUGCUGCUGUCUCAGGAAAGGCAUUCUUCUGCAAAGGGCAUCAGUUUCCACAUUAAGUGACCACCAUGGCAGGAGUGCUGCUGCUCAUGUUGGCUUGUCUUCACUGACAAUGCUACGUAAUGGCAUCAUUGAACCAGUGCUUCCCAUGAUCACUACUGCUUCAAAACUCUCCUCCCAUGCUGUCUUCCAUGGCCUCUUGGUCUACAUUCCCCUUUUGUUUUGGUUCAGUCCUCCUGUUGUCUCCUAACUCUUAGUCUGUCUACACCAGCACAACCAGCCAGUCUUGCAAACCUCACAGAUCACAGGGGGCUGAGAAUGGUGCAUUUUAAAAACUAGCAGGGUGGUGGAGUGUGUGUAAAUAUUGAGCUGAACUGGGGUAUUUGAAUUCUUAACAAUUUGGUACUAAAUUUGCAGUUCCAGUUCUAAUAUAAAUACAGAAAUGACUUUCUCUCCAUUCUCCUGUUAGCAUCUUUAACACAAUCAGUUCACAGAACUUCACCCUUAAUUCUGAAGCGGGUUUCAUGGUUCAAAUUGAGAGGUAUAAAUAAGAUGUGACUAUUUGGAGAAUAUGAUGUUGAAAGAGGACUGUACAGUAUGCAACUGAUUGAUGCUGCACCAUAAUAGUAGAAUAUUCUAGUUUGGUUGCAAUAACCAACCACCGUUGGAAAGAGAGCUAUAGGAUUUACAUUGUUCUUAACGUAGCUCUGAAAAGUUUGUACAGAAGGGAUGAGCUCUGUGAGUGUGUAUGUAUGUGAUUGUAUAAAGUUGUGUCAACACAAGAAUGGGUUAUCAAGAGGCAUGGCCUCCUAAGGCACUGGACUCCCAUCAUCCCAAGCCAGUCUGGGUCAGGGAUGAUGGGAGUUGGGAGACCCGCAACAUCUUGAGAGCCACAGGUUUCCCACUCCUGCCCUAAAGUAAGAUUAUGGUUCAAAAUAUAUACCAUAUUUUUCGCUCUAUAAGACGCACCAGACCACAAGAUGCGCCUAGUUUUUGGAGGAGGAAAACAAGAAAAAAAAUAUUCUGAAUCUCAGAAGCCAGAACAGCAAGAGGGAUCGCUGUGCAGUGAAAGCAGCAAUCCCUCUUGCUGUUCUGGCUUCUGGGAUAGCUGUGCAGCCUGCAUUCGCUCCAUAGGACGCACACACAUUUCCCCUUACUUUUUAGGAGGGAAAAAGUGAGUCUUAUAGAGCAGAAAAUACGGUAAUUGGUUUGUAUGUUUACUUCAUCAAAUACAAAUUGUCAGUGUAAGCUAGCCUGACAAUUUAAGGUGUUGGCAUUGUUGGGAAAGAAGUUAUUUAUACCCCCAAUUUAAACAAUGUUUUAUGGCAUAAGUCAACUUGGUGCCAUUCAUAUGUUUUAGACUUGAACUUCCAUAAGCCCCAGCCAGCACACAGCACAUUGAAUUGGACAGGAAGCUAAGAGGUUUACAAUCUGUAGAAACCCAAUAGGGCUAAAUGAUGAUAAACAUUUACCUCUGGGGGGCACUGCUUUCUAGGACAAAGUGGUGAUUGACACUUGGAUACAACCUUUGCUCUUUAAUGUUUAAAAUUGCCAUUCUACAUGUAAAUAAGGUUUGCUUUUGGGAGAUAGGAGGUACAUUUGAACAGACAAUGUCCUUGAUUUAGCCCAUUCUAAUCAGAGUAUCAGGGGAUUUAAUUUCCACUUAAAGUGAAAGUACAAAGUCAGGGUUAACAAAUAUCCAGACCAUAAGAAAUAAAUGCUGUGUUAAUUUAAUAGCUGAUAAGUUGCUGUAGGGCAGUGUUUCCAUGGAGGAGCCUUUUGUAACGUGUACUUUCACUUUCUAAACACUUCUUACUGGUCUGAGAGAGUAAGUUGAUUUUCUAAGGAAAAGUAUGUCAAGCCUCGAGUGCUCACUGAGCUGUGAUACUGUAAUUGAAAUUAAUAACUUCCUAUAAUGUCAUCGACUGUGUUUUAUUGUAUCACUUCCAAAACAACAAAUCCAGAAAAAAAUUGGAGAAUCUGAGGAGAUGAGUAUUCAUGUAUGUGUACUUUUUGGAAGGAGACAUUUCUGUGAUGCCAAAGGUAUAAUUAUGAAAGAUGGAGAUAGUACAUAAGCUAAUCUUUGUUUUCAUGGAUACCAGUGCAGACUAUAAGAUUUCAACUGCCUCCAUAGUUUUCAGAGGCAGAGGGAGGAUUUUUUUUCUUCCCCAUUAACCUUUUAAUUUCUUGCUGGUUGUAAGACGGAAUGUAGUAGGUCCCCUUUGCAACCUAGUCUUUGUUACCACAAUGCAUUUCCUGACAUAGAAAAGGCAAUAUGUGUUUGAACGGUCACAUCUUUUCCUCUUCUGCCUUGUCCAGUGUGGUUUCUAUAAUCUUUAUUCCUUUGGAGUAUUUGUUUUCUUAGUUCUUAUUUGUUUUCUUAGUUCUUCACCUCAUUGGGAAGCAUUGUUUUUCCACAGACUUUAUGAAAGUAAGGACUUCUAUAUCAUGAUUGUGCAGGAAAUUAAUUAGAAUUUGCCAGUGCCCCAUAAGAAUUGAGAGAUUAUAGAAGUACUCAUUAGAUCUAAGAUUCUAGCCUUGCUGACCUAAAGGGGGAACUGUCCUAUUUUUGCCCUGAAUCAAGUAGGCAGUAUCUAGGUCUAGCUGUAAAUAUCCUGAACCAGUUCUUCAAACAAACAAACAAACAAACAAACAAACAAAAACAAACAACGGGGUGUGUGUGUGUGUGUGUGUGUGUGUGUGUGUGUAUAUAUAUAUAUAUAUGGAAUGCCUAAGGGAUCCCAGGAACAUAAAAUAGAUUGGAUAUCCUUCUCUGACAUUGCACUCUUCCCUGCCCUCCACUGUCACAGAAACCCCUGAAGACCUGACCUGGCACCUGAGCUCUGACAUCACGAGCCAAAAAGAGCAUCCUUGGGAUGACUUGGAAGCAGCUUGGAUCUGAAGCUGUCCCAAUACCCUGGUAUACCCCUAAAACAAAAUUUAGACCAGUAAUUUACUUCUAAUUGAGAAGUAAAUUACUGGUCUAAAUGGGAAAUGUUUAAAGAGAAAAUGAAGAUGGAGUCCAAGAAUGCUAUCCCAACAUAACUGCAUAUUGUUGCGUGACAACAUGGCAUCAGAAAUCACCCUGUGUUCUGGUGGCUUGCUAUUUUUAUCCAGCAAUGUAUGUUGUUGUAUGUGUUUAUGCACUUCUCUUCAGAGUAGAGAACAAACACAGUUGAGGGAGUCCAAGUGCAUGUGCAAAUUCACCAUUAGCUUGUAUCCAGGUGGGAGUUAGUGUUUGCUUUGCAUAGACAUCUUGAUUCAAGUUAGAGUGGAUUAUUGGCUCUGUAAGAAGUAUUUUGCUCCACCUGAUCUGUCAACGUGUCUUUUUCUUUGACUCACCAGGGUGCAGUGACAGUUCUAGACAGAAAAACAAAAGUGAGGUAGAUCUCCAAAGAUGUUGUGGAUUAGUUCAUUUCUCAGAAUUUUUUUAUUGUUAUGGAAAAGGAUGAAUUGAUCCACAGAAAAAUGAUCCACAAAUAAUCCAUUAAGCAAAUAAAACAAUAAAUAUCAUCUGAUAUAGUACAUUGCUUGAGAAAAAUAAGAAUAUAGGCAACGUUCUUAAUUUUACAAAACUAAUCAACUGUAGGACUGAGCAUGAUUCUGUUCUUUAUCAUUCCAGUAUAUAAUGAACAUAUACUUUUAUGCAAUAAAGCUUUUAUUACUCCAUCUGCUCUCUUUUCUUAAUAAUAAGCUUAAGUAUAUGCAUCUCAUUGCAGAUUAUUUAUUUAUUGCAUUCAUAUCCUAACUUUUCUCCAAGGAACUCAUGGUGUCAUACAGUUAUCUCCCUCUUCAUUUAAUCGCCACAAGGUUAGGCUGUGAGGCAGUGACUGGCUCAAGUGACCCAGUGAGCUUCCUUGCUGUGUGUGGAUUCAAACUCUGGUCUCCCAGGUACAGUACUAGUCCCACACCCUAAACAUCUAAACCUCCAUGAUGAAACUCUGUCUCUGUUUAGUAGCUAAUUGGCAUUUUAGCUGUUGCUUGUAGAUGGAUAAUCAUCCUUCUGCAUCCCAUGUAUUAUAUUGCCAGAUCACGCAACUAUUGUGCCAGAUGCCACUGUAUCCUAUCAGUUCUCUAAUACUCUAAAAUUACUUCCCAGUACCCCUUUGAUUAUUCACACAGCCCCCAGAAUAUGUGCAAUAUCUCCUCUUGUGUUUAUGCCCCUCCUACACCAUCACCUUCUCUGGGUAUAUUUGGAUUAAUCUGGGUGUUAAAUAACACCUUAGGUCCGGGGACUCUCUGGAUCAGAUUGGGAGUGGGUACAGCAAGGAGAAAGAGAACAGGAAGGGGAAGUCUCAUCUUGGGAGUAGAGGUCCAUUCACAUGAUGUUGGUUAUUGCCCAAGUUUUCUAUUGGAGCUAUAAAAGGUAAAGGACCCCUCACAGUUAAGUCCAGUCACGAACGACUCUGGGGUUGCGGCGCUCAUCUCGCUUUACAGGCCGAAGGAGCCAUUUGUCUGCAGACAGUUUUUCCGGGUCAUGACUAAGCCGCUUCUGGCAAAACUAGACCAGCGCACGGAAACACCGUUUACCUUCCUGCUGGAGCGGUACCUAUUUAUCUACUUGCACUUGACGUGCUUUCGAACUGCUAGGUUGGCAGGAGCAGGGACCGAGCAACGGGAGCUCACCCCGUCGUGGGGAUUCGAACUGCCGACCUUCUGAUUGGCGAGCCCAAGGCUCAGUGGUUUAGACCACAGUGCCAUUGGAGCUAUAGCCCACGUCUAUUUCCAUCUUUAUUACAUUUAUAUCCAGCAUUUCCUCCAAGAAGCUGAAGAUGGUGUGCAUGCUCCCUACCCAUUUUAUCCUCAUAAACAACUUUGUGAAGUAGAUUAGGCUAAAAGAUAACUGGUCUAAGUUCAACCAGAGCAGAAUUCACCUAAAGCAGUCAUGUCCAAAGUCCGUUUUGUGGGCCUAAUCCGGCCUGCUGGUCUGUUUAAUCUGGCCCCUGUGGCAGUUUAUUUCCCAGGGUAAUUUGGCCCUUAACUUCAUCAAAUCUGGCCCCCUUUGAAAAAAGUUUGGACACCUCUGACCUAAAGCGACCCAUCUGCUGUGCAGAAGGACUUCUGCUUACGCAACAGGGCUUUUUACUCCCCACAGCCACAACACCCCAUUAAAUUGGCUUGGAGUGGAGAACUCAAGAGUAGCAUGAGUGGGGAAGACACAGGGGGUUGUACAUCCACAAGCAUUUCAGCUUGCCCAGCGGAGUGAUUGCUUUAGCCUGAUGUUGCAAAAUUCUAUUUUCAUUCGCCUUGGUAAGAACUUUACCAACUAUCUAGUUACUUUAAUUUUAUUACUAUUUUGAACAUUUUCUUUGGGAGGCAUUUUGCUUCUCUGCUUCAUAUUAAUACAGUCAUACCUCGGGUUACAGACGCUUCAGGUUGCUUGUUUGCGGGUUGCGCACCACGCCGAACUCGGAAGUACUGGAACAGGUUACUUCUGGGUUUCAGUGCUUGCGCAUGUGCAGAAGUGCUGAAUCGCAACCCGCGCGUGCGCAGACACGGCACUGCGGGUUGCGAACGUGCCUCCCGCACAGAUCACGUUCGCAACCCGAGCGUCCACUGUACUACUACAUAUUUAGUUACGACUCUGAGUUAGGAAAUAGUACAGAGCUAGGUUUUCUUUAUACUAGACCAGGGAUGGGGAACCCUUUUCAGCCUUUGAGGGCCACAUGCCAGUGGUGGAAGGGGUUGGAGACAAAAGAGGACAGAGUAUCAGGUUUUUAAGGCUUGAUGUUUUUAUUAUGUUUUUAGAUAUGUUGUAAGCUGCCCAGAGUGGCUGGGGAAAAUCAGACAGAUGGGCGGGGUAUAAAUAAUAAAAUAUUAUUGUUAUUAUGAAUGUACAUUUUUCUUUGCACAGUAAGCUAGUUUCUGCACAGACACAGUCACUCACUCACUAUCUAUCCUCCAUCCAGGCAAGCAAAAUGCAUUAUCAAAGUUCAAGGACACAUUCCAGCAAGGCAAAAACACUCUAGGAUAGUUUUGCUGAGGUUCCUCAACCCUGUACUUGUUUUAGAUUGAUUUUCUGUUGCAUUGUUUUUUUUUAAUGUUACUGUUUCUUUUUGUACAGAAUCCACAGCAUUUUAAAUGUGCUGAUUAUGCCUUGUUUCAUUAUUGAAGCUUCAUUAUGCAUAAACCAGGUUGUCUCAUGAUUUAGCAUUGCAGCUAGAUAAUUUGCAUUUAUGGUUUUGAAAUCCUAAGCCUUCUGCUCUUUUUGGUUUGUAAAGUGUUUUUGGUGCUAUCCUUGGUCUUUUCCCAGACCAAAAGAAAUUACGGUAAAUAAGUUUUGCCAGUUGUUAAAAAUUUGGAAAGAUAUCAGCAGUGGAAUGAAUACAAGCAAAACCUUUGGAAGAACAUUCAGUUGUAAAGCUGGUAGUCAUCUAUCAAUAUCUUUGUCUUUUCAUAUAAACUGUCGUGGUUAAUUUUGACCAUGUAGUUUACAUUCUAAUAUAUCCUAAUUCCUAAAUAUGACAGAUCUUUGGAGAAUUAGAUAUUGUGUGAAAUCAUAUCUUAGCUUUUUGUAGGUAACCCCCCUCUCAUUACGAUUUUUAAAGGUUUACCUUGUAUCCUGAAGUAUUUCUGAAUUUGUAUUAUAAAGUUUCAGGUAAAAUGUUUCUGGGUUCAUUUAAUAACAGUAACCCUGGGGGAUGGGGUAGUUCAUAUUUGUCUUCGGCAUUCCGAGAAUUGUUUAUGAAAGAGAAAAAAUAAAAAAAUCGUAUAAUAAAGCUAUAAAAUAACAGCAUAGCACAGGAUAAAAACUCCAGUGAAUCAAAUUCUCUAACUUCCCCAGUAGCAAUUCAUAUGCUUUAAAAGUUUAGUGAAGAGAUCUCUUUCAACAACAUAAGAUGCUGGCAUUAGGAAGUCGUAUUUCUUUGGUAUUCAAGUUAUUAAGUUCAAAGGGCCAACUCAUACUUACACAGAAGUGGGGAAAGCAAAAGUAUGAGAAUCCUUGUGAAAAGGGGGCUCUUGGAUUUUUCUUAUGGUGACCUCUGAGAUGGAAAAAGGAGUUGCAAAUUCCUUUCACUUCUUUCCCUCCUUAAAUGUAAUGUCAGAACAAGCAUUUAGAGGCCCCAGUCUUGCAGACAGAAACUUUAGCUUUUCAGCCCCCACUCCCCUUUGCCUCUCUUUUGCUGAUUGGCUGCAACAAUUUCAGGAAGAAACCAUCGAGAGAAGGUGAAAUCCUACAGUAGAAAUGUUUCCAUAGGAAACAGUGGAAAUUGUGGACUCGUUAUGCAAACACUCACCUAACAAUUGUAAGCAGGACCUGCGUGUAUACACAUCCAUGUUUUGUGUCAUGUACGUAUAAGAAGGAGUUUCAUCAACACUGGGAGCUGUGUUAAUUAAAAAGCAGAAAUUUACUAUAAAAUCUUAAGUUGAUCAGAAUGAGGAACAAUCUUCUUUGCAGUUGCUAGUGCAACUAGUUUGCGCUAUAGGAGAUGGAUAAACAUAGAUGACUGAACCUCUCUGAUGAACAUCAGUUACUUUAAAACUAUCAACCUGCCCUUGAGUUAAGAACUUAGAGGGAAGACCUGUUGAGCUUACUGCAAUUGAAUGAGAUCUGCUACAUAGCCACUAGGGAAAGGGUUUUCUCUCGGUUCGUGCCCUGGUUGUGGAAUUCCCUUCCCUCUGAGUUUUCAUUGCCAGCUCAAAAUAUAUUUGUUUGCUCAGGCAUUUGUCAAUUAGGUGGCUAUUGUUUGAUUCUGUUUUAAUUACUGUUUUAUCUGUUCAGGGUGGUUUGUCUGUGCUUGCCCUGUGAAUUUGGUCUUGAUGAAACUAUGAUGUGUUUUUAUGGGUUUUACUGUACCCCAACCUGGGAUUUUUUGUUGAUGAAGGGUAGGUUUAAAAUGUUUUUACUGCCAGCUUUCCCUUGUCUUUACAUUUUUAUUAUGUUGGACCUAUGUUUUAUUUGGAGACGGUAGGCCUGUUUCUUUAGGCAUAUUUACGAACUAUUCAACCUCUCAAACAUAUGGAUAAAAAGACAUCAGUAAGAAAAAGAGCUGACAGCAUUUGUUUAUGGUAGUGUUUUAAUGCAGGAAAAUCUACUGUCAGGCAUCAUACAGCAGAACCAGAAGUAAGUCCUAUUGAAUUCAGUGGGGCUUACUCGCAAGUAAGUAGUGUUGGAAUUGCAGCCUCAAUGACCUUACCGUCCUGCUUUUUAUAUAAGAACUUAAAAGCCCAAUCAAAACAUCUGGCUACAUUUCUGAACAACAACAAAAGUUUCAUACUUGAGGUAGAUUGUCAAUUAUCAGGAAGUGAUAUCCUUGCACGUCUGUCUGGUAAGGUAGAAUGAGUUAAGAAAAUACAUAAUUCACUGCAGUCCUUUGCAUGUCUACUUUAUACGUCUCAUUGAGUGGGACUUGCUCCCAGAUAAUUAAGUAUUGGAUUGCUGCCUAACAGUGUAGCACUAGACAUGCCUACUCCCAGAUACAUGUGUUUAGUAAUAAAGUCCCAGUGGCAUAUCUCUUAGCCUACAAUAUAUGAGUAGCCUUAUUAAUUUGAUCAAGAUAAUAUAAAAUAAAUAUAAUUCGGUGGGUUGUAUUCAAUGAAGACAUUACACAGGCAAAACAAGCUCCACUUGUGCAACAGAAAUUCCACCCCCCCUCUGUACUUCUCCCCCCCCCCCCGAAAACACCUGCCCCGAACAAAUUGCAGGGGCAGGAACGGGAAACUCAGGAACGAGGAGCACAUUCCAUUCGUGCAUUGACUUACUUGGAUUCAACCCUAUAUCCUUGACAAAGUUUGCUUCUUUGCUAUCCUAGCAUUUCCACUAUCCAGAUGAAAGAGACAGUAGUAAAAAUCAACAAGUCAUUUUAUAAAGGAUGCUCAAUCAUAUGUGGUAUUACUCAAAUAAAAGUUUUAAGUACAGUGCAUGAAAUUAUGAAAUCUCAAUACCGUUGGGGCUCAAUCAACUGCUAAAAAGAAAAAAAUCAGUAUAAAAUUGUAUGUUGAGGUAGUGUUAUUACCUUUUGUUUUUUUGUUUUUAAACAGUCUUGACUGUAAAAUUCAUCUUUUAUUCUCUAAGCUGGAACAGUUCCUGCCUGUUCUCUGCCUUAUCAAAGAAAUACACCUAAAGUCUCUUGCAAGAAGCAUUAAAUUCACCAAUUGUAAUGAAUUUUGGCUGAUUUUAGGCUGCUGUUAGCAAACAAAUUAUUUAACAUGGCCUUGGCAUAAAAUAUUUUCAUAGCCUUCCUCUUGCAUUUAAAUAUACAGUAUACCAGAUUUUCAGUUUGUUCAGCUUCUGCUGUGCAGCGUUGAGACUAUGUUAAAUUUUGUUGUGUCUGGUUCAGGCUUUGGUUGUAAAAAGGUCAAGAACCUUUUCCAGCCUCAUGGUCACAUGGGCAACCUUCCAGGGGCCGCACGCCAGUGGUGGGCAGGGCCAGAGUCAAAGCGGUAGGCGUAAUCAAUGUAAAUUUUACUUUUGUAUAGCAGGCUUGACUUCUACCCCCAAUUGCACUCCUCUUUAACCCCCAUCCACGCCAACUAGAGUCCUUAUCAGAAUUCCCUUCACCCCCCCCCCAAAGAAAAAUGUGAUGUAAGGCUGAUGAAGGAUGUGGUCUGAGGAAAGUCCCAACGGUGCUAUGUAUGAUGUUCUGCAUGCAUAUUGGGACACUUCACGGUUUCCUCUUCUGGCUACUGCCCCACAAAUGUCUUCUGGAACAGCAUUUUAUGAAGUGCAAGGGGAUAGCACACCUCGGUGUGUACACUCAUCGGCUUUUCUGGAUUUUAACCAGAAAAUAUAUUCAUAGAACUUGAGAAAUCUCUUUGUAUUGUGUUUUUAAAUGUACAACAUUUUUGUACAACACUGUGCAACAUUGUGCAAACAUGCAAUUUGAUUUCACAUUUCUGUUUUGGAUUUGUUAUUUAUGAGUUGGUAUUUGUUAUCUUUGCUAAAGAUAACAAUUGUAUGUGGUUUUUAUCUUCCAGAACUGAGGUUUCUCUGCCAAACUGGGAUGUGGAUAUUAAAUUGAACCACUCACAUUAGGAAAUAGAUUGGAUCCACCCUAUUGGCUUUUGCACUACUUAUGCUUCCUUGAUGGAUUGCUGUCUCUAUUUCAGAACUGUGAAAGCUUCUCUGCUAGACCAUCACUUUGUGGCACAGAACAGCUUGUGUUUCCAUGUUUCCAAUUAUGAAGAGAUAAAAUGUAAAGUACAUACACAUAAAUUUCUCUCCCUUUGUGGUUUUAUUUAUUUUACUAGGUGUUUUGUUACUCAAGCAUAAUGUGACUUUUCUUUUGAAACACCAACAUAAUUUUAUGUUUAUACAGUAUAUAAACAUAAAGUACUGGCUAUUUUACAUCCAGGAUUAAGUCAGUCUCAUUUCUCAUGCCGUAAACUGCUUUAUGCUUUCUUAGUGGUAUUACUCCAUUUCUGGUUCUUGACACCCAUUGGAGCCGCCUCCACUCAAAAUAGCUUAAUCACAGAUUCUUUGCUAUUUUUGAGAGUGUAAUUUAUAACAACUUUUUUAAAAUGUAGGAGAAAUCUAGAAAUACAUGCACCUCUGAAACAAAGUGUUCAGUUUGCCUUGGAAAUAAGUUACAGCACAGCUUAAUUUGGCUGUUUUGGAAGCAUGAGUUUCUGUGUGAAAUGAGAUAUUGAAUUACUUUUCCUACUAGAAAUAAUGGAGAAGCUGGUCAUAUUAAGGGUGUUAAAACUGUGACAGCCCAGUUAGCAUUCUCUUAUGCUCUCUCCCAGUCUCAAAGGACUGAAGAGAAUGGGUAUGUUGCCCACUUGCCUCCUGGCAUGCUGUUCAGGAGCCCCCCCCUUGAAAUGAAACAGUCCACGUCUGGGUUGGAAAUGGUGCUAACCUUAUUGGAUGCAGCUAUCCCAAGGUUUGGCAUGGCAUAGGGGAGCCUACUGAUUUUGGUCAGCCUGUGUUCUGGGUGCCCACUAUGCAGUCUGGCCACCUUUGUGUGGGCUGUUCUGGGGCUCCCUGCAGACAAUGAGGAUGUGUGAUGGAUGCAGGCUGAUAAUGGUACUAUAAUGUAGGUAGGAAGGUAAGUCACACCCUCAAAUCCUGCUGGUAGUGUAGGGAUGAGGCAUCUGCUGUGGCUCUGGACAAGCAGGUGCAAGAAGACUCUUUUGGGACCGCUACUCGAUAGAUGAAUUUGAGGUGACUCAGUGGGACCCGCAGCUGGUGAAAUGUACAUUUCUUCACCUGCAGAAUAUUACCAGUCAAGCCCUGUAAAGUCACCAACUUAACAUGUGCUUGGGCGUUUAAAAAUUUCAGAUAUUUUCUAGGCAUGCUGUUGAACUUUUUACCCGUGGUGUAAAUUUGCUUACUUCAUUUAUGUUGUACAAUUUGAUGAUGGGAAUAUAGGAUCUGGGAGUAAGAAACCAGGCAUUUUUCUAUCGAGAGUGCUUUCCUUUGACUUAUGGGUUCACCACUCUUUCACCUCUUUCUGCCAGACAUGUUCAUGAUUUAGUUGGCAACCAUUGGCAUUCUAUAUGAAUUAUCAUAGAUUUUUUUUUGUUCCUGCGUUAGAUGACAGACUUUUUCACUUUUUCACUGCCACCUGUACUUGAAAAAUAUCAGGUGUGUCGUUUUGUGAAGAAGCCUCAAAUUUUUGAUGAUCAAAUCCAAGAGACUUCUAGACAAAAACCCACCUACACAUUAAGGGACGGUGCAAGUUUUUGUACUUGAAGUGCCACAGUUUGUUUAGGCAUAAAUUUUGGAUUUGUAGGUUGUUCAUUGUCCAGUAUAUAGCCACAUUUGUUUACGUAGUGCUGAGCAUCAUUGGCCAGUUGAUACUGUGCUUGCAUUAUUUAAAUGUUAGAGAACUUUUGGCUGCUGAGCACAAAAACAGUCAUGUUGAACAAUUCAAACUGUGCAAGUCUGGUGCAUGUAUUUAUAGAGUAAGCAAAUGGUGAUUAGUAUUGUGAAGGGUUCCAGAGUUCUCAUUGGUGUUGAAAAAUGCCCACCUGAGGUUUUGAGUUACUUAUUGUAAACUGCCCUGCUACGGAGUUUCUGAAUCAUGUAAUCUCUGAAGAAUGACUGACCCUGCGGAAUGUUUUUGAAAAUACUAACUUAGGUUUGGUGCUGUUUAAACAUGUUUGGAGACUGAUGUGAAAAUCUGGUUUCUGAUGCAGGUAUUUAAGCUUAGCUGCUAACAACAACAUGAUCUGUCCUAUUGCUUCUUUUGUUCUGAAGGGAGAUUUGUGGUUCCCCUCCAUUUUAAGAUCUUGCAGUGACUGAUGUAAUGUCUUCUUGAUCAUUGACCUGUGGUCAUCAAAGUGGAAGGAAAGGGAGUUAAGAGUGACAAAAUACUGAAUUUUAGGUAAACAAAAAUGCAUUUGAGAGAAGGUACUGACAGCUUUUUUUUUAUUGUGCAAAUGGCUCAGAGCAGAAGAUAGAUAGAUAAACUUUAUUUGCAUUAGCCAAUGGCCAUAGCAACAUAAAACAAGCAAUAUAUACACUUAAAAAGGCAACAAUGGGUAAAAAGGACAAUCAAAUGAUCAAGUUUAUCGUUCAGAUAGUGGCCUUUAAUCUCAUUGCACCCUCAAUAAACCUGGCAACCUUUGCUGUUGUCUGAUCAUUUUGACCUGAUAACAGAAAGAACAAUGUGGCCGCAGAUGAGCGGCCUGGGAUAGUAAGUAAGAGUGGGGGUGAUGAUCUCAUUCCUCAGAUCUUUAUAAAGGGGACAGGACAGGGGAACAUGAGUCACUGCUUGCAGAUUACUAUCUCCACAGGGGCAGAGUCGUUUCUCAGUUGGAAUCUUUUGGCACCUGCCCUCAAGUACGGUGGAGGGCAUUACAUCCAAUAUGGCCAGUGUGAAGGCACGUCUGUAUUUUGGGAUAGUUAAUUUAUACAAAUAUGGUGCCAGGGAAUCAAACUGAGAGGAGGAAAAAAAGGCAUACCAAGGACAGAGUUUCUUUAUAAUGGCCAGAUUGUUCUGUUGCUCUAAGUCCUUCAGAUGCUGUCCAGUUAGCCUUUUUGCUUUAAUAAAGCCCAUCGUGAGAAGCUGAUGUGGGUGGAGUCCACAGGAGAGGAAUUUUUGGUGCACAAUUUUGGACCACACACUUUUAUGGGGGUCUUGUGUCACUAAGGGCAGUAGACCGGGAGGAUUUAGAUUUAGACGGAGCCAAUAAUUAAGAGUAGAAGGGUUAAACUGCCACCUGUACCUGGUUUAAAUGAUAUGAGAGCCCUUGGAGAAAAUACUUGUGCAACUACCUUCCCCCAGAUUAAAGUGUGACUGAAAGUGCAAUAUGAGAUGGGGUAAAGUGAAUCUAUAUGUAUAACUUGAAAGGCUUUGCGAGUACAGUGUUUAUAAAUUUUAAGUUUGAGAAGUGCUAUGAUUGAAAGUGAAAAGCAAACUUUUAGGCUAGAAACAUUGUGGGCUAAAGUGUAAUAUAUGGUAUUGUCCUUAAUUAUAGUUACCGUAUUUUUCGCCCUAUAGGACGCACUUUUCCCCCUCCAAAAAUGAAGGGGAAAUGUGUGUGCAUCCUAUGGGGCGAAUGCAGGCUUUCGCUGAAGCCUGGAGAGCGAGAGGGGUCGGUGCGCACUCCAGGCUUCAGGAAGCUAUCCGCAAGCCGUGGGAGGGCUGCGCGAAGUCGCGCAGGUCUCCCACAGCUUUUGGAAAGCUGCCUGCACCCUGAAGCCUGGGGGCGCGCUGAGCUCAGCGCCCCCCAGGCUUCGGGCUUUGCGCAGCUCUCCCACGGCUUGUGGAGAGCUGCCUGUUCUGGGGGCUGGGGUCGGGGGAAGCUCGUGCCUGGGGGGGGAAAUAAUUUUUUUUCUUUAUUUCCCCCCCCCCCCAAAAAAAGCUAGGUGCACCCUAUGGGCCGGUGCGUUUGGAUGGUUGCAUGAUCCUUGGUUCAUUUAACCCUUUUAGUUAUUAACUAUUCCUAGUUUAUUGAGAUUAUCCCUCACCAUUGGCCAUACUGGCUAGGGCUCACAGGAGUUGGCAUCCAACAGCACCUGGAGGGUCACAGAGUUCUCAUAUUUGCAAAUGUUGAGGGUUUUUGAAGUCCAGCUGUGUAGGAUUUCAGAGAAUUAAAUCAAGUAAGACUAUUUUUAAUUAUUUUGCAGUUGGCAUGUCGUAAAAAAAUCAGAUGAAAGGUAGUUAAACAUCCCCAAUACAGCAAAUGGUACAUUGAUGAAUCAGGAGGAGUUGUCAUUAUCCUAGCGAAGCAAUCUUUCUUUUGUUACAACAAUUUAAUUUCUGACUUAUUUAUAGCGGGGGUUUUCCUGUGUGUAGAUCCACCCUAAGAGGGAAAUCUUGUUUUUUGUUUUUAUUAAAGCACAUCACAAAUGAGGCAUUCAGGAAGGAAUAUCACCACUGGGCUCAUGUGUGUUGAAUAGCCUACUUUCAGGAAGUUGUGAAAGUAAGACACCCCACUCUAGAUAAGAGGUUCUCAAAGGGCAUGGCAUACCACAUUGAUGUGACAGGAGAGGAUAGCAAGUGUGGUGGGAAGAUUCAAGGACAAUCAAAGAAACAUUUAAACAUUUCUGUGUAGCGCAAUAUAGUAUAAUAUAAUAUAGGAAAAGACAGUACACCACCCGGGACAUUCUGUUUCCUCUGCACACUACUGCCUCUGUCCCAUUCAGCAGAGAGUCACCUACUACCACCACAUGCCUCUUCCUCUGGGACGUGGCAGGAAUCUUUCUAUCCACUGUCCCUUCCAAAGCCUCUUGGAAUCUCCCCCUUGCGUUUUGGAGCCUAUCUGGAUAUUGUUGGGAUAGGUUACAAAGGCAGGAAACUUAGGGCUUGAAUACUUCCUACUCCUUCCUUUCAGCUUGCCUUCCCCAGAGUGCAUUCCCUUUCUCUGAUAUCAUCUCCAUGGAAGGUAGCAAGUGGGUUAUCAGCAUACUUAUCCAGGGUCAGUAGCCUUGGAUCUGAAGGGGUGAGGUCAAGAACGGGAAAAGACUCCUCCAAGUCCAUCUCCUCCUGUCUCUUUCUCCUCUGGGGAGUGGCAGGAAUCAUUCUGUGCACUGUACCUUUCACAGCCAGCUUGGUGUCUUCUGAGGUUGCCAACUGCUGUCCUAGCUCCUCUGGCCCAGAAUGCUGCUGUUCUGUGUGCCCAAGAGUCUUGCCCUUGCACAGCGUAACUUUCCACCCUGCUCCAGAGGAUUUGAAGAACAAUGUCCACAGGAUCUCCUUCUUGGUCUGUCACUGCCAUUGCCAGUUCAGACCCCGCCAAUAUAAGUGAAGUGAGUUUUGUUUGUUCGCCCUAAUGUGAAUCUCUUUAAGCAUGCUUAGAUUGAGGCACCACCCCCCCCAAUUUCCUCUAAACAAGGAAACUUUACUUAAUGGUUUUGGAACAAGUCUGUAUAUUAAACCAUAGAAUCUGAAGGUAGUUAAAUAUCCUAGCUUCUUCUGAAUGUGGUAGCCAUAGUUUCCUAGUUUGAAUGAAAUGGGAAGCUGUUUAAUUAGAGAUUACUUGCUUUGAUUGCUUCAUUCCAUGAAGGAAGAAACAAAGGGCUGCAUACAAAUCUCAGCUUAAUAAGAUCAAAUUUAAUAAUAUGAAUGUGACCAAUAUCUGAUUAAAAAUAAUUACACUGGAAAUCACUAUGAAAUAGGACCAAUAAAAGUUUGUUGGGAUUUGUUCUCAGCACAAGGUGGCAGCAGUGCAUUAAGUAGAAGGCAGACCAAAUAUUUUUGUAAAUCUGCAGUUAUCAAAGGUUUACAUUCUCAUUUUAAAAUGUUUUUGGCUAAACGGCAGCAUGAAUAUGAAUUCUGUAAACUGAUGAAAACAAGCAGCGCUCUUAAAAUAAACAGCUUAAUGCAUUAAUAGUCUCCGAUUAGCUAAGCAAUUGGUGAUAAUCAAGCUAAUGUAUUCCUUUAUUUCAAUCUCUUUAAAGCUAUUUAUUUCCAUCACAAACUGCUUUCCUGCCAAAGAAAAUCCUAUUCAAAGCAGCAACCGGCAUUGUAAUGAGACUACAACAUAAUAUAUCAUACAUGUGCUUAAAUACAGAAUAAUUGUGCACAUAAAAUGAGAGUCAGCAGCUGCCAAAUUUCUGUCGGAAUAUAUGAUUUAUUUAUUUAUUUUACAAAUUUCCCCAGCUGAGAACAGAAGAAGUUUGGCAGCCAUUUUUUGGGAAGGGCCAUGCCAUAAUUGUAGCAUUGCAGCCUAAGAUACACUGGUUCAAGCAGCAACAAAAAUGUCAAAGGAAGAAUCAGGAGUGCCGCUGGCUCCUGAUUUUUUUUCUUUGAAAUUGCAGUCACCCGGUGUCAAGACUGUUAGGUGGCUGGCUCUGUCCACCUAUCAAAGUGAUCCACCAAAGAUUGGCCAUCUCCACUGGUUCCCAAACCCCUGUUUUUCAGAAUGUAAACUGGAGACUAUGUGCAUUUAAUAUAAAACUGGAAAAAUAAGACAAAAGCCAACCAGUCCACGGGUUAACCAUUCAUUCUAAUGACAUUAGAGUUGCAAUAAUUAUUUUUGAAUCUUUUUCCAUAAAACAUCCCAAAGCAAUUUAAGAAUAACAACUUUUAUCAAAGCAAUUUUAUAAGCACGUAUAUGUUAUUGAACCUUCAGGUUUUGUUUAAUUUAAUUCAGGGGUGAGGAACCUUUUUUAGGCCUAAAGGCUGCAUUCCCUCUUGGCCAACCCUCUGGCAGCUACAUGCUAUCAUAGGGCAGAGAAUCUCUCUUUUCCAUGGAUGAGGUAGGAAUGGGAGCAGAAAGACCAAGAAGCCGGAACAAGAUCUCACCCCCUUAUCCCUUUCUCUGUAGCAAUUCUUCUGAACCAUCAGAGACUUUUAAGAUUUUCUGUCUUAAAUUAAAAGCACAUGUAGUAUUUAUACAGAUGGAAUUCAGGUCCUCUACUAUUUUGGCACAAAUACUUCACUAUUUGAUAGUGCACUCAAAAGUGAACUUUGUCUCAUGAAAUAACCAAUUAGUUCUAAUUUGCUGUUGUGUAUCAUCCAUAUAUCUUGCCACAAUCUUCUGAAGGGUCAACUGGAUUGCAAGGGUAUCACAAUAUCAGUUGCAUAAUAUGGUAUAUUUAAUAUUAUUAUUAUUAUUAUUAUUAUUAUUAUUUAUUUAUUUAUUUAUUUAUUUAUACCCCGCCCUCCCCAGCCAAGGCCGGGCUCAGAGAGGCUUACAAGCAAUAAUAAAAACAAGUUGAAUGAUUACAACUUAAAAACAAAAUUAAAAUACAACAUUAAAAUAUUUAAACAUUAAAAUAUUAAAAUAUAGCCUCAUUGUAGGAGGAGAAGGAAAGGAAAAAAGAAAGAGAGUGAGGGAAUCAAAUUGGCUCCAAGCCAAAGGCCAGGCGGAACAACUCCGUCUUACAGGCCCUGCGGAAAGAAAUCAGAUCCUGCAGGGCCCUGCUCUCAUGAGGCAGAGAGUUCCACCAGGCCGGAGCCAGAGUUGAAAAGGCCCUGGCUCUGGUUGAAGCCAAUCUAACUUCCUUAGGGCCCGGGACCACUAGGGUGUUGCUAUUUAUGGACCUUGAGGCUCUCCGUGGGCCAUACCGGGAGAGGCGGUCUCGUAGGUACGAGGGUCCUAGGCCGUGAAGGGCUUUAAAGGUCAAAAGCAGCACCUUAAAUCUGACCCUGUACUCUACCAGGAGCCAGUGCAGUUUGAAAAGCACUGGGUGAAUAUGCUCCCAUGGCAGAGACCCCGUGAGGAGCCUUGCUGCAGCAUUCUGCACCCGCUGGAGUCUCUGGGUCAGCUUCAAGGGCAGCCCCGCGUAGAGCGAAUUACAGUAGUCAAGCCUGGAGAUGACCAUCGCAUGGAUCACUGUGUCCAGGUCGGGGCGGGAAAGGUAAGGGACCAACUGCUUGAUGCGGCGAAGGUGGUAAAAUGUCUCCUUGGCUGUUGCUGUAACUUGCGCCUCCAUGGAAAGGGAGUACUUGAUUGAAGUCUUCUGUAAUCCCAUAGUUGGACAAACAUUCCUGUCCCAUGUUACACUUUGGAUGAUCUGUUUGACUUUCUUGAUUUAUGGAACCAUAAGCUGCUUUUUAAAUUUUCUUUCAGGAGUGAUGACUCUGAAGAUGAAUCAUUAAAGCCAUCGCUGCAAAUGUAGGGCAGUAAAUCAAUGGUGUGGACAGUAUGGACCUAAUGAAUGGGCAGCCCAGCAAUGUUAAUAUUGCAGCUACUGCUUCAGAGGUAAGGAGUCAGCAAUAGUCAGCUUAAAAAAUUGCAGGAGCAUAGUACAUGUAUACAACAGUGCAGCUUGAAAGAAGAAUGUAUUUUGGUACGCAAUAAGUUCCUGUUCUUUGCUGGAGUAUUUUAAGCAGGGAUCAUGAAAAUUUUAAAACUUGGAAAGGGUGCCUCUGAAAUUUGGUACAGUCUAGGUAAAUGGGAUGUUUUAGUGGUGCUCCCCCUUUGUGGAAUGCCCUCCCUAGGCAAAAAUGCCUGGCGCCAUCACUGUCAGUCUUUAGAAGCCAGACAGAGAUGUUUUUAUUUACCAAGGCCUCUCUUUCGGCUUUUGAGCAGGUAUGCAUUCAUAUUUUCAAUUUUGUAUUUUUGUUUUCUUAGAAGAGUAGCAGCUCGGAGUCAUUAAGUGACAAAGGUUCUGUUGAACUGAAGAAAAGUUUUGAUGCAGUGGUAUUUGAUGUUCUGAAGGUUACACCCGAGGAAUAUGCAGUAAGUAAUUAAUAAGUAAAUGUUUUGCUAAUUUAAUAGUCUUGCAGUCCAGUCCUUUAAAUGUUUCCUCAGAAGCCCCAUUAAGCUUAGUAGGAGUCACUCCCAGGUAACUGUAGAAGAGUCCAGCCUUAUUUAAUUUUCUCUCCGCCUGUCUACACCUACCUUCUCCUCUCCUAAUGUUUAUUACGUUCAGGGCUUUUUUUUAAGCCGGAACUUACCUGAACUCAGUUCCGGCACCUCUUUUCUUGAUAAAUAGCAUGAUCACAUUAUUUGCCAGAUUCUGCUGGAGGACAUUCCUGAUAGGGAUGCUACCUCCUCCUAGAUCAGGCAUGGGCAAACUUGGCCCUCCAGAUGUUUUGAGACUACAGAUUUAGAAGGUAAUUAGGCCUGAUCCAGCCCCAGGGCCUUAGUUUGCCUACCCAUGAUCUAAGCCUCUGCCACUGUAGAUUUUCUCUUUUACAGGAAGCAGAGAUGGCUCAUUGUAGAGUCGAGGAACAAUGGGAGGGCACACCAUUUUAUGAUGGCCAUUUUUCUAGUAUUUAAUAAUAAAAAGCUGGCCCAAUCUUGAAACAUUCAUUUCAAAAGGACACAACUCUUACUUUCCUUAUCACUUUUUUUUCAAAGGGCCAGAUAACACUAAUGGAUAUUCCUGUAUUUAAAGCUAUUCAGCCCGAGGUAAGUUUUUCUAAUACAACCUUUUGAUUUUAAAUAAAUCCAAGCCAGAUUUCCUUAUUAUGUCAACCCAUGCAUGUAUUCUGGAACUAAAUAUGUGUGCCAGUGUGUGUAUGCAUGUACAAAUAAUUUGUGUUUCAUGUUACAUAAUUUUAAAAUGGUACCUAGUGGUGUCAUCUGGAGUAAUUUGGUUGACCAGUGGUUGGUAGGCAAAGAAAGAAAACGGUACAAUGAAGUAUACUUUUGCUAUUCAGUUAUUCUUCUUAUAGAUGGUAUGGAAUUGAACCUCUAGGGAGACAGGUAGAUUUUUUUUUAUAGUUUUUGUAGUUUUCCUGAGUGAGUUUGAAUGUUGAGAAAAUAUUUAAUUCAUGUUCUAAACAUUCCAUGAUAACAAAGUGGAAGAUUACAGAUACAAGGACACUGAAGUUAUUAGCCAGCCAUAAUUUGUGUUGACCACUAAUUAUUAUGCUCCUCCAAGUCAUCUCUGCUUACAAGAAAGCUUGGAGCAGGGUAGGAAAGUAUUGGAUAUUUGGCCGAACUUUUGAUUAUGAUGGGGUGGGGAGCUUUUUCGGGCUGAUGGCUGCAUUAUCCUGGUGGAAAACCUCUCAGCGGCCAAACUCCAUUAGCAGGUGGUGCUCAAACAAAUGUAGGUAUUUUCAGACCCACAAUCACACACAUUUUCAUUGAGAAGAAAGGCACAUAUUCACUUUGUAUAUAUAUUCACUCAAGUUUCAUCUUCCAUUUUCUAUGGACUGAUUUUACAGGCACAUUUUCUGUCUUGACUGUGCAAAGUAGCAGUGACAUGAAGGUAGUUGUUUCUAAAUGAGAAAUAAUUGUACAGUUUUUUUGCAAGAAUUUCUAAACCAUUUUUUUUUUGCAUUUCCUAAAAGUAUAAACUAUUUUUUUAAAAACUGCAUUCACUAGCAUGCAUGUUUUAUUUUAAAAUGACUUCUGCUCUCUUUCUCAAAUGAAAUCAUGCACAAGUGGGUUAAAUAAAUGUGUUUUGUUUUGGGGUGUCCAGUUUGAUAAAGCUAUUCCUGCAUGAAUAACUAUUCUGUUUAAAGAUGAAAAUGCAGUUCUUUCGUAAGCAUCCUUUAAUGAUGGCCUUCAAGCUGCUGUGAAAUAAGCAGUUGCUUAACAUAACAAAUCCAGCCUAGGCUGUUUUGUUUUCUCUGAAUAUGUCCUUAACUUGCCUUACUUUAAGGAUUUGCAAUAUUUGUGGUAUACUUAAUUGUGUGUACCUAUUUAAGCACACUCCAGAUCAAAUUAGCAUCUUCCAAAAGGAGUUUCUUAUAGGAACUAACACUGUACCUCAGUUUGGUAAAUACUGCUUUCACACUAGAUUACAGAAGGGUUAUUGUAACAGCCUGGCAGAUAUAAAAUACAUCAUAGAGGUGGUUUAAAAUAAUUGUUAAUGUUUUAUCAUUGAAAUUAAUGAACACUGCUCCUUUAACAAAAUUAGUCCUGAGCAAAAUUGUUUAUCUUGGAAUUAUUGUUACACUGUCUAAUUACUUAAUCAUUUCCUAAUUUUAGAACAUAUCUAUCAAAUCAGCAAAAAUUGGCAUCCAAAGCAUUUUUACUAAUAAAAUCUGCUUUUGAGAAAUAAACUUGAAAUACAUAUGCAUUAACAUUAUCUUACAGUUAGCACUGGACAAUCUGUGAGGUGCUGCAAUCCUGUGUUCAGUCUGGCAUCCUAGUAAACACAAAAAAUGACCAGAGAAUGGAAGGUGUUAAAAAGCAGUUGUAGGGAUAUAGAGCAGGAAAGGUGGAGCAGCAGGUAGGACCUGGAGGGAAGCAGAAAGCAUUUGCAGUAACCAGAAAAAGAGUGUGAGUGACUGCUUUUAUCUUGUCUGAACAUCUUGGCUGCUGUCCCAAGGGAGCUUCCACAUAGAAGCCUCCACUCCCCAAGCUGGUAGCUUCCUUGCAGGUAGUGCCAGCAAUUAGAUCCUGGUGCAGAACUUGCAGUGGCUAGACCAGGCAUAGGCAACCUUCAGCCCUCCAGAUGUUUUGGCCUACAACUCCCAUGAUCCCUAGCUAACAGGACCAGUGGUCAGGGAUGACGGGAAUUGUAGUCCAAAACAUCUGGAGGGCCAAAGGUUGCCUAUGCCUGGGCUAGACCAGUGGUAAAGAGAGUGCUUUGCUUCCCUAGCAAGUAUUUUUUUGAUAUUUAGAAGCUCCCGAGUCAGACCAAGCCUAUACUCUGAGAUGUCUUUACAGGUGACGUCCACACCCUCUAUUCUGUGGGGACAUGUUGCAUCUUUGACUUGUAAGCCAUAAGGUGUUGAAACAAUUUAAGUCUGCUAUAGCUAGCAUGUUGAAAAUUAUUAACUUGAUGCUGAUUUUGAAUCACGUUCAAAGCUUAGAAGGAUUUUUAAAAAUAAAUGUUAAAAGUGUAAGAUAUGAAAGAGAUUAUUAACUUAAUGUGCAAGCACUUCAUGUCCCCAUUAAUAUCUUGGGAUGGAAUAUAAUUCAAUCAGCUUCACAGUAACAAGUAGUCUGGCGCAUGCCAGUAUCCAGUCUAAUAGGUAGCUUUGGGUUUACAACAUCAGUGAAUUGGGUGGGUCUAGGCAAGUUUUAUUUUAAUUGUGAUUGAAAACAUGGCCCAUAUGACUAUUUUCUUUUAAGCACAUACGAAUAAGCACUUUUUGUGUUUUGGGUUAGCUGCCCAUUUGUUGAAAAUCUGACACGUUAAGAAAAUAUUGUCAAGCACCAACAAAUACCAAGAAUCAGCAGCCAUAUUUCAGCUUCUGUUAAUGUAGCAUUCAUUCCCAACCAUUCUAAGCAUUGCUAAAUUCAUGGGGCAUGCUUUAUUAAAUUGAUUGGAUCUUUUGACUGAAGGGACUUCAGUCAUCUUAUGUUCACUGCUGAAAAAGCAAUGUCUGGGUGUUGUUCUAAAGUUAUUUGCAAUUAACUUCUUGAUGGUUUUUAAAACUGAGUAUGGUGCUGGAGGGAUGUGGGUGGCGCUGUGGAGAGCCUAGGACUUGCCGAUCAGAAGGUCGGCAGUUCGAAUCCCUGCGAUGGAGUGAGCUCCCGUUGCUUGGUCCCUGCUCCUGCCAACCUAGCAGUUCGAAAGCACGUCAAAGUGCAAGUAGAUAAAUAGGUACCGCCCCGGCGGGAAGGUAAACAGCGUUUCUGUGCACUGCUCUGGUUCGCCAGAAGCAGCUUAGUCAUGCUGGCCACAUGACCCAGAAGCUGUACGCCGGCUCCCUCGGCCAGUAAAGCAAGAUAAGCGCCGCAACCCCAGAGUUGGCCACGACUGGACCUAAUGGUCAGGGGUCCCUUUACCUUUACCUUUAUGGUGCUGGAGGGAAACAGAAAAGCAGGCUUGAUUUAAUGCCAAAGCAAGGACGACAAGCUCUCCUACAACUGUCCAGGACUUCCACAAGUCCCAAUGGCAAUAAUGCAGCAAGUUGACCAUCCCUGUGAAAAACUAAAAGAAAAACCCUAUUUGUAAUUUAAAUGUGUUGUUUCAUAAUAAACAUUUUGGUGAUUAGCAUUAGCCUUUUUUCCUAUUUUAAUUAUUGAAAUGCUUAAUUAUUUAACAAUAUUUGACCAGUCAGUUUGACUGGUUUGAUACCCUGCUGUGGAUAACAAAUAUGGAAUAUGCAGUUGAGAGUAGAAGUGGGCGUGAUUAUUCACAGUACUGGCUACUAAGUCUUGUUGUGUGCUAGAUCCAUCUUCACAGUGUUCUUUAGAUCAUUUCACAGCCUGGAAGGCAGAGAUGUAGAGAUAUUGUGAUCAGUUUUCUUGGCUUUUCUUGUAGUGUGUUUUAGACACACUUUGCAUUAUAGAAAAAAAUUUCUCCCUCCCCCCCUUUUUUUGGAAGCACAUAUCUCUUCGGGGGGAUAGAUAGCAAGGAAGUGUAAAUGAUGCCAUUGUGAUGAGAUGAUGCCAAGUGUCCUGAGGAGAAUUUUUUGGUAGUCCAUAGGUUGUAGCUCAGUGGCUCAAUUCACAUAUAACAGCUCCCCAUACUUUGGCCACUUCUACCAAAGCUUUGGGCUUGUAUACCUCCCCCUCCCACUUUUGCAUUCUUGGAUCCUCUCCUUCAUUUACUUGUUUGAAGUGGAUUUCUAGUUAUGGUCUGUAGACAGCUUGCAAAGACCAUAGUUGGCACAAUUUAGAUGCAACUGAAAAGUAUUGUUUGAUCAAAUCAGGAAGUGAGGGAGGGGUGUGUGAUUCUGAGGUUUCAGCACAAACAAAACUUCGCCGUUUUGUAUGACUCAAGCUGUUGACAAUACUGUUUUCCUGUUUUGCAUCAACUGGACAUAAUAGAUGCAGUUAUCAAUUCUGGCAUUUCACAGCUGGAAAAAUCAGUGGGCAGUGCUGACGGACACAGUUGGACAAAUUUAAGUAUUCAUGACCAGGUGACAGCUCAGUAGCUAUUCCUGUCCCAGGUGGUCAGUUCUGUACUUAAUGGUGCAUUUUCCCAUUAAAUAGUCUAUUAAAAAAUUGUAGGAGAAAGUGUCAAGCCAAAUCUUGCUCCAUGUUAUUUUACCUUGCAAGCUUGAAGGGUAUUAUGCCGUUGUAACUUAUUAAGAGGAAAGAACUCACAUUUAUAUAUCAGAAUUGCAGUCUUAUUGGCAACCAUUAGGAAGAGUGUUAUUUUGUGUUUUAUUUGAUGCACUGUGUUAACUGCACUGAUGAUAAAAUAAGAAAUUCCUACCUUGUUUCAAAAUGUGGGUAAACAGUUACAUCAGCCUUAAACUAUUUCUCACUGUUAAUCCAGGAACUGUCAAGCUGCGGUUGGAAUAAAAAAGAAAAAUACAGUUCUGCACCAAAUGCAGUUGCCUUUACAAGAAGAUUCAACCAUGUAAGUUUUCAGUUUACAUGUGGCACCUUUGCUGUGUACAUCAAAUCAUUCCAUUUACAUUAAGCUUUAAAAGACGCAACUUAUUUCUUUUGUUAAAUGUUGCUGUGUAUUUGACUGCCUAGUGUUUUGGAUUUCCUCUCUGGCUGCAUGUAUGAUAAUUAGCUGUUUUAAAACUGUUUUGAAACUUUAUUCUUAUUAAGCUAGCUUGUUGUUUACAUCCCUGAAUUGACUGUGUUUGGAGAGUGUGCUGAAGGAAUGGGCAGAAGAUGCAUUGGGAUCUAGCAUUUUAUAUUAGAUCAGCAAGAAUUUCUGACUCCUAACUGUUUGACAAUAUCAGAAACAUGAAGGCCUUUUCAUUUCUUUUCUCUAAACUAGACUGUUAGGAUUCCUGAACAGUAGUCUAAGGUGUAGGUGUGGACUUGUAUAUGCAGGUUACCAUACUGUAUGGUUCAUGGAGCGCCAUAGCUUUUCAACCUACUAUGUUUUGAGCUCUCCAAAAUACCGUCCUGUAUCCCUGCACUUCCAUUGCGAGGUUCUUUCCCCCACCCAUUUAAAUUAUCAUAAUUAUUUUUUUCAUCUUCAUCUCCAGUGGUAGGUUUGUUCCAAAACAGACCCUCUUCAGCUCCUGUGUCUCUACCCUUAAAAUUAGUUUAGAAGCUGCUCUGCUACCUUUUUUAAUUUUAAGUGCCAACAGUCUGGUUCCGUCCCUUUUCUAUAAGCCCAGGUUGUUCCAAAAUGUUCUACAGUGCCAAACCCCUCCUCCCUGCUCCGCUGUCUCAUCCAUGCAUUGAGACUACACAGCUUUGCCUGUCAAGCUGACCUUGUGCAUGGAAUUGGUAGCAUUUUGGAGAAAGAUGCAUUGAAGGUCUUUGCUUUCAGCAUCCUACCUAGCAACCUAAGUUUCAUUUCCAAGACCUACAUUUCCCCAUGUCAUUCAUGUCAACGUGCAUCAUGACCACUGACCCUUCUGCUAGGCUAUCUAGAUGACAGGUGACACCUGCAACCUUUGCAUCAGGCAAGCAAUCCACCAUUUGGUCUGCAUGCCCAUUAUACACCCAGGGUGUUGAUUAAAUGGGAAGUGGGCAAAGGAUGGUGAGUUAAUUGGGGGUUACCUUCCUGGGGUAGAUUAGUGGGCUUUUCUUUUUAACACUUUCCCAAAGUUGGGGUUUAAUCUAGUUUUUUCAUUUACCAUAGCCUCUCAAGCUUCCCAAUUAGGUAGAGCUGAGAACGAAGUUCUACAAGUUUACCACCCCUAUGUUUUAGCACCUGAUCUAUAAGUCAUUACAGGAUUUAGCUACUAGCACAUGGUGCCUUUAUUACUCUAGGCUGAUGUUUUAAUUACCGUAUUUUUUGCUCUAUAAGACUCACUUUUUCCCUCCUAAAAAGUAAGGGGAAAUGUGUCUGCGUCUUAUGGCGCGAAUGCAGGCUGCGCAGCUAUCCCAGAAGCCAGAACAGCAAGAGGGAUUGCUGCUUUCACUGCCCAGCGAUCCCUCUUGCUGUCAUAGCUUCUGAGAUUCAGAAUAUUUUUUUUCUUGUUUUCCUCCUCCAAAAACUAGGUGCAUCUUGUGGUCUGGUGCAUCUUAAAGAGCGAAAAAUAUGGUACCGUAACUAACAAAGGGCUCAUCCACAGUUUGGUUUAUCCCGUGCUUCACUGGCCAUGCUUUGGUGGCACAGGAGUCUCUGGGAUAAAGCAAGUCUCAGCAUCCAAUUACAGCACAACGCUAUCUAGAAUAUAAACGCUCCAUGUGCUAACUACAUCUUCAGUGACAGUUUGCAUGGCACGUGUUUGUGCUGCACACAGCCACACCUUCAUACUAGUGUAUGCUAUGGACAUCAUGCUAGUGAUGCUGGACUCACCAAGAUGUACCAUGGUGACUACAAACACAAGACAUUUUGCAGAGAAUAUAUGGAACUUCAUACAAAGUUUCCCUCUACAGCUCGAGGCAGGGCCGGGAUCUUUGCUAAAAUUGCUGUGGUUUCAAACCCAGUCAAGGAGCUAUUGGCAGCAUAUACUAUGACGAAUACAUCAAAGGGGGCCUUGUGGACAGGGCCUCUUCACAAGGUAUAGCCAGAGAAGCAAGGACUGUAUCCCUCUGUAGCCAGUCCCAUAAGGAACUGCAUUAUCCUCCUUGCAUGGGGGGCUCAGAGGACCACUACUUAAUAAGGGUUCCCUAAUAGUGGCCUGCAACCUUAUUUCAGGUGGUUUGUCUUUUAAGAACAGGAGCAGGGGUUGUGAACAAUGGCAUCAGUGACUGUUCUGGGAUGGAAGUGACAGGAGGAAACAACAUGAAAGAGGUGGAGAGAGGAUUAGGAGCCAGAAGUGCUCCUAAUUUUACUGAUUUACAAUAAAAUACUACAAUUAAGAUGCUGACUUUAGCAGACAAUACCAAAUUAGAAAAAUAUCUGCUGCAGAAGCUGUGUGUGUGUGUGUGUGUGUGUGUGUGUGUGUGUGUGUAUUCAUUAAUUAAAGCCAUUCAGACAUAUUAUGUGUUGCUCAUUGUUAACAUAUCUAUUGCAAGAGUGGUCUGACUUUUUAAUGUCUAUUAGAGCUGAUGAAUUAGUGCCUUCAUUCUAUAUGCAUUCUAUUUUUAAUAUCUAUUAAAAAUAAAAUGGUAUGAACAACUUCUCAUAGCUACAUCUCACUGCAAAGACAGUCAAGGUCAGGUACAGUGGUGCCUCGCAAGACGAAAUUAAGUCGUUCCGCGAGUUUUUUCGUCUAGCGAAUUUUUCGUCUUGCGAAGCACGAAAUCCCAUAGGAAUGCAUUGAAAUUCAAUUAAUGCGUUCCUAUGGUCAAAAAAAGUUCAAACAAAGCCAAAUUUGGUACAACAAGAGUUUAUUAAGUGCCCUUUAAAGUCACACAUACUGUAAAGAGCAUUUCAAAAAUUGAAGGAACAAUAAAGCCAAAAAUUGAAGGAACAAUAAAAAUCAUAAAAAUUCAGAAAAAAACCACACAAGCUUCCAGAUUCUUGCAAACCCCUCCUCAACUGUUCCCCCAGCCACCCACCACACAGAAAUUCAAAUCCAGAAUUUUUUUUAAAAAAACAGCAGAGUGUCCCAAUGGUCACAGAAAAUCAUAAAAAUGCAGAAAAAAAGCACACAAGCUUCCAGAUUCUUGCAAACCCCUCCUCAGUUGUUCCCCCAGCCACCCACCACACAGAAAUUCAAAUCCAGAAUUUUUUUUAAAAAACAGCAGAGUGGCCCAAUGGUCACAGAAAAUCAGAAAAAUUCAGAAAAAAACCACACAAGCUUCCAGAUUCUUGCAAACCCCUCCUCAACUGUUCCCCCAGCCACCCACCACACAGAAAAUCAAACCUAGAAUUUUUUUUAAAAAAAACAGCAGAGUGGCCCAAUGGUCACAAAAAAAUCAUUAAAAUGCAGGGAAAAAACACACAAGCUUCCAGAUUCUUGCAAACCCCUCCCCAACACCAAGUCCUUGAAUUCCAAACACCCCAACCCAAAAUCCAAAAACCCCAAAAAAAGUUUUAAAAGUUUAACUUACCAAAUGGCUGCAAAAGAAGUUUUGGAAAAGCUUCAAAAAUCACCAAAGUCUUCAAAAACCUCAAAAAAGGCUACCACACCACGUGCUAUGAGUUGCUCCUCGAAGUCAAGUUGCAACUGCACCUCUUCAAGCAAUGCACCCUGUAUUACUGUAACGGUUUUAAGAAAAAGGAAACAAACUUGCAAGACGUUUUCAUCUUGCGAAGCAAGCCCAUAGGGAAAUUCGUCUUGCGAAGCAGCUCAUAAAACGCAAAACCCUUUCGUUAGCGAGUUUUUCGUCUUGCGAGGCAUUCGUCUUGCGGGGCACCACUGUAUUGGAAUAUGCACAUUCCAUGAGACAUAGAUUUUCAGACAAAUAAUUGACACCAGUGUAGCAGCAGUUCUCACACAACAUAGUUAAUUCCAGACAAUGGGGCUUUUCUUCACAAACUGGAGGUGAAAGGUACAAUAUAUGUAGAAACUGCAAUUUGCAUCACCUACUUCCCCUACUUCAAAAUCUGAGUUUAGAGGUUACUCAUGCACUUUAGCACAGCUUCUACAGAUGUGAAAGUAGUUAACUAAUUAGCCAUGGAAAUACUAGAACCCUCUUGACAUACUACAGUCUACUGCACAAUACCCCUGCUAGUUUUAAAAUUCAGAAUGCUCUUACUAAAAGCCAUCUGUAAGCCAUUUACUACUACCAUCCUUGCCAAAUGUGAAUACUGUUACACUUUUCGGAAGAGUGGAAGAAAACUGGAAGAUGGUUUUCAUUGUACUGUUUAUAUUCAGAAAUAGUCUUGAAGGAGAGUGAUUUCAGUAGAAAAAAGUGAACAAAAAGUAGAAAAUAAAUGAUUUUAUGCAUUAGCAAUUGCUGUAUAUUCAAGUGGAAUUCACACCUUUUUACAGAAAGAACAGGUUGCUUACUUAACAGCUAUGGUUGGAUUCUGUGGCCGCAUAGACAUUGUUUUAAAACUUUGGGGAGAUGGACUAGUGUUCUGGAGAUCUGUCCACCUGGACCCUCAAGAGGGGGCUCCUGCCUUCCUGGAUGGCUCCUGAGGGGCUGCAUGCAAUGACUAUAUGAGGAAGUUUCAGAGACGAACAGAUUAAACUUUUUAUUACAGAAUGUUUUCAUGAUGUACAGGCACUGAAGCAGAGUAUACCUUACCUCUGAAAAUCAGGUGCACACAGAGGAAGUUUUGACGGGGUGUGGGGGUAAUUGGUUUGCUUUCGUUCUUGUUAUUAUUCUGUAUUUUGUGUUUUUUAUCUUGAAUUUUUAUGUUGCAAAUUGAGAUCUGUGGAUGAAGGGUGGUAUACAAAUUUAAUAAAUGAUAAUGAUAAUAAGUAAUACGUAUUAGUGGGGACUAACAUAUAACAGGGCAAGCAAGUCGUUUCCAAGGGAGGGAGGCAGCAGGUCUUGCUUAUAGCAGCUGUGCUAGGUGCCGUUUGAUUUUUGUAUACUAUUUGAAUUCUGUCGUAUCACUACUAUUUGGCAUUAUGGGCAGCAGCAUUUAUUUGGUUCCUCUCAGUUUUCAUGCCAUAUUGCACAGUUAAGUUUUCAAAUAAAUGUAGGAUGCAUAUAACAUACAGGGGCAUUAUAUUUUUUAAAAAAAUCUUUGCUCUAGGGUGAUAGCAUACUAUGGAGGAUAUUGCACUGUACUUAACUAACAAGGUGAAUAGCAAGAGCUACCAAAUCCCAAUUUUGGUGUCAAUAAAAAUGGUCCAUUUAGGUACAAAGUCAAAAUGGCAGUCAGAAAGUAAAAUGGCUUUGCAGCGUAAAAUUGCCCAAUGCAGUGAGUUAGCUCAUUUGUACAGGCUACAUAUGUUUCCUGGACCAAUGGCAUAUACUUAACUUGUUUGCUUAUACUUAAUGAGUCGGAGCAUUACAGGACUGGAGGAUGUUAUUCCAGGGGAGUGAUAUUAGGAAUCCGGAAUCAGCAGAGUUAAGGGGCGGUAACAAAAUAUUUUCCAGGAUAUUCAUAGAUAGCCCAGCAAUGCAGUGGGAGCCCCAAAGGCCCACCAAGCUUCAUUUGUCACAAUUUAGGUCAAUGCUUUGUGGUUCCCAAACAAGCAACCUGGGUUCCAUAGAACUCAACUCAUAUGUUGCUGGAAUAGAGAAUUUUUCUUAAGGGAUUGUAUUCCCUCAAGAUUCCUAAUUCCAGCUGUGGAAAAUAACAAACACAGGAAAUACAUAAUGACACAAGGGGAAGAAAGCAUGGGAACAGGCUAUUUAAAGGUGGAGCAGCCUGUCUUGAAGUAUCCCAUGGAGGUCGAGCAGCAGGCUGAACUAUUGGCUGGCUGGGUGGAACAGACGGAACCAUAGAACAGCUGGAUUGAGGAAGACAGAACAGUGUUGUUUCAUGGUGGAAGAUAAUUAAAUAUUUGGUUUCCAGGGUAGGGGAUGCCCAAGAUGAAAGGUGAUUGGACUGAGGAUUAGGCUGGAUGGAAGGAGUACUCCAAAAUAAUAGUUUUAUGUGUGGUUGUCACUGCACAUAAAAAAAAUACAAGUUUCCUGUCACAGACUGAUUGGACAGUCCUAGGGGGGAAAGGUGAUGGUCAAUACCUAAUCAGGGCAGAGUGUCCCAAGUGCAGACCAUAUUUCUGCUUGAGUAGCAGGGAGAUGCAAUUCUUUUACUAAUUAGAUAAGUGUGGACUGUUUAGGGUGGGCUGUGUUGGCCGCUAUGAUUCUGCUAACAGAAAUUGAGCAGGGUCGCUCCGUAUGUAAGUACCAUUGCCUGACUUCUCACAACACCCUGAAUCUCAUUUUUUUCAGGAAUUAAUGCAGAAUUCUGAAAUUCUUGACUCUUUAUAUUAAAUCCAAAACCAAAAUUGUAGAAUACAUAGAACAUAUCUGCUGAGAAAAUAUGUGUGAGCAGGAGUGUCUAUUUGUUCAGGGAUUCCAGUGCUCAAAAGGACUUCUUCAUAUAGCGUAAAUAUCAGCCCUGCUUACUGCUGCCACUAUAUUGGCCUGGACAUUGAGAUUUCCUCUAGGCAUUCUCAAGAGCCUGUGCACACCCAGGAUGACUCCCACCCGCCCAGAACAAUGACACAUCACCAAUUUAUUCAGAAAGGCCCUUCAAAUCACGUGAGGUGACAGGUGUGCAAGAAGGCAGCAGUUAUUGCAUGAUGGCAAGUUCAGAGUCCCAUUGUGCAUGUGUGUUUGUUACAUUAGUCACGAGUCUAGCCUCUGUUCCAAAGCCAUAAGAGACAUAUUUCUCUCUUGUCAUUUUUUCCUUUUCAACAGUACAUUAAAGCACAAACGCCUCCCUUAUAUAAAUUUUUAUGCUUUGGAAAAGCUUUCCAACUUUAAAUUAUUUUAGUGGUAAACUUUGGGUUUUGGUUUGGAAUUCCAGAGUCUCUGUGGCAUCAACAGCAAUGCAGAACUAAAGAGAGGUGAAUUCCAUGGCUGUAUUAUAUAUAAACAAAUGUGAGGCUCUACAACUUCAUUAUGAGAUAAACUAGGUAAACACUUGAUUGGAGUGACAAAUCCAGCUAAAUUUCUGAAGAAACACAUUCCUACAUUUAUUGGAAACUAAACUUUACAAUUCUCUAAAAGAUGCAGACUUCAAUGUCGAGACUGUUUCUCACCACAUGCUGUGUACAGUCAUACCUCGGGUUACAGACGCUUCAGGUUGCGUUUUUUUGAGUUAUAGACCACCGAAACCUGGAAGUACCGGAACGGGUUACUUCUGGGUUUCGGUGGUCACGCAUGCACAGAAGUGCCAAAUCGCAACCCGCACGUACGCAGAUGCGCUGCUAAGGGCUGCAAAAGUGCAUCCCUCAUGGAUCACAUUCGCAACCCGAGCGUCCACUGUACCUGAAAUAUGUGUUCAAAUAAUUCCCUGUUGCUCAAAUCAGCAUGUAAGUUUUAGUACCUCCUAGCUUCUUGAUUUCCCUUUCUCCCUUAAAUUCACAAUGCCUGCUUUGUUGUUGUUGUUUAGUCAUUUAGUCGUGUACGAUUCUUUGUGACCCCAUGGACCAGAGCAUACCAGGCACUCCUGUCUUCCACUGCCUUCCGCAGUUUGGAACACUGUCCAACCAUCUCGCCCUCUGUCGUCCCCUUCUCCUUGUGCCCUCCAUCUUUCCCAACAUCAGGGUCUUUUCCAGGGAGUCUUCUCUUCUCAUGAGGUGGCCAAAGUAUUGGAGCCUCAGCUUCAGGAUCUGUCCUUCCAGUGAGCACUCAGGUCUGAUUUCCUUCAGGAUGGUUGGUUUGAUCUUCUUGCAGUCCGUGGGACUCUCAAGAGUCUCCUCCUCCACCAUAAUUCAAAAGCAUCAAUUCUUUGGCGAUCAGCCUUCUUUAUGGUCCAGCUCUCACUUCCAUACAUCACUACUAGGAAAACCAUAGCUUUAACUAUACAGACCUUUGUUGGCAAGGUGGUGUCUCUGCUUUUUUAAGAUGCUGUCUAGGUUUGUCAUUGCAUUUCUCCCAAGAAGCAGGCAUCUUUUAAUUUUGUGACUGCUGUCACCAUCUGCAGUGAUCACAGUGCCUGCAGUAAAGGCUAAAAGUCAAUGCCAAAUUAGAUGUGAUGCUCACCAUAUAGUUUGCCUUUGUGCCAUUUUUAUUAUUAAUAGCAAUACUUUAUUGCAGUGCUUUUUUCUUAAAAAAAUGUGUAGGGGUACUCAUAUUGAAAUACUGCCCCUCAAUGAGACCAAACAGAUUCACAAAAUGUUUAGGGGUAUGCGUACCCCUGCCCCCCAGAAAAACACUGCUUUAUUGAAUUGGGGGUGUUGUGUUUAUAUAGCUAACAAUAAAAAGAAAAGUAAAACAAAACAAGGGAAAGGGGGGAGGAAUGGAUCAGUAUUCACAGCUUAGGAUCAUUUUCAGUUCACAGAGGUAUAUUACCUGUACAUUCAGUGUAGCCUUGUCAGCCUACUGAUUUAUAUAAUAUAGCCUACUGAUUAAUAAUACUUACUACUUUAUUUAAUCUAAUAUAUGUAGCUAGGUUAUGUAUGGUGAAUAAGGAUAGGCCAUCUGUUCGUUGUAGGCAGCACAGCAGAGUGGGGAUAGCUCUUUGCUCCUGCCACAGUCCUGAGCAGAAUCGGUCACACCCAACACAGCUGCUAUUUCAGAAUGCAAAGAGCAGCUUUCCUCCCAUUGUUGAUGACAGGCAUUUGGGGAGGCAUUUAUUGAAACUGAAAUUUGUAUUGGGGUUGAAAUUGAUAUAAUAUCAAUUUCAUGGUAUGGUAGUAGUAAGUUUGAAUUAGUUAUAGUAUUUAAUAUUUUUAAGUAUUGGUACUAUGUAUACAUGUUACACAUUUUAUCUUCUUAGUAGGUUCACUAUGCAAUUCUUGUUAAAUAUAGCCUGUUAAUAUAAUUAGAUUAAACAGCAAAACUUUAGAAAUGCUCAUAGUAGUGAAUGAAUUUGCAUGUUUCUGGUAACUAAUUAGGCUGCUAACGAAAAUCAGUUUUCAUAAUGUGAAAACACAUGAGAAUGCCAAAAUCCCCAGUCUUAUAACAAUACCACUUUUUAUUUUCUGUUUUUAUAUGUAUUAUUAUCACUUUCUUUUUUUUAGGUAAGUUUUUGGGUAGUUAGAGAGAUUCUUCAUGCACAGACCUUAAAAAUACGAGCUGAAGUUCUGAGCCACUAUAUUAAAACAGCUAAGGUAAGAAACUUUUGUUCUGGAGCCUUUAUCAGGGUUGAUAGAGACCUAGGUUUACAAGUACGCUCAGUAAAUAUUUGGCUCCAUUAACAUAUGACUAGAGGAAAUGUGUGGCCCUGUUAGUUAUAUGAACUCUAACCUGGAAUAUUUGAACAAUGAUUCAAUGAUGAUGAUUCCUGAUUAUACUUUGAAAGAGCAAUCAAGGUGUUAAGUGUAAUAUUGCUAAUUCAUUUGUUUGGGGUAUGGUGUGGCAAGAAUAUUUUCUGGGACAUGAUGCAGAUAAAUGAUUAUUUUCCAUCCAGUGGCUAGUAUAUGACUAAGUCAGGAAUGCCACAUCACUGUCCAUGGGUGUUUGGAUUGGUGACUUAACUAUGGUUUAUUGGCCAGUGUUUAGUCUAUUUCAGACCAAGGUCACACACAAAGCUUAUCUAUUAUGUCGUAGUCAUGAAGGUAUGCUUUUCACUUACACCUUUAUCAUAAUUAUUUGGAGAGGUAUAAUUUUCCUCCGUUUUUCAGUUUUUUGUUCAUGAUGCCACUUGACUUUUGUAAAAUAGGCUGAUAAUUUAAGUUGUGGCAAACUCAAUACAUUAAAGUACUAGACAUUAAACUUCUGUUUUGUUCUGUUCUCAGAAACUCUAUGAGUUGAAUAAUCUACAUGCUCUUAUGGCUGUGGUGUCUGGAUUACAAAGUGCCCCCAUCUUCAGGUUGACCAAAACUUGGGCGGUGAGUGAACUCGGGUGUUGACAUUGAGUUAGGGAUUUGUGCAGUGGAAGCGGAAUGAUUAAUAAUAAUAAUAAUAAUAAUAAUAAUUUAUUUAUAUCCCGCCCUCCGGCCAAAGCCGGGCUCAGAGCGGCAAACAUCAUACAAGUAAGACAAUGCAUAAAAACAAGCAAUCAAUAAAUUAAGAUACGUCCCGCAAUUAAUUCAAACAAAUUAAAAUUAAAACUGGACAAGUGGCAAUCUUCAGGUUAAAAGUGAAGGCAGUUACCAACUGUUUCCACUGAUAUUAUAAGCACCUAUGAGUGGGCUGGGAACCUCCUUUGUGCUUGAAAAUGAGUCAGACUGAACUCAUACCAAAGCCCUGGCGGAACAGCUCCUUCUUGCAGGCCCUACGGAAAGAUGUCAAAUCCCGCAGGGCCCUAGUCUGUUGUGAGAGAGUGUUCCACCAGGCCGGGGCCACGGCCGAAAAGGCCCUGGCUCUGGUCGAGGCCAGUCUGAUCUCUCUGGGGCCCGGAAUCUUUAGGCUGUUGUUAUUUGCAGACCGUAAGGUCCUCCGUGGGGCAUACCAGGAGAGGCUGUUUACAGGCAGCUCCCCGUUUACAGGUGUCCAGUAUGUGUGCAACUGUGUAUACGGGCAUCGCACCGAAUCUGGAAGGGACCUGGAAAUGUCAUAAAGACGUCACUGAAAUGUCACUAAAAGAGCAUGAUGGGGGCGGGGCAGAACAGGGUGUCUGUAGGCUUUUUAAGGGGGUUUCAAUUAUACAGACACGUGUGUGGGGCCCGCAUAAAUGGGGCCUGCCUGUAGUUGAUUUCACAUAGGAUACUUGUUGCACCAUAGGAGCCAAUGCCUAGGGGCUGUUGAGACUUCGGCCUCCCCCACAAUAAAAUAUUUGAGGGGGCUGGGCCUCCACAAAGUUGAUGGGCAUUCCCAUUCAAAUGCUGUGUGUGUGCACGCGCGGCAUCAUAUGGCCGAUUAUGUGGGGUGAGGCUUACCUGGGCCCCCACAAUAUUUUAUUCAAGUUGGCUCCCUGGUGUUGCACAUAAUAUAAACUUACCUAAAUCCCUUCAGUUCCCUUUGAAGUCUAUCCUUAUGAGUGACCGUUCAUCUUCACUUAUUCCUGACGGUCUGAUCUGAAAGCACAGAUGUUCUGCUCUCUCAGAAAGCUUAGAUUAUCAACGCCCUUCCUUCGUGUUUGUCUGUUUUGGUUCUCUGUUAAAUAGACUCCUAGCGAGUGAUUCAGUGCCCCUUCUGUUAAUAUUCAUUCAACCGUUCUGUAAUUUGGCAUCCUUCUGUAAACAUUCAUUUAUCAUCCCAGGUGAGAACUAUAACUGACUCAGUGGCUGUGUGUACGACAUAAGAAUUCUUUUUGAGGUGUGUGUGUGUGUGUGUGUGUGUGUGUGUGUUACUCUUUCACUCUCAUGGAGUCUACCCCUUGCUACAGCAGUUUGUGCUUUCAGGAUGGUUUGAAACGGUAAUAUUAUUGGGUGACGCCCAGUGGUACUGCCUACUGACAGGAGAGGGAAAGCAUUUCUGACAAUCUUCCAUCUCCACUUUUCAGCAUCGUCCAUGUCAAGGGUCAGCAAACUUUUUCAGCAAGGGGCCGGUCCACUGUCCCUCAGACCUUGUGGGGGGCCAGACUAUAUUUUUUUGGGGGGGGAUGAAUGAAUUCCUAUGCCCCACAAAUAACCCAGAGAUGCAUUUUAAAUAAAAGCACACAUUCUACUCAUGUAAAAGCAUGCUGAUUCCCGGACCAUCUGUGGGCCAGAUUUAGAAGGUGAUUGGGCCAGAUCCAGCCCUCGGGCCUUAGUUUGCCUACCCAUGGUCCAUGUCUUCCUAAAUCUGCUUUGGUGGGUUCCCCCAAGCCUCUGGAGAAUGAGUGCUGUCAGAGGGAGGGGGGGUUGUCAAAUGCUUUUUUCUUCCUUGUCCUGCUGACAGUUUCCCUUCUAAUCUCAGACAUUAAUACCACUCUGUAAAUUGAACCGCAUAGUUGUUCCAAAAAUUAUUUUUGUACCAUAGGCCCACAAAUUGUGACUGGACUUGGUGAUGUUAGUUUUUACUAGCCAUCUAUGAAGUUCUGCUAUGAUAGCUCAACAAUAUAUCAGUUUACAAAUGCAUCUAUUUUCUGAUGAUUUUUUUUUUAAUUCACACUGCUUUGACUGUAUUGUUAGCUGCUUAGAGCAAUUCAUAUUGAGACUUGAUAAUUAAUCCUUUAAUUAAUUCAAUUAGCUGAAGGCACAAAACAUUCUUUCCCCCACCUCUGGCUACUAUUUAGACUUAAAAGAAACCCUGUAUUGUCAAAGUACUAAUCCUGCGUCAUCAAACUACUAUAGUAAUAUACAAUAUAGCACGGCUCAGAACUUUUCACAAUUAAAAUGCUUUCAAAUUGUAUAUGAUAAAACAGUUGUAACUUUUCAGUACAGUAUUUCCUUAUGCAUAGUACAAAAUAAUUGUUAACUUGUUUGGGGGGGGGGAGAAGCCACUGGUUUCCUAAUAACUAUAUUUUGGUUCUUCCCCUCUCCCUAAAGCUACUGAGCCGAAAGGACAAAACUACUUUUGAGAAGCUGGAAUAUGUAAUGAGUAAAGAAGAAAAUUAUAAGAGACUUAGAAACUAUAUAAACAGCUUGAAGAUGACUCCUUGCAUUCCUUAUUUAGGUAAGAUGAACGUUUUAACUUUGUUUACUUAUAUCAUAAAAAUAUUAGUACCUGUAUGCAGUGGAGGAGGAACCCUCUCCAGCACCUGGGGUGUUAUGCCAAGGGGCGGGGCAAACCACCCGGUGAUGGCAUGCGCUACGUCUGUACGGACUGCGCAUGUGCGACGGCUGUAUGGGCUUCCGCACAUGCGCACUCCGUACGGGAUGCCGCACAUUCGCAGUCCGUACGGGCUGCCUCUCGCAUGGCAUCCAUACGGGCUGCUGCGCAAGCGGCAUCCUGUACAGACUGUGCAUGUGCGGCAUCCCGUACGGAGUGCGCAUGCGUGGCAUCCAUACUGACUGCACGUGCCCUCGGCCGCUCUACAGCUGGGGGGGAGGCAGGGGCCAUCUUUUCACACACACCCCCGAGUGGCACCUGGGGCAGCCCGCCCCCCACUUCGGACGCCCCUGCCUGUAUGGACCCUACGUUAGGCCAACUCCUUCCUUCCUUCCUUCCUUCCUUCCUUCCACCAACCAUAGGGGAAAGGGUGGGGGUAAAUGAUGGCGGCAGCAUUUUUAAUGGCUUUUCAAGUAUCCUCUGUUUCAAAGAGCACAGCCAGGAGAAGAGAGAGGAACCCUCCUGAGGUCACAGUGGAGGGGCUAAAUGCAGCUGUCAAAGAAGGCAUAUACAAAUGUGAGAGGGAUGUGAAUAUGACCAAGGGAUUUUAAAGUCUCUUCUCAUCUUAAAGAUUUGUGGUUGUGGCAGCAUUAUUGAUCUAGCAGAGGUUGUCUGUCCCCAUUGCUAUGUUACUGAAUAGGGGAAAUGCUGGCUGUUCCUUCUUUUAAAAAAACAACCAUGCAGAAUACAAUUAUUUCUUUGGAUUGGGGGCUGUGCCUCAUUUUGUUGGAAUUGCAUCCAGUUUACCUUGGCAGCCACAUUUGUGGCUUCCUGUUUGUUAAGAGCAUAGAACAGAGCAGGAGGGGAGUUUUUAAAUGUUUAAAUUCAUUGACAGUUACCUCAGUGUGGCAUGAGAUGCUCUUACAAAGCUCCGGCAUACAGGAAGUUUGUCCAGUCUUACUGAUACUGCGUAUGAUUCAGUGUCACACAACUGGACAAGAUUUGUUUCCUUCCCUUCCCUUUGUGCGCAGAGAAGGUCCCCAACCCCCAGAUUGUGGCGGGGCUUAAGUACCGUAUUUUUUGCACCAUAACACUCACUUUUUUCCUCUUAAAAAGUAAGGGGAAAUGUCUGUGCGUGUUAUGGAGGGAAUGCCUACAGGUGGCAUGCCUACGGAUUUUCCUCCUCUAAAAACUACGUGCGUGUUAUGGUCGGGUGCGUGUUAUAGAGCGAAAAAUACGGUAACUGCAGGGGAGGAAAGGGAAGAGAACUCAAAUGCAUGAACAGGUCGUCAUUAUUGGAUUGCACCCAUUUUUUUAUCACCAUAUGUUUUGUUCCAUAUGCAUAUCCUUUAGAACAGAGAAAAAUACAACAUUGAUUUAGAACCCAACAAAAAUCACUCCAUGUAUUGCUUUCUCAUCCUGUUUUGCUCAUAAACCAUAAGGCAGCACAGCUGAAAAUCAAGACGCUGUUAUAACGAAGAAAAAUAAUUUCACUUCUAAAAUGCUGCAUUUUUAUUUAGUGCUUAAUGUGCAUGUUUUUUCCUGGGGCAAAUAAUAUUUUUUAUAUGAAAGUCCUACAUACAUUUACAUCUUCUUGCUGUAUAGUCGCCCACUGAAUGUUAAUUUUGUAGUAAUCUGGCAACUUUCAUAUUUCUUGCAUUGGUCAAUAUCUUAAGAGGGGGACCGUGUGCAUGUGGACAGUUACUCUGUGCAUGCAGCGUGCAUGUUUCCAUGCUGGCUUUCUCCUUCUGGGGGCAGCCCAUUAUACUUUAUGGAAUGCCACUUGAGAUGCUACUGGGGUCUUGGCCCACCAAUAUUGGUUUCACUUGUUAGGGUGUCAAGGUCUUUGAUAAGCACUGACCCUUCCUUGGAUGGGUUUCUUUUGCUCAUGUCCUUGCACAAACGGAAAAACCACCCCUUUUUGCCUCCCCCCAAAUUAUCCGUGGAGAAGUAUAUUUCUCUUUGUAGUGCUGAACCUUUUGUGCUAGUCAUAUCAGAAGGGCAGGGGUUCUUAUUUUUGGUGAGCAGACAAGUUAUUUUAUGGAACUGAGGUGAGAGUACUAUGGUUGAAAAGUCCCAUUCAAGAAGCCAUUUGGGUACGCUCCUUCUUCUUUAAUUCGAAGAAGUGAACCAGAAGUUUUGAAGUUGAGUAUAGCUAGGGUCUUGCGCUGUUUCAUUAAAACAGUUCUUAAAAAAUCAUAAUAUACAGUCGUUUUGCAUGCUUGUAGAUACAGUUUUAGGAAUGUGAGCAGUAUCUGUCAACCACUCACAUGAGCUUAUUGGAAUAACUUGUAGCCAAAUGUUUAAUAGUAAUGUAUUCUAAAAAGAGAUUUCAGUUUUUAAAAAAGAAUGAGGUUUUCAGAGUUGAACCAAGCGGAAAUUACUGAGGGUAUUUCACACUGUGCUCUUGACAACCCAGCUGCUGUUUUUAAAACUAGUUUCUAAAAACUCAGAAUGGUAUGUGGCACUGUCAAAAUAAUGCAAAAACAAAAUCCACAUUCAUCUGGCUGCUUGAAAUACUUUUCUGCUGCUCCUGAUUGCUGGAAGUAAGGUUUAAUGAGGGGAGAACACCCAAGUUUUAAAAAUGUAGUUCAGAUACAUUUUGGCCUUUUCAGUAACCUGUAACUGUUCAAGCUUCAAAAAUUCAGAUUAAUAGGCUGUGAUCUCCAGACCUCUCUCCAGUCCAGCGCCUUCUUGUCUACUCUCUGUUGUGGAGGGAAAAAGCAGCUGUUGCAAGUGUUUCCCUAACACGAAGGAAUUAAAUGAAUAAGAACCACUUCCCAGUCAUUUUGGCAACCCUAAAGUACCAAAUCCAGUGCUAUCUAAUUAUUUUAUGGCAGACAGAGCAUUUAUUAAGAGAUUAUAGGAAGGAAGGUCCCCACUGUAGCCUGUCCACUUACCAGUUAUAGCUUAAACAGAGUAGGGUGUUUAAAUUGGGUAAAUGUCAGAAUUUUAAGAAACCUGACAAAUAAAACAGUUGCUACUCCAUGAAUUUCACUGGGUGAAAUCCAGUGUUACACCAAGAAACGCACAAUAGCUUCCCCUUCCCCCUCCUCCCUCACACUUCCCAGUCAGCUCCAGAGGUUAUGCCAAGAUGCUAAAUCAGGGGUCAGCAAACUUUUUCAGGAGGGGGCCAGUCCACUGUCCCUCAGAUCUUGUGGGGGGCUGGACCCACUACCUGCCGAAAGCACCCCCCUCCCGAAAGGCACCGCAGCCACCGAUGCUGCCUCGUCGUCGGCAGCCUCCGCGCCACUGCCGUUCCUUCCCGCUUAGCCGCUUCCUCCUGCUCGGCCACCUCAGCAGGAAGGAAGGGGCAGCGCCCAGAAGCGUCCGUGGCUUCUGAUUGGCUGCAGGAGCUUCCUGCAGCCAAUCAGAAGCCGUGCCAUGUCUGUCAUGGAAGUCAGUCUCCGUGCGGCGAGGCCUCUGCACUGCGCCUGUUUAGCGUGGGGACUGACUGAGUGGGCGGCAGGGUCUGCAAGGUUGCGGGUCAGAUUAACGAGCCCGGUGGGUCAUAUCUGGCCUGUGGGCCUUAGUUUGACGACCUCUGUGCUAAAUGCAUUACUCAGUUAGAAGUACUGCUGGACCACCAAGUUAUUUCCAAGUAACAUGUUUGGUACACUCUAUAGAGUUAAUCACAUGAACAAAUUACCCGUAGUUGGAAAGUCCCUCAGUCAGUCUAGCCUUAAACUCACUGCAUGGCUUAUCUUUCGGACUGAAUCCCAAUCUGCAACACAGGCCUAAUAAUAAUAUUAGCCUGCCUCACAGUAUCAUGAAUGGGUUACUCAGAACCUACGUGAAGGAUAUUGAACACUUAGGGGAAAUGCUAUAUAAAUACUUGUUUUAUUAUUAUUUUAUUCAUAUUUAGGAUUAAGGUUUAGGCAUGAUGCCCUCCUAUCCGAAGGGCAGCAAAGUUCACAUGUCCUGUAAAAGCUAUACUUAAUGAUAGUUACCAUUACUGUUUUAAAAUAAGAAUACUUUUAUUGAUGCAAAAUUCGCCUGCAAAACCAGAGUUGCUCUCUAGUUCAUUGUCUGUUUUGUGACUUGUGUGCCCACAUCUCAAAAUUAGAUUUCCACUGGAAGUAAUCCUUGAAAUAAAACUUAAAUAGAUUUAAAUCUAUGAAAAUGAAUUGAGUUGCAUGCUUCACACAGCAGCAGCAUCUUGUACUUCAGUUCCAAAGUUCAACUAUUCUGCAUCCGUGAUGUUUUCUUGUAGCCUGCAAAAUUGUUAGGUUUAAUUACUGCCACUAAAUCCCAUACACCUUGUAUUAACAUAAAUUUAUUUUAAAUGCAGAAUCCUGCUUCCUUUGUGAGCAAUUAGAACUUGCAUAAUUAUCAUAUACAAUAUCACAGUAAGAAAUGUUUAAAAUAAUACUUUGUAGGGCUUGCAAACAACUCAAAAUGUAACAUCGGUUUGAAGUUCAAGAGAAUAUUUUGGAAAUGUUUUUGAGCAUCUCAAUCAAUGGGUCUGAUCAUCAUCUGAACGGCUUUUAGCGAGUAUGAUCCGCCUCUGUACUCAGCCCAAAAAAUCCCAUCCUGGUGCUUGCUUCUGUAAUGUCCUCCUCUGUACCAAACUCCAUUGAGGUUAGAAUGAGCACAGGCAUUGUACCACCAACCUCCUUUGUGAAAAUGGGCACAGUUUCCUGUAUGAAGAAAUGAAACGUUAAGUGAAAUUUCACAGCGGAAAUAACUUACUUUAAUAGUCUUUGUAUUUUGAACCAAUAGGAAGCUUAAGCUUGCAAGCACAUUUCUCUCCUAGCUGUGAUCUUGCAACAUUCCCCUGACCUCAACCCCAAUUUAGUAGAGUGUGGCAUCGCAUCGCUGAGCAAGUAGCUUCUUCUCCCAUUGGAAAUCAGAGUCAGGGCUAAUUUUAAAAAUGGUCCCAUGUCUUUUGGUGAAGAAAUGGUUCUGUCUUCAUUGGUCAACUUUGAGCUUUCCCUCCCACUCCUCUCAGUCUCUAAAGAUAAGACAAGAGGAAGUAGAGAUAUUUUGUGUGGUUUCCUUAGCUGCAAAGUCUCUAGCUCUGGUGGCACUGCCCAUACCUCUCACUUUGCAACUUACAGCAGAACAGGACUUGCUGAUAUAGGGUCCUGUGUUAGCCAAACCUACCAUGAUUCUUUGUGCCCACAUAGUAAUAGUAAUAGUAAUUUAUUAUUUGUACCCUGCCCAUCUGGCUGGGUUUCCCCAGCCACUCUGGGCGGCUUCCAACAAAGAUUAAAAUACAUAGUGGUUGAGUGGUGCUCCUUCCUAAGGUCUUGGCAUUCUGAAGAAGUUGUAGACUUCUAGAUGUCGCAAACCAGGUCUGUGAGGUUGCUUGAAAGGGCCUUCACCAUGCAAAUAAAAUGUAAGGGUCUUGCUAAGGAAUGUAAAGGUCUCUGUUAAGGAAAUUGUGCCUUUUGCAUGUUGUUCUUCUAGAACUAGGUCAUUGUCCUUGUUCAAGAGACAAUUGACUGUUCUGGCAGUCAUUCUCAAGACCUAGGAGACGUGUUCCUACCUCAGUAUUCUCACUUCAGUUUCUAAGAGAAUAGUACUGCUAUGUAUAAGCUUCCCUAAUAGAGCUCCAUGGUGUGUGUGCUCCUUCUUUGUGGGGAGUAAGUGAGGAUCUGUAUGUACUUGCUAAUAUGUCUAGUGUUCAUAGAGCUUUUCCUACUUACAAUUAUUUAUGAGUGUUUCAGAACUGAGAACCCUGUCACAAUAUUUGUGCUUUUGCCCAAAAGCAUCUUGAGUAUGGGGAUGUGUUGUACUUGCCUAUUGCUCCUUACUCUAGAAGGAAUUAUAUCUCACUCUGAAACAGGGUCCACUCUUGUCUUGAGAAUACCUUUCUACCUUUAUCCCCUUUGCUUCAGUGGAAAUUUCACAAAGUUACUUGCAACAGGUUUCUUUGAUCCUGUAAAGGUAAAGGUAAAGGGACCACUGACUGUUAGGUCCAGUCGCAGACGACUCUGGGGUUGCGGUGCUCAUCUCGCUUUACUGGCCGAGGGAGCCAGCGUUUGUCCCCAGACAGCUUCCGGGUCAUGUGGCCAGCAUGACUAAGCCGCUUCUGGCGAACCAGAGCAGCACACGGAAAUGCCAUUUACUUCCCGCCGGAGCAGUACCUAUUUAUUUACUUGCACUUUGACGUGCUUUCAAACUGCUAGGUGGGCAGCAGUAAGGAGGAUAGAAUCCUGCCUUAACCAUUGCCAUGCUUUCCUGCUCAAAGGAUAAGAUACGGGGGGGGGGGGGUUAGGUUUCAUUCACCCAUUUUGUCCCUCUGGAUUUUAGCUCUAGUUUGAGUCUUAAGGGACGCGGGUGGCAAUGUGGUCUAAACCACUGAGCCACUUGGGCUUGCCGAUCAGAAGGUCGGCAGUUCAAAUCCCUGCGACAGGGUAAGCUCCCGUUGCUCAGUCCCUGCUCCUGCCCACCUAGCAGUUCGAAAUCACACCCAAAAGUGCAAGUAGAUAAAUAGAUACCGCUCUGGCAGGAAGGUAAACAGCAUUUCCAUGCACUGCUCUGGUUUCAGUGUUCCAUUGCGCCAGAAGCAGCUUAGUCAUACUGGCCACAUGACCAGGAAAAACUGUCUGCGGACAAACGCCGGCUCCCUCGGCCUGUAAAGCGAGAUGAGCGCCGCAACCCCAGAGUCGCCUGUGACUGGACUUAACUGUCAGGGGUCCUUUACCUUUUUUUUCUUUUUUUUAGUUUGAGUCUUGGGGAAGUCCUUCUUCCUAUCUUUAUUUUAUCCUCUGUUUUUUGCUACCUUAGUUCUUCUUAUGCUUUUGUGACUAACGAAAGGAUGGAGCUUGGCUGUUACCACUCCUUCCAAGGGCAGUUGAAAAAUUGUCUGAACUGAGAAAGAAUAAGCUGUCGAAACCCAGUGUCUGAUUUGUUUUUUUCUGAUUAACAGUGUUUUGUUUGGUUUCAUUGCAUAUUUAUUGGUGUAAUUUGUUUUGGAUACAUUGAGUAUAAUACAGUACCUUCCUUAUAUUCUGUGUCUUAUAUUCUUCAGAAGUUACUAUGAACCUGUACUUUGCAGUCUUCUUUAAGCCCCAAAUCUUUCACUAGAUUUGGAUAAAGGCAAGUCCCUACAUGUUGAAUGCAUGUAGUUUUAUGUAUUUCUAGCUUUGAAUGUGCCCUUACAUAGUGUGAAUGGGUAAUUUCUGAUGGCAGAGCAAGGCUUGCUGGCCCCAUAUUUAUUCUGGCAUGGUAAAUAGUAGUUCUCAGGAUAUGAAGGUGCGUUUGAACAUUUGCUGUGUGAAAUUAACGUGGUUUUACCAUUGCCAAAAGUAACGUGCCAGUUGUGCAUGUUUGAGUCAUCGUACAUGAAGAUGCUUUGUGUAUGAGCUUGAACAUUAGAGGAUAGUUUUGUUUGUUUUCUAAAUUUUGCUUCACUUGAUCAGAAUUAUUUCCUCAAUUCUUUCUUGUAAUAAGAAACAGUAGAUUUAUAUACUGUUGUAUUUCCUACCUGUGUACAUAUCUCUGUCUCGGUCCAGUGUUGUAAAUUGUUUCCCAUUGUGCCAUAUCAUGGAGUCACCAGCAUUCCCUUGAUAAGUGCCUAGACGCAAUCGAUAGAAUUCGUUUUCUGGUUCCAGUCGGAAACUGCUGUAUUCUGCAUAGACUUUCUUAUUACUCCAGUCUUCUAACUCAAUCAGAAGUCUGUAAUUGUCCUGAUUGGAAAGUAAGUAAAUAUUUUCCAGUCCCAGCCAGUAUUCUCCAGCAACAUUUCCAAAUCCUUUCUGUUAAAACAAAACAAUUCUGAUUAGAUUGCCUUGUAGUUCAAUUAGAAAGUUAUUUAUUUACUGUUAAUAUAUCACAUAACUAUAAGUGGUGUCUUUAAACACUGGGAUAAAUUUCCAAUCAAUACUGAACCCUAAUUGAUGGGAGAGUUCAAAGAAAGAUGUGUAUUGUUCAUCUUCUUCCCUUUUCCUUUGUAGUAUCUAGCACAAUUCACCUCAUGUCCUGCUGUAUGUUUCCUUGUACCACCUCCCGCAUCUUUGGCUGGUAAGAUGCUCACAACAUACAUUAUGUUGUACCAAAUACUAUGGGGAGAGGUGGCUCAACUCACAACAUUCAUUAUGUUGUACCAAAUACUAUGGAGAGAGGUGGCUCAACAUGGACUGCCAUUUUCAGAAGAGGGUGGUCUUUGUUCUGCCAUUAGAGCAGACCUGCCACAGAAUUCUACCCACCUCCAUAGAUUUUGGCUAUGCCUAUUCAGUACAUCCAAUUCGUGAACACCACGCAUGAUUCUAGGCUGAGUUCAUAAUGGUUCCUUCUCUAUGCAGGGAUGAAAACAGAACCCAUAUAAGAUACUCCUUCUGAACCAGCCAGGGGGGUGUCAUAUGGGUAGAGGAUUGCCCCACUGCAUCUUCAUUCUCAGACUGCUUAUCUGCUUUCAGUUAUUUUUUUGUGAUGGUAAAGAUUGUUACUUAUUCAUAUGGCUGCAAUAUUUAUGGCUGCAGUUUGGUUAAUACAUUAUUAUUAAUCAACUUAAAUGGUACUCCAAUUAAUCAGGAAGCAGCUUUUAAACAAUUUAUUUGAAUCCAUGCGUUUUUUAAAACUGCAGAUAGCAAAUUCCAUCUUAGAAGGGUCAUUUCUUACUUUUUUAGAGACUAAGGGAUGAAAUACCUCCUUUUUAUCAUCUAAAAAUACGUGUUUUGAUUCAGUAUUUCUGCUUUUUGCUAAUACACAGAUUUAAUUUUUUAAUGAACUAAGACUAGCAGCUAACUAACAGCACAAUUCUAUGCAUACUUAUUUAGAAAUAGGUUUGUUCAGUGGAACUUCUUAGUAUGUCUAGGAUUGCAGACUAAGAGUUUUUUAACUGAAUGACUAUCAAAUUUGUAUAACAAUUAAAAUGCUUAAUAAGGAAUUAAAAUAUCAUAAUCUUAAAUAUUGACAGGACAAAAUGGAAGGGAAAGGGAUGGACAUAAAGUGAGAUUAUGGCUGCAAACCUAUACAUGGUUAUCUCAGAGUAUGUCCCACUGAACUCAGUGAGGCUUAAUUAUGAGUACACAUGUAGAGGAUUGCACUAAAAGUAGACUCUUUGCUCCUUCCUGGUCACUUUUCUAUUGCACUGUGCUAAGCCAUGUGUCAGGGAACUGCCAUCAGUGCCGGGGGGAGAGAGCAAAAGCCAGAGGGAUUCCAGAGAGCGUCCCGGGAUUGGGAGAAGCAGCCCAUCUUCUGGGGAAGAGAAUCAGCGUAGCACCAGUGGAGAAGGGGGGCAGGUGGGGGAAGUGGCGAGGCGGUCCCAUGACUCCUUGCCUGGGACCAGCAGGGAGAGUAGCGGUCCUCCGUUGCCCACGCCCUCCCUGCACAGAAGGCUUUCGCGCAGAGAGGGUAGGCGGAGACUAGGCGUCAAAGAGCUUCUUUGCUGGAAGAAGUUUAAGAAACGCCCACUCACGGAUUCUGCCAGCGACUGAGUCAGCCACGGGUGAGUGGCGGUCCGGACAGAUAAGGUUUACUUUGGCAGCCCAGCCAGGGAGAUAGUUGCCUGCUUGCGCACGAGCAACCCCUUAGGAACCAUUACACCAUGGUUUGGCUUAGCCUGGUGUCCAAACCUGUAGUUCAGCUCUCCUGGGCAAGCCAUGAGCUGUAAAUCAUAGGACAAAGCUUAGUUAAAGCUUGUAGUUUGUCUGGAGAGUGCUCAGCCACAAGGCUCCCUAGGUUUGGAUGACAUGCUAAGACUUUUCUCAGCGCAACAGCAAAACUACCAAGGCAGAGCAAAGUGGGAGCCCAAGUGCUUGUUCAUUUGCGCUAAGCCAUGGUGUGGCUUAACAUUGCACCUAGAGGGGGCCAUUGUUAACAGCUUUGACAUAAGAAUUCUGAAGCAGGUACAGAGAUGCCUCCAAUGCACACAUGCUUUAAAUAAUUCUGAGGAAGGAACAUAUAAUUUCUGUUUUACAGUGCACCAUAACUUGUUGGCUGCCUGAGUCUUUUUAAAAAAAGAUUACCUUGUAAUUGUCCCAGUUUGUGAAGAAGUUCACAGAACCAUCUGUUCUUUUUUGUAUAACCGUCCAGCCCCCAGGAUCAAGGCUGUUCUCACACCAUAAUUGCACAGGUCCAUGGCUGUUUUCAGGCUUGAUCAUAUAAAUCCCGCUGCUGGAGUAGCCAGCUUGUUUUGCUUCUUGACAAUCUUUGAAUGGACCUUUUGAAAACAAUUUGAGAGUUUAAAAAUACGUCAGAGUUCUGUAAUGGUGCUUACUUACAUGGAUAGUAAAAUGUUUUGUAAAAAGCUAUUAAGCUGACAUGCAUAAAAAUGAUCCAGCAUAAGAUACUGUUAUGCUUUCACUUUGACAACAGUAACUACGGCUUGUUUUUCUUAAUGCUCAUUUGCCUAAAACUAACAGUUGCAGGACCAAACUUGCAAACUGUUCUAAAUCAUUACAGAUUUUCCUAAUCAGAAGGUAUCAUUUAUUUCACAUGCCUAGGGUAGAGAGGUAGAGAAGUGCAUACUAAAAGUUGCUGUAGCAUAGUGGCUUGCAGGUGUGGAAAAUCAUUGUUUAAACACAUGGAAGCUAACUUGUACUGAGAUAAGUCACACUAGUCCAUCAAGUUCAGUGGUGUCUACUUUGACCAGUAAUUGUUUCCAUGUUCUAGAAUAGUGGUCUUUCUCAGUCCUGGCACUUUAUUCCUUUUUCAGCUUGUGUUGCCAGGAGUUGAACCUUCAAUUUCUGCAUGCAAAUUCUUGAACUAUUUCAGUCUGGCUUCAGGCCCAGAGGUGAUCAACUUUGGUUGAUGACCUUUAAUUGGAGAGAGACAGGGGGAGUGCAACGCUAUUGAGUUUCUUAGAUUUCUUAGCGACUUUUGAUACCAUUGCCCGUGGCGUACUGCUGAAGUGGGUUGGGAGUUGGAGGCACAGCGAUGCAAUGAUUCUGCUGCUUCCUGCCGGACAAGCUGCAGAGAAUGAUAUUGGGAAGCUCCUGCUUAAUCCCUUGGCAGUUGUGCUGUGGGAUUCAGCAAGAUUCAGUUCUGCCCCCAAUGAUAAUUAUGAAGCCAUUGGAGGUACUCAUUGCGGUGGGGCUUGGUGUCACCAAUAUACAAAUGACACCCAUCUCUGUCUCUACAUGCUAUAUAUGUCAGAUGCUGUUGUACUGGACUGGAUGAUCCAAGGAUCUUCAUUGGCUACCUAUAUAUUACUAGGCCCAAAGUAUGGUUUGAUUUGUAAAGUCAGAAUGACCGAGGACCAAGGUACCUCCUAUUCUUCCUUUCCCUUUACUGAGUGGCCUGGGCCUGUGUUUAGAAGGAAAGUCUAUUUAAUGUCCCACUGUUGAACAAGGCUCACUAUGCAACAACAUUAAUGAGCUUCUGAUGUUUGAUGGUUGGUUAACGCAUACCUCUUCUUUUAGGCCUAUGAGUGAUUUGAGUUGUUUGAUUUCAAUCUGAUGAAAUCAGUAAAUCACCAGAUUUACUGCUCUUCAUUUGUAAUAAUUUUACACUGGAUUUUAUCCUAUGUGUAUUUUGAUAUGUUCUAUUAUAGUUUUAUAAUUUUAUUGGAAACCACCCUGGGAGUUAAUAAAGUAAAGUAUGUGCUCCUGCCACUGAGCUAUAGACAAGCUUCCCUGCCCCCUUCCCCAAUGUUUCCCAGCUUAGGUAGAACAUUUUCCAUCUUUCAAAGUCCAGGGAAGAGAAUGUCUCAAACGAAUGCACAAGAAGAUUGUUUCACUAGUGGUUUCAAGCCUCAAAUUUCCCCUCUCCUGCUGCACAUGCCUUUCCACUGGGAAAUAUGAGAGGGGGGAAAGCUAAGCAACGUCUAAAAUACUUUCGUGUUGCCUCCUGCCUGUUAAGCUCUCAAUUCAUUUGAAGGAAGUUUCCAGAUCAUAUGAAUAUAAUUCUAUAUAUUAUUUCAAUUAUAGACAUUUAUAUUUCAAUUAUAUAUAUUUCAAUUAUGUAGAAUAUUAACAGAUUCAAGCAAUGAAAACAAAGAAACAAGGAAGUGAGACUUAACUUCUUUUCAAUUCUUAGGACUUAUUAGCCCAUGUCAGAUUAUUUUGUACCCAGUUUUUCGUGUUUCAGAAGAAGAACUUCAUAAAACAUUGGGGUGAACAGCUCUGCACAAAUGUCUUCCACCUCAUUGUAAAUUUUCCAUGUGGGUAAAACUCUGAGGGUAUGGAAAUUCAUCUCUUGUUGAAGGAUUUUUUUAUUGAUCAAUUUAUGGAGAAGUAAAUUAUAUAUAGUUUUGCAAAAGCUAUUCAUAACUUGUAAAGAUAUCCUUCUAGCCUUAAAUAAAUGCCUUUGCCAAAUUCAUUGUGACAUAUAUCAUUUACGGUGGUCACACUGGUCUCGUUCCAUUUUUCUGUUUCCAGAUAGAAGUAAAUAUCUAUCUUAAGCUUUUAAGGAAUUUUGUCUCAGGAUGGUGAGGUUCCAGGUGUAGUUUUGGACCCUAAAUUAGCCCUAAUGCUGAAACCCACCAGCAGUGCUGUAUGUCAGUUGAAAUAGGCUCUUCUUGCCAGCUUGGGCCUCAAAGGUUGCCUUUCUGAGGGAAAUACUGAGUGCUAACAAGUUUUGCUAAUGGGCAAAUGGAUAUACACAUGCACCACUGGCACACUUUUCUAACAAUAUUCAUUAUUAACUGAAGUAUACAUAGUAAAUGUUUGGUAUUCCUGCACUGAGUCCCAUUUCUACCCUCUCUUUUCAUUUUAGGGGACCUAAAAUUGUAUUGUUUAUUAGAUUUCCUUUCCCAACAAUGCUAGAGAAAUAGGUAGUUGUGUUACUUUGGUUACAGUUCUGCCCACACCAAGGUGCAAGUAAGCGAUGUAGAAUUUAGUGGGCCUUGUUUACAAGACACUGUGCACAGAUUCGUUUUUGAGAUCUGCCUUUUUGUACCCAAUUUCAUAUAUUCACACUUACGCAGCAGUCAGAUUCUAAGAUGUUUGCUAUGUUAAAAUGUGAAAGAGCAAGUGUUCUCCAACACCAUGGCAAAAGUGUUGCUUUGUUGCUGUAUGAUUGGGCAGCCUUAUACCUUGAUUAAUAAUUAGCUCUGUUCCCAAUGUGUUACAUAUUAUGCAAAUAAUUAAGUACUAUUUACAUCUAGUAUUUCAUUUGCACUGUAUCCCUCUUUGUAUCAGCAGCUGUUCAUUCAGUAUGUGGUUUUUCUUUGAAUGCUGGUCAAAAUGGCCAGCUGUGACAGAAGACAAAGCUAGGCAUUUCUCUGUGGAAGAAUAUAAUAUGCAAGAAGAAAUGAUUUCACAGAUAGAAGAAUUUUAAAAUGUAGAGUUUUGAAUCCUGGCUGUUGCAGAAAUGAAAUUUCUUCCAGAUGUAUCAUAAAUCAUAUCAUUCAUGGAUACUUUCUACAGCUCUUGUAAUCCCCAGGUGAUUUUUCACAGUUAGCUAGUAAAUUAUCAUCAAGAAUGUGCUGAAUGAAGCAGAUUGUUAGCUGCAAUAUUCUCUUCUUCUACCCUUUCCAGAAAUAAAUAGUUUUUAUAUAUAUCAGUAUCAACAGGUGUCAUUAUAUUAAAAAAUAUUGAACCAUAAUCUUCCAUUACUCCUUAAAACAUUAUAGCAGCUAGAUAGUUACCUUUAGAGAACAGUAAUAUUGAUCUCUGUUUCAAAUUCUCUCUUAACUUUGUUGUCCAUAUAAUCUAUAUCAGUUGCAGAAAUGUCAGGCCUCUACAAAUGGAUGAUAGUUUUAGUCCUGUAGCUUACAAUUGUCUGAAUAAUUUGUCACCAUUGAAAUAAAUUUAGCCUUUUGUUUUUAGAAAAAAAUAACUUGAAAGCUUGAUUACAUAGCACAACCUCAACAAUAUUUUGUAGAUUUUACCAGGGUAAAAUGACUUGCAGUCAUUGGAGCCAUUGCCUGUAUACAUAAACAUGUUAUACAAACAAACCUUUUGCUGUGAGUAAAUGGUCUUAGACACUGGACUGAGACCUACAUUGCCUACAGUGUGCUGCUGGAAUGUAACUGCUUAAAGCUGCUAGAAGAUAUGAAGUAGGUAAAGGCGGCGGGAAAAUGGCUCAUGCUACUUUCUUUAACAAAGAGCAUGACAAAACUACAGUCUCUUAGGUCAGAACACUCUUCAUACAGUUCAUAGCUGUCAACUUACAGAUUUGAAAAUAAGGGACCAGCAGCCUUGAAAAUAAGGGACCAGCAGCCAAAAUAAGGGACCUACAGCUUCACCUGUUCCAGGCACUCCAGUCUUCCUGUCUUCCUGCAGUCUGGUCAAACUCAUGCUGGUAGCUUAGAGAACACUGUCCAACCAACUUUGUAACCAGAGGUUCAACUGAAUAGAAUCUGAAUCACAUGCACCACAAGGCCUAUGCAGCCUCAACUUAAGAUGGCUCCCCGGCCUGGCUUUGCACUGCAAAGUUUGCAGCAGCACAUGCAACAAAAUGGCGUCCAGCAUUCAAAAAGCUCCUCAGCUUGCAUUAACUAGCCACACACAAGGCAUGCAAGCCCCACCCCCCAGUCAUUCUUAGACUUCUUAUUGGGUGAGCAACACAGCCAAGCAACACAGUUGGAGCUUCCCUCCUUCCUGGCCAGCAGGGAGGGAGGGAGAGAAGCUGCUUCCUUUGAAAUUUAAGGGACAUUUAAGGGACAUCCAUCAAUAAGGGACAGCAGCGGGACAUGGCGCUGGAAUAAGGGACCCGUCCCUUCAAAUAAGGGACACUUGACAGCUAUGAUACAGUUCCAUAAGUUGGUCAGCACCCUUUUGAAAAGGUUUCAUUUGAUCAUUCCUAGCUGAAAGAAGCAGGUUUGUGGGACAAAGGCUUUUGGGUGAAAACUGGCCAUCUGAGUGCAAGAGCAAUGAUUUUUGGCUUUGGUUUGUGUUUUCUUCAUAGUCACCAACCAGAAGUCUUCAGAUUGUCUGAGAAGCCCCCACCCCAAAGGUUCAUAGUUAAUAGUUCUAGAAAUAGCAGUAGAUGUCUUACCUUCAUUGAUUAAAGUUAACGGUGGGAUCCUGAAAGGGCUUUUUGUAGGAGAAGUAGCAGGAUCAGGGGGCGGCCUUACAUCUCUGUCUCUAGGGUAGCCUGGAUCUCUUUGAAUUUCAUUACUUCCCAGGAGUCCAGGAGUGUAUUGUUGACUGUUAGGAAUGUGGUGAGGCACCACUUGAACUAAAGGAGGAGAGCCAUGUGUGUCCUGGCGAGAGAAUAUCCGCAGACAUUGCUCUUCCAACAGUGAGAUGACGACUGACUGAUUAUUUACAAGAUCAGUUAGUGUUGCAUAUUUCACUUCCAGUUCUCUGUACCUUGUAGUCAUUUUCAGCAUUUCAGUUGUGACAUUGAGGAUUUUGUUUUCCAGCUGGGAAAGCUCAAGGGAAUUGUCCCGCUUGCGGAUUAUCUCAUGCAGAAGUUGCAUGUACAGCUGAGUAACCCUGGAAUUCAUGUUGCGGCUCUCUUUUCUCAACAGUUUUACUUCAUUUACUAUAUUCCCAUCCACAUCCACCACUAGCUGCAAGAGAUCAAUCUCUCUCUUUUGUUUGGAUAAUACAUCCUUCAGAUUCUCGAUGUCCAUUCUAGUAAUUUCAUCUUUUUUGUUCUCUGGCCCUGGCCCUUUGGUAUUGACACAAAUUGGUCCGGUUAUUUUUUGUUCAGGGACAAUAAAUGUAUAGCCACACUUUUUCCCUUCCUCUCCCCCUUCUGUAGAACGUGGGUUUCGUCUGAGAGUGUUUUUGAGUUUCAGCUGUUUUGUGCAGUGUCCAUUUGGUAGUAACAGAAGUAACAGCAAACUCAAAGUCCAUGAGAAUGCCUUCAUUUUCAAGUAAGCUAAAUGGAAAAAACAAAAUUAAAAAAAUUAUUGUUAAGGUCCUUUUAUUAAAAAUACUAUGAAAUCCAUCGGUCACCAAGGAUAGAGAACUAGGAUUUCUGUAGGAUAUUUACUAAGAUUUCUGUAGGGUGUUAUCCCCUCCAAACUUAGUCAUACUGUAUUCCCAGAAAAAAAAAAAAUUAGGGGGGAAGGAAAUCAUGUUAUAUAUUUGCACCACAAAUAGAUUAGUCAACUAAAAUAUGAGCUGUUGGGCAGUAGUAAUGCUAUAAAACGUGACUUGGAAUGGCUUUAAAAUGCAGGAGAAUUCUAAUAGAUUGACAACUACUUAGAGAUAAUACUAGUAAUAGGCUUCUAGGAUUCUAUGAAUGUGAAUCUAAAGGCGACCUUGCAAUAAUUCCUUCCUGGAUUCAGCAGCCUCUCCUUCAGUCUAAUGGUUGCUAUAUGGUAUCUCUGUAGAUUUCCCCCAUUAUUCAAAGCACUAAGACCAUUUGCAUCACUAUUUGGCAGUGUUGCAUUGGAGUUGCUUCAAUAAUAAUCAAUAAUCUAGUACUUCAGGGCCAAAAAGGCAAGUAGCAUGAUCUUGAGGCACUUCUGUGGAAUAGACGAAGACCAUUGCUUCCAACCAAUUUGCUUCAUAUUUGCAGCAUGUGAAGUAGUUCUGGCUAACGUAUGUAUGUGUAGAUGGGCAGGAAAGUAUAAUAAAUUGUUUGUGGGUUAAUCACUUUGGGGGACCUGUUUGCAAGCCCAGCAUGACUAGCCACUUACAAGCAGGGAAGCAGAGAUCUCCCAGGGUGAGAGGCUUGGAGGAAGAGGCAAAUGCUGCCAGGUGAGAGUCUUCUCUGUAUGGGAUAAAAGUUAGGAUAUAUCUAUGAGAGAGGACUCUGUAUUCUGAUAGCACUUUUUCUUUUCAACUAUUUCUUGUUUAGAUUAGGUUUUUAUUGUAAUGGCAGAUAUAAUUAUAGAUAUAUAUAGAUAUGAACAAUUGACCAUGAAGCCAUAGCUAUAAUGCUAUCAAAUUUAAUUUUUACAGUCCCAAAUGAUGAGAUUGGCAAGGAGAAAGGUGAAAUGCAAAGGCAAGGGGGUCAAAAUGUAGAAUAAUUGGGAGUUAUUUAGAGCCACAGUAGUAGCUCAGCAAGAAUGUAUACCAUGGAUCAAGAAUGUACCACCUUGCCAAGAGGAUGAUUGCAUGAUUAACAAGCAGAGUCAAAAGAAGCUAUUAAAGACCAGUUUCCUUUAAAAAUGAAAGUCUUAUCGAAAUGAGAAGAACAAAGCUGAACACAAACUUUGGCAAAUAAAUAUAGGCGGACCAUAAUGGAUGCUAAAAAAUGAAUUUGAGGAGCACAUUGCUAACAACAGAUCCCUGUGCUGGAAAUAAUUAUCACAGGAAGAGAGCCUGAGGAACUGAAACAGAUAGUGCUGACAAGAGACAAAGGUCUAGGCCUUAUUACACCUUUUAAAAAUGACAAAUUCACUGGGUCCAGAUGACAUCCACCUGAGAGUCCUUAAACAACUUAAAUAGAAUUGCUGGUCUUCCAGUAAAAAUAUAUAAAUAGUACCUCAGACCAGCCUCCAUACUUGAGGUUUGCAAAGUGGCCAAUGUAACACCAGUUUUUAAAAAAGGAUCCAUGGAGUUUCCUGGUAAUUACAGGCUAGUUAACUUAACAUCUAUUCUGGGAAAAGUGGAAAGUACUGUUAAAGAUAGAAUGACCAAGCAUAUAAUAGAAUAAGAAGUCUUGCUAAAGCAGAACCAGCAUAGCUUCUGCAAGCAUUCUUAGAGUUCUUUGAGUGUUUCAACAAACAUAUUAGAAAGAAGAUUCCACCUAAACAUUAGGAAGAACUUCCUGACAGUAGGAGCUGUUGGACAGUGGAAUUUGCUGCCAAGGAGUGUGGUGGAGUCUCCUUCUUUGGAGGUCUUUAAGCAGAGGCUUGACAACCAUAUGUCAGGAGUGCUCUGGUGGUGUUUCCUGCUUGGCAGGGGGUUGGACUCGAUGGCCCUUGUGGUCUCUUCCAGCUCUGGGAUUCUAUGGUUCUAUCUAGUUUGCUUCCAGCUGAGGCUGUCUUCAAUACUUAAUGGGUUUAUGAGAUACUACUACCCUAAGUAUUAAGAUGUUCCCUUCUGGGUACUUGGAAGAUAAUUUCUAGACUUUUCGAAGACUAAGGGUCUGGGUCAAGCAAACACCAGUUUUGACUACAACCUAUCACUUAUAGUAGCAGCUAUUGGACAGAUCCAUUUGCCCAUGGAUGUACAUUAUACAUACUGUAUUCAGACAUGAAAGUACUUUGAUGUAUGCAUCAAAUAAGAACCCAUGGGUACAGUGCUUAAUGUUUUUCAUGGCUUUAGGCAUUGGUGACUUCAAGGAAGCUAUUGCUUAUGAACCCCUAAACAUUCCAUCGUAAGAGAACUCCCUCAUUUUCCCCACAUAAAAUCUCUGAAAUUUUCCUGAUGUUUAUUUCCCUUCUCUGUUCUCAGAUAAGUGGAACCUGCAGCAAAAUGUUGAAGUGCUCCUGUUCAGAAUGCUCAGUUCCAUUUCCCCUCCUGACAGAUUUUUUGUCUCCCUUCCAACAGUCAAUCAGUAUUCAGUGGCCAAUAAAAGAUGAUCAGUCCUCAUUGGAAAGUUGGUUGCAAGAGGGAGUCCUGUGGGAUUUUCCCCUCAAUAUUUUUUAUUCUUUUAUAAACUUUGGGGGUUCCCCCAUGCCUCCGUAUGACUGGCACCAUUUUGGUUCAACUAGCACUCAAAGAAUUAAGAUUGCUCUUAGUGCUUAUAUAAUGGACACAGCGCUGCUGUGUGGCUUCCUUCCUCAAGUGCCUUGUCAGUGUGAGGAAAUCCAUUCUGUAACCCUGUUUUCUACCAUGUGCUUAAUUUAUUAGUGUAUAAUGUAUGUUAUCAUUGUGUGUCCUCCAAAGGUUCUCUGCUCCAAUAUAGAAAAAACCUCUGCUGCAUCACCCAGCCUCUGCUUGAAAACCUCUACCACCACCUACCAAGGCAACUGAGCCUUUAUGUCCUGAAGUUAACCUACCGAAUGUGAAUUGUUCAGUAAGGACUCUCCUCCUGCAAGAGAGGGGAGUGGUUGUGGUCGGGAGCGGGACUCCGCCUCAAGCAGGGGGCGUUAGCCCUUUUCAGUAAGGUACCUUUUCAGUAAGGUACUAUAAGCCGUAACCUUUUUUGUUGUUGUUGUUUAAAAGCGGUUUUCUUUAGGGAGCCUGUACUGGCAAGUGAAGCCAAUGACAAGAACCAGGCAAAGGCACACCUUCAAAGGUUCUAAACGUAUAAAUGUGCAGUGCUCAGGAAUGGUUCCCUGAUCAGAAACCCUGAAUUGUCCACCCCAAGCCCUGCCUUAUUUCUUCCCCCAAACAUCAAGCAAAGGGGGGUGGUGGCUUAAAGAAACCAAGAGGGGUGAGGUUUAAGAAGCCUACGGCACCCGGUAUUCCCAGGCGGUCUCCCAUCCAAGUACUAACCAGGCCUGACCCUGCUUAGCUUCCGAGAUCGGGCGUGUUCAGGGUAGUAUGGCCAUAGACUCGCGACGGUACGACGAAAAGUGAGGCCGGAAGGCUGGUGCUGCAGCAAUUUAGGCUGCUAAACACGCCCCCUCGCAGGCACCUGGUUGGGUGCCUGCCCGUGGGCGUGGGCGCCAUUUAGCAUUAGGCUUUUUGGUUUUUUCGCCUACCUCGUAGCAAUUGUCACAACUUUCGUGGUAUUGGUGGGUAGGUUAGGCAUUGGAAUAAUGUGUUGUGGUGUGUCGAAGGGCUAGGUGUGGCCAUCGCCUGCGCCUUCAAUUUUGGGUAUUCCGUUAAAGGAAUCCGGCAGUCGUGUAUUCUGUCCCAUGCCUGCGUGGCGGGAGGCCAUGGCACGACCCUCGGCGACAUCAGGGGAGAGCUUAUAGUUGGAUUAGCAUCAACAGGCUCCACCUACUGGUGAAUAAACCCCCCUGUUUUAGACUCACCCCUCUCUGAGGGGGUGGAGUCAGCUGACGUAAUCCAAUGCCUAAGCCAAUACCUUUUCACUUGCUGUAAUCAAUAAAGUUGUGGCCUUUUCUUGCCCAUUAACCUUAUAUCAUGUGUCCUCGUGUUUUCAUUCCACUACGCGGGGAUCGGGUCCUCGAACCACAACGCAUUGUAUUAUUAUGGAAACAAAGCAAGCCAGUGUAUUUAUAUUUAUUACUUUCUCAAUUUUCUAGAUGAGUUCAGAUGGGUAUUGUGAGCAACACUUUACUUAAAGCAACAUAACUACUUCUUUAAAGACAAUUGAGGAAACUUGCUUUUUCUCACUGAACUUUCUAUACAUUAAUUAGUAACAAGUAAAGUUUUAUUUUUAAAGCAAAGCCAGCCUAGCUGAAUUGACAUAGUGGAACAAAGGCAUCUGCUCAAGAUUGAUUAAUUUUCACAGUACUGUCUUGUUGAAACUGUACCUUUCAUAAAUGGGUUGCAAGGGAAUGUUAUUUUAGCAUCUUUUGACAUGUGUACAAAAAAGUCAUUUGUUACUUGAAUGGUGGUUUUCAUAUUAACAUACAAAAAUCUUAGGUGUGGACCCUAAGUUGCAAUGUACGUCUCUUAUUCAGUCUGCUAUACACACAACCAUUUCAAUUUCUCAUAUCUUUAUGCCACUGAAUCUGGCAAACAUUUUGAAUAUCCCAAUCCUUGCCAGAAUAUUGUAGUCCAAAAUAAACUGUAAAUUGCAGACAUUUAAGUACAGAAUCCUAAUCUCAAUAGUGCCAUGUUAAAUUGUGUUAAUCACAUGUGUGUUGACAUCAAAGCUUGGUUAAGAGUGUUGAUUUUUAAGUCUUCUUGGGCAGAAAUGGUUCAUCUCACUUUCAGAGUACUGGAACUAAAUUGAUCCUAAAAUUCAUAGGCUGCAUUCCAUGGACACAUGCAUUUUGUACUUGCAUUCCUUUUCCAACAACUGCUGUUCUUAAUCCUACACUAUCAGGUGGAGUUUAGAAAAUCUGUUCAUAGCUAGGUGCAGUUUCAUGUUCAAGAGGAAAUGUUUGGGAAGACCCAGUCUAUGUCCUACAUUGAUUAUUUGUUUUGUUGUUUUGUGUUGGUUAUGCGAAAGUACAUUCUGCUGAAAUGAACUGGGCUUCUUUCCAUAUGAUGGCAGCUAUCCAACAAAUGAGUUACCGCAAGUACAAACAUAGGUUUCCCAUUGUCAGCUAUGAAAUAGCCAGUAUUUGGAUUUCUUUAUCUUUCAAAGAUUACAGUGAGAAAAGUCCCUGAAUCACAGCCAGUGUCAAAGUUGAUAUGAGCAUCUACUGCAACUAAAUAGCAGUAGUUUCAAGGAAACUAAUGUUGAAAGCUCAUUUUUACUAACAGCAAAAAUGUGUGCUCUUGUAUUAGCAUAUUCCAGACUUAAUCGGCAUAUUUUAAAGAAUAUAUUCUUUUAAAUCACCUUUAAAACCACUAUUAAAGUACUUAAAUGUUAUGGAGUUUAAAUAACACAGGAACCCACAUUUUAAAGUACGGCUAAUAAAAAACUCCUGAAAUGACUUCAUAGUAAUUCUUGGAGUCAUUAGUAGUUGCUUAAGGCUCCGAAAUUGCUUUUCAUAUACGAAAUGUGGAAGUAAACUGUUGUCCAUUUAUUACCAUCAGUGCUGACUGUGUGAAUAUUGGUGACCUUAGACCCUGAGACAACCUUGUUCCCCAGCUAGAUGUCCUAAUGAAUUUAGGAACUAUGCUGCAUUUGUCUGAAUAAACAUUUGAUAAUAAUUUGAGCUACUGUCUACUACAUGUAUUAGUUUUAUGUACUAUGAUAGAUUCUAAAAUGCAAUCAUUUUAAGAGCUAGUUAUUGAAGCCAGGCUGUUACUUUCAUGUGCAAAUCUACUCCACUGUAACAUGGAACAUCACUGUUACUGUGAAUCCAGGGUUCAUAGUCAGCUGUUGCUCUUUGUGAUGUUCAAUGUAGAUUACAGCUUUUGGGUAAUCUUCAGCUAUACGCUUUCAAAAUUAAUACUUGCAGCUGGAUCACUAACAACUUACGCUGGGUUUACUUUUUCCCAUUCAGGGCUGGUCAUGCAAUUUUUUAGUUUUUCAAGCAGUAAAUUCCUUCAGGUUAACGCUGUCAUUAGACAGUAAAAGCUAUUCCAUGAAUAAGAAAGUGUUAAAUGGCAAUGGAAAAUCCAAGUUUUAAUGAGAGCCCCUGAUCAAAAUGUCCAUUUGGGUGUACAGCAGGAAUAGUGAUUUAUCAAUAGGAAAAGUGCAAGUUAAGGCUUUAAUUGUAGAUUCUCCUAGUAAUAUAUUUGGGGAGAAGCCUGUGACACUAUAUCAGGGGUACUUCUUGAUUAGCUUCAUUUUCUUUUAGGAGGACUAUGCUAAGAAAAUCCUUUUUGUUGUGCAGAUCAAGCGGUACAAUUGGUUUUUCAUGAUCACCAUCAGCCAGUUUUUCUGAAUGUUGGUGGGUGGGGGAUUUCCUUCCCUCUUGUAUAAACAUGAAACAAUGCAGUCAAGAACAUUAAACCUUAUACUUGUAAUGGAGCACUCUCAAAAUUUAUUGGAUUCAAUAAAAGAAAAAACUAAACUGUGUGCAUUAGUAUGUAUGAAUUUUGGCGGCACAUAAAAUGUAGCAGCAUCCAUAUGUAAUCUACAAUCUGAAAUAACUACAGAAAAGUUGUGUGCCGAUUGACAACAAAGAAAAUGUAUAGACACCAACCUUGUAAUGGCUUUUUCUUCUGAAGGAGCAUAAAAAUCCACAGACCCCUUUUUGUGUAGAUUCUCCUCCUGGUGCCAGAACAAUUGUCUGGCAAUCUGCGACGUUCUAGGGAGAACGGCUGCUUUCUCUUGCCAUAUAUUACACCCGAGUACGUAUCACCCCAUUUGGUUUAAUAAGAGAACCACAUAUCAAAAUCAUUUUCUUCUGCUCCAGGAAAGAUGGAGAUAUUUUGAAGCUGCUUUGCCUUGCCUUUGCAUGCUGAAAUGCCCUAGCCAGCAACAGUAGACCUUGCUUCCAUAUACUGCACACUUGGGUGUGUUUCUUAAACAAACGCAUGCCUAGACUUUAAGCAGUCAGCCCAUAUAUGAUGUCACUGGAGAACAGGAGGCGGGGGAAGACUCCGAAGGAUUUCCUACCCACAACCUUUGGAAAAAGGAGAAAACUGGCAGGGGGGAAGGAGGGGGAGAGGGAGGGGGAGAACCACAGUAUGAACAAGGAGAGAUUGUCUGCUGGUUUAAGGGAGGGCAGCAGAUGGAGAAACAAUAAGAAAAGUUUAGGCAAUUGCAAAAUAUUUCGCUGUGCAGCCUAAAGAUCCCCGUCAAGUUGUUGCAGUAGUAAGCUUAGUUAUGACUGGAGAUUGUCAGGCUAGUAAACUCACUUUUGUGUUCCCAGAAAUGGAAGAAACAGGCUGAGUGAAUUUAACAGUAAAAUGAAGCAGUUACAGUCCCGAAGAAUGCAGACCAGAAUGUCACCUUCAAUUCUUUAAGUUUAUUUAAUAAGAAACAGUUCUUAUUAAAUUGCAGUGGUAAUCAAUAAAAUAGAAGAUAAUGUUAAUUCUUUUUGUGAACGUUGCAUACAUGGAGAAAUAUGUUGGAAGGGAGAGAGCUGGACUUUUCUUUAGUACUAUAAGAAAGAGUCACAUGCCAGUUAACAGUUUUACAGUAUUUUGAGAGGAAAAUAAAACACUUAAUUUUGAUUAAUAGCAAUUAUCUUAAUGUUUUAUUCUAAAUAUCUAUGUAGGCAAGGUAAACAAUUGCAUGAACUUCAUGCUAGAAACCUGCAAAACUUACAUGUAAUUUAAAUUAAUUUUACCAUUGAACUUACCUACAUUGGCUGCCAUCAUUCUGCCAAAUCUUUAAACUCAACAACCAGACAGAGAUAAUGAACAAAUUCAAGGCACCCCACCAUGUCUCAAAGGUGCCCCCUUCGGCAUCGUUUUCUAUUUAACUACAGUACUUGAAUACUUCAAAAGCUUAAAGUUCUGCCAGUACAAUUUAUGAAGAUCGUGUUUGUUUAGAAUCAGUGCAAAUCAGAGCAGUUUUUAAUUAUCUGUAGCAAGAAUUUAUUUUUACAGUAUGGCAUAUAAUAACUCUCAGAAUGUAGAAGAGCAGAGCAAACCUUAUUUUUAAGUACUUUAGUUCCCCAAGUUAACUUAGAUGUAAGCAAACUCGCCAAAUCACCAUAGAUGCAUUUCUAAGAAUAAUUACUUUAAUUCAAAGAGUAAAACUAAAGCCUGACUUCAUGUUGGACUGGCAGUAUACAAUUGCAGCAUUGUAGUCAGUCAGGCAGUGAGGACUGGUGACGCUUUGUUUAUCCAACCAAUCUAGUUCGAAAUUUUCCUAGGAGACCUUUUGAUAUAAGGUUAGCACUUUGGAAGAACCUUAUUGUAACAUUGAAGCCUUGGAAGAAUAUUUUAGGGCAAAGGGUCAGUUCAAAAAGAUCACUUCUGGCAAGAUCAAGUGGCGUUCAAAUCUGUCAGUUUUGGUUAUUUCCCUUUCUCAUUUUUUCAAUCAGCUCAUUAGAUUUCUGCAUCACUUUGUGAUUUUUUUAAAGUAUUCACAAAACUUCUCAAGCAUAUAGUGCACAGUUAUCCUAAUAUGCACAUUUUUGUUUGCAGUUUUCCUAAUAUACAUAGUUUUAUAGACAUUUUUUCUAAUAUGCAUUUUUUUGUUGUUUUCACUAAAAUGUGCAUUUUAUUUACAUUCCCCUAAUAUACACAUCAAGGGACGCGGGUGGCGUUGUGGGUUAAACCACAGAGCCUAGGAUUUGCUGAUCAGAAGGUCGGAGGUUCGAAUCCCCGCGACGGGGUGAGCUCCCGUUGCUCGGUCCCUGUUCCUGCCAACCUAGCAGUUCGAAAGCAUGUCAAAGUGCAAGUAGAUAAAUAGGUACCGCUCCGGUGGGAAGGUAAACUGCGUUUCCGUGCGCUGCUUUGGUUUGCCAGAAGCAGCUUAGUCAUGCUGGCCACAUGACCCGGAAAAACUCUGUGGACAAACGCCAGCUCCCUCAGCCUGUAAAGCGAGAUGAGCGCCGCAACCCCAGAGUCGGUCACAAUUGGACCUAAUGGUCAGGGGUCCCCUUUACCUUUAAUAUACACAUUACAUUUUUGUUUGUUUGAGAACUUCAUUGUAAAAUUCUAAUUCAAGUGCAAAUUAGGUAGCUUUGCUUUAAAAUGCAAACCAAACCACAUGAUCAACCAUCAAACCCAAUUCUUUGCUACUUGAUAAUCGGGGAAGGAGUUUUGCUACUUGAUAAUCAGCUCAUUCUCUGAAAUUCAGAAUAUUACUGACAUCCCUUGUAGGUUGGGGUUAAGUAUGUGACAUUCUUUCCUCCCUCUCCCUCUCAUCACUUUUUUUGCUGAGACAAACUUAAUAACAUUAUGUAAUUCAUUGAAUUAACUCUGUGCUACAGUAGGGAUGUUUUUGCCAAUUGUUUUUUGCCAAAUUGUCCUUCAAAAACAUCUUAAACAGGAUUUUUAAAGUCCGUGUACAAUUGCUCAUGGCAAUUUCAGAAUAUUAUAAAAUAUUUCAGAAUGUUAUUUUAGACUAAGAUAUAAAGUAUUUUACUCAGUUCUGUGACUUCUUGACCAUGUGCUAUUAUUUGUAAGAAUUCAGCUUCCUCUAAAUAUGACAACUUUAAUUUUUACGCCAUGACUACAUAACAAGACCUAAAAACGUAACUGUGGUUUAUCUAGAAAGUUAUAAAAAAAACCCUGGAUGUAGCAAAUAUUGUUUCCUGCUUGGCAGGGGGUUGGACUCGAUGGCCCUUGUGGUCUCUUCCAACUCUAUGAUUCUAUGAUUCUAUGAUUCUAUGAAAUACUAUUGAUUUAAAAAUAAGGUUGAAGGGAAAAGAAAUGCCCAUUAACCAAAUAUUUUUAACCUGUUGAUUUGUAAACAUGCUUUUAAAUAUGUGAAACCUUAUAGUCUAGUAACAGCAUUCAGUUUUCAGAUAUGGCAAAGCUACAUCUUCCUCAUAUCUUCAGUGCCUUGUCACUUGUUCUCCAGCUUAAAGCACAACGGAAAGGAUAUGCUUCAGGUUAUGGAUUCUGUCCAACACUGGACACACAGAAUUGUGUUUACACAAUGGACUUUCCCUCUCUUUUCCUUGCACACCCUUAAAAUCUGCUCUGGAGGGUCCUCCAGCACAAGUGGUGGAGAAGAGGAAUGUUCCGUUGUGCAACGGAAAAUCGGCUGUGCCUCUGAAACAGCAGCAUUGGAUACAAUGCUAAACAUUUUGUAUUUUGUUGACCAAGACAAAAAAAUCUUUUUUUCUUUGUGAUCUUAUGUUGUCCAGGUAUUUAUCUCUCAGAUUUGACAUACAUUGACUCGGCAUACCCAUCGACAGGGAGUAUUUUGGAAAAUGAGCAGAGAUCAAACUUAAUGAAUAACAUACUCAGAAUAAUUUCAGACUUACAGCAGUCAUGUGAAUAUGGUAAGUUGCUAUGCAUCCAUACUGCAGCAUUGUAAUUAAUCACUGAAUAAGGUUCUCUGAAUAUAAAAUCCAUUAAUUCUAAUCACCUAUGUUCUGGGGUCAGCUACCCAUCAAAUGCAAGAGUUCCCUCCUAACAGAGCAUAACACUCACAAGGCAAGUUUUACCCAACUCUGGGGACAUUUGGAGUGGCAGAGCCAACACCUCUUCCAAAGCCCUACUGGCUCUGGUUAAUUACAGCAGAGAGAGGAAUAGUCUUUUUUACCCUUUCCCGUGGCAGUUCUAGGGUGGUGCAAGAGAAGGACCCAGAUCAGGACCCUCACCUGUCCAAUGGAUCCUUGACUGACCUCGCUCCACCUCACCCUCACAAUGUCCCAUUUCAAAGCCUUGCACUUGUUUACUGCUGGUGGCACAGUACCUCCAAAAUAACCUGAGCCUUCUGUGGGUGGAGCAGGGGCUUCCAUGGUAGUGGAGGAAAGUAGAGGCAGGUGAAAGGAUACCUAGAGCACAGAUCAGGUGUUAGGCAUGCUUCCUUAGUAACAGUAGUUUAUCAAGUAUAUUAUUAUAUACUUAAGUGAUGUUUGAAAAUCUGUUUGUUUAUGCGGACCUUUGGGACAGAAUGUUUGAAUUCCACCCUUUGUUUUGCGGCAGUAGACUAAUCUGGCUACCCCUCUAGGAGUUAGUACCACAACAGAAUAACAUCCAUUGUCCAUUAUAGUGUGUUCUUCCAUACAUUUGUGCGGUUAAUCUACAGUUCCCUGCUUUGGUUUGCAUUUGUUUUAUCUUUUUGAAGGAUGGUAUAACGUAUUUUGUUGCCCAGAAAUUAAUGGGGUGUGAGAAGCAUGAGGUGUUAAUUGCGUAUUUUAAGGAAUUAAUAAAAUGUAGUGAAUCUAUGGGAUUGGAUAAGCAAUUAAAAAAAAAUACAUGUGCAAAAGUCAGCUCUUGAUAAAGGAUGCCAAAAUGCUGAUUACAGUUUGCUUGCUGUCUAGAUAUUCCUGUGUUGCCUCAUGUUCAAAAAUACUUGAAUUCUGUUCAGUAUAUAGAAGAACUUCAGAAGUUUGUGGAAGAUGACAAUUAUAAGUAAGUAUAAAAUCGAGUAAAUUAGAAUAUAACAAUUGUUUUUGCUUUCAAAGCUAAGUAACAUUUCAUAAAGGUAAAGGACCCCUGACAGUUAAGUCCAGUCGCAGACGACUCUGGGGUUGCGGCGCUCAUCUCGCUUUACAGGCCAAGGGAGCUGGCGUUUGUCCACAGAUAGUUUUCCCGGGUCAUGUGGCCAGCAUGACCAAGCCGCUUUUGGUAUUUCAUAAAGAACAAGAAAUGAAGGCAAGAGCAAUCCCUUAGUUUCAUGACCAUUUGGAAUUUUUGGGAGCUCCUUGAAUUGUAGUCUGCCUUGCAUCUCCCUUGAUUGUAAUUUAAAGAUAAGCCAUAGGUAGCAACCAAAGUCUUCAAAUAAUCCAUGGGAAAAUGACUUAAGUUAGUCCUGACUAACUUACAUGUUUCAAUUGUUUAAUAAAAGUAUUUCUAACCCAUUUUCCCUCUAAAUAGACCCCAGGGUGGUGAAUAGUAUAUGAAUACAUGAAAAAGCAUUGUCUACCAGUUCCCACCUAUAUUGCGUUAUAAGCAAACCUUUUUGUGGUUGUUUCUAAAUGCAGGCUUUCAUUAAAGAUAGAACCCGGAACAAGUACCCCACGUUCUGCUGCAUCUCGUGAAGAUUUAGUAGGUAAAUGUUUACCAGACAACAAUAAAGUUUAAAUAUUUUUUAACAUUUCUUUGUUUCUAAACUUGUCUGUUAAAGGUGUAAAAACAGUCAGUAUCAAAGAUGUCCUGAAGAAUAUACACUGGCCCAGUGCUUUUUAAGUCUUGCAACUAUUAUACAGUGGUAGCUGGUUUCAGCUGUUCAGUGAUAACUUAAACACUGGAGGUACUUCUUGUUUCUUAAUAAGAAUAAAACUUAAAAUUGAAACUUACCUGGGAUAGCUCAGUUGGUAGAGCAUGAGACUCUUAAUCUCAAGGUUGUGGGUUUGAGCCCCAUGUUGGGUAAAACAUUCCUACAUUGCAGGGAGUUGGACUAGAUGACCAUCGUGGUCCCUUCCAGCUCUAUAAUACUAUGGUAAAAGGAAAAGGGACCCCUGACCGUUAGGUCCAGUCGCGGACGACUCUGGGGUUGCGGCGCUCAUCUCGCUUUACUGGCCAAGAGAGCUGGCGUACAGCUUCCGGGUCAUGUGGCCAGCAUGACUAAGCUGCUUCUGGCGAACCAGAGCAGCACACAGAAACGCUGUUUACCUUCCCGCCAGAGUGAUACCUAUUUAUCUACUUGCACUUGACGUGCUUUCGAACUGCUAGGUUGGCAGGAGCUGGAACCGAGCAACAACGAGCUCACCUCGUCACAGGGAUUUGAACCGCCGACCUUCCGAUCAGCAAGCCCAAGGCUCUGUGGUUUAGACCACAGCACCACCCGCGUAUAUGAUGAACUGUGAUUAAAAACUACAUACUAACCAAACACUAAAAACAUGUUUUCAACAUUUAACAAAUACCAACAAAUUACUUGAACGCUGCUAUAUUAAAGGUGACAUCAGUGGCUGCUUUACAUUUGUGUGUAUUUUGAGAAGGAUGUUCUUGUGGACUUCCAUUAUUUGGUAAAAAGCGAUGAGCAUUCUAAGGAGCUCUUUCUGUGUUCUUUUUAAAAAAUGGAGUUGAGGUAGUCAGGAGACAGAUUUAGGGAUAGAGAGCUGCUGUGUCUAGAGCUUAGGAGAGAAUUUUUCUAGGAAUUCAUUUCCAACUUUUUACAAAUCCCUCCAUCUGAAUAUUCUUUCUCUAGAAGCGAGUCAGUAAUAACAUAAAAUAUCCAUACCUAAUAGUGUGUGUAUUUUCUGUGUCUGGAGAAUAAGGCAUUUAGUACAUUUCAGGAGACAUUUUUCAUAUUUGGAGAAUCUUCAGAUUGCAGGAAUAUCUCCCAAUAUUACUAUUAAGGAUGUCCACAUACCAUACAGACAAAUGACAUAGGCCAAUUACUGAAAUAUCUCUUACAUCUCCAUAGUAUCAGCUAAAAGAAUGUGUUAAGCAUGCCAAUUUUCACAUGUGUUAGUUCUCUAGUUUUCACAAACCUAUUUCCUUGUCUGACUUCAGUUUGAGGAAACUAGUUACCAAAGGCUUACUAUGUUCAUGCCAGGGCCAAAAGUCUGUUUUGAUAUUUCAACAACAUUUAGUGUGUUUUUAAAAUAAAUAAAUGAAUACCAGUAGGAGCCAGUAGGAGAACACUUCAAUCUCCCAGGACAUUCAGUACAGGAUCUCAAAGCAGCUGUCUUAUUACAAAAGAAUCUCAGAAACAGACUUGAAAGAGAAGUUGCUGAAUUAAAAUUUAUCACAAAACUGAAAACUAUGGAGAGACCUUGUCUUAACAGAGAUAUUGGAUUCCUGUCUCAUUACAUAUGCUAAUCACCUGCAUACUAUCCCUUGCUUUUUCCUUAGGACUAAUUGCAGUCGUUAACAGUCGUCAACAGGUUUACCAUACCCAUUUAGUCAAUCACCCAUCUCCUACUACCCUCCUGAGAAAAACCCCACCCCACCCUCCCACUAUAUAUAUAUGGGUCUGGUGACUUCUGUUUCAGUGUAUCUGAAGAAGUGUGCAUGCACACGAAAGCUUAUACCAAGAACAAACUUAGUUGGUCUCUAAGGUGCUACUGGACAUUUUAAAAAUAUAUUUAAAUAAACACUUGUUAUAUAAGAAUCCAUUCAUGUAUUUUUUUAAUUAUCAACUAGUUUGGGCAUAGAAAUUGGGGGGUCAUAAGUGUGAUAAGUUCACCUAAAAUUUGUCGUGUUCGCCUAAAAUUUGUUCUCUUUCUUUUUUCCAGGUCCUGAAGUGGGAGUUUCGCCGCAAAGUGUUCGAAAAAAUGCUACAGCUGAAGGAGCAUUGCUACCACCGACUCCUCCAUCCCCAAGGAAUCUGAUGCCACACGGGCAUAGAAAAUGUCACAGUUUAGGAUACAAGUUAGCAUUUGAUUUGAAAUUCGGCUUAGAUGCUGUGUGUUGUUGACAUAAUCCCCAUAUGUUAGCCCUUUUAUCCCAUGAUCCCCAACCUUAUUACUUAAAGAAUAAUUUGUCUUGGUACCUUUUUGUCGUUUUGUUUUAGCAUCUAGCGGCCUGCUUUGCAUGUAUCAUUAAAGCCAUGGUGUAAAAUAAGCCAGGACACCAUGAAUGAGCAGUUUGCAGUUGAAUUUUUUUCACAGGCCUGUUUUAGGUUCAUUAAGGUGGAGCUAGCUCGCCACCAGCCACAUAUGGAAGGCUACCAGGGAUUUAUAAAGUCUCCCGCUUUUGCAACCUGUGUGGGCCUGCAGAAGCCUGGUGUCCUAUCCGAUUCUUGGCAGCCACAGUACAUAACUGGUGGCUGUGCUUGGCCAGUUGGACCACAGCUUGUGCAGUCUUCUCUGUAGGAAUCCUGCUGCCAUUUGAAAUAUCCCUUUGUGCCUCCUGAGCUGAUCCAACGCAAAUUAGCACUUAUUUAUUAAUCACCUCAAAAACUCGUGAAGACACCAUUAGAAAGUUCAAGACACAGGGAGGGUUGCUUUACAUUUACUUUUGAAACUGCUCCCAAAUUUUCUAGUGUUAAUGGCAAAAUCUACACAUAGCACCAUGAAUUGUGAAUGGUGCAUGUACCAGGGAGCCAAUCCUUUAUUGCUAGUGUUGUUGCAGGGAAAAGGCAGUCAUUUUAAAAAGAAGGUGUGGUAAAUCACUGUGUGGUUAUUUUGCCACUUAAACAUUCAUACUUUUUGUGCCCAUGUUCAAAAUGCAUGAAUCCCCUCUGCAAUAGAUCCCUGUCGUACACACUUGGUGUACUCUUUUGUUUAUAUACUUGCCAUGCUGUGUUUGUUAUCGUGGAGAACUAGAACAUGAGUACUAGAAAAUGUAUUACCUUGAUACGUAAAAUGUGUUAUGUCCUAAAGUAGUUGUGCAUUUUGUUUUUAUCUCCUUUGUUCUUUUUGUAGUUUUAUUCAUAAAACAAACACAGCAGAGUUCAAAAGCGCAACAUUCCCCAAUGCAGGACCAAGGCAUCUGUUAGAUGACAGUGUCAUGGAACCACAUGCCCCAUCCAGGGGACAGGCAGAGAGCUCCACUCUUUCUAGUGGAAUUUCAAUAGGUAAGAUGUUAAGCCUACUGAGCAGUGAAAGGUAUUUCUAGGCUUGUAUCCAAAAGUAUUAGAGGGAUCAUUUUUUAUGGUACUGGAACAGUUCCACAUAAGGCUUUUUUACCCUAAGAAAAGGAUAAACUCUGAAAAAACUUCAAUAUAAAAUGUUAAUAAUGUGUUUCUUACUAAUAAAUUUUAUAAUCUGGAGCCUGAGUUCAUGGCUCUCCUCAAACCCCCAUCAACUGGCUCGCCAGUAUCUGGUCUAGUGACCAACUCCCACCUGCCCAAAGAUGGAAAUACCCAAGUGAAAGUGCUUCUGAGAAAUUUCUGAAUUUUGCUUUGCUCACAAGGCAGCAGCUCUGGCCAUGCAUGCAUCCUGUUCGGUCUUGGUCUUCUCUGGACUGCCCCUCUUAUGGGUGGAUGGCAUGCUUGAUGACCCUUGAUGAGUGCACCCCAAUUUUACUUUGCAGCCAGUUGUUACCUGUCCCAUAUGUGAUGUUACAUAUGAUGUCAGUUGUGGAGCCAAUGGUCAUGGUUUGGGAAAAACUGCAUUGUGGGUCCAAUUCACACCCCUGUUAGGCUUGAUCUUGCAUAUGAGUCAGAGGUCCCCAUGCUUGCUGUCACAGGCUUUGCAAAUUUGCGUCUCUUCAGUUCUGUCAAUGUAAUUAAUAACAGCUGGCUCUAUAAUAGUCAUAACAUUGCUGUGUGUGUCAGUUGAUCUAUCCUCAGCGCCAAAUCCAGUACCAAGCAUUGAUACUGCUGCUGGCGCUGUGGUUUAAACCACUGAGCCUCUUGGGCUUGCCGAUCAGAAGGUCAGCAGUUCGAAUCCCUGCAACGGGGUGAGCUCCCAUUGCUCUGUCCCAGCUCCUGCCAACCUAGCAAUUCGAAAGCAUGCCAGUGCAAGUAGAUAAAUAGGUACCGCUGCAGUGGGAAGGUAAACAGCGUUUCCGUGCGCUCUGGCACUCGUCGCAGUCCUUCGUGCACCAGUAGCGGUUUAGUCAUGUUGGCCACAUGACCUGGAAAACACCGUACAAACGCCGGCUCCCUCGGCCUGAAAGCAAGAUGAGCCCAUAGUCACUUUUGACUGGACUUAACUGUCCAGGGGUCCCUUGCCCCUUUACCUUUACUGCUGCCUCUGUACUGAUAAGUUUGACAGUGUCUAUGGUGUUCCAUGCUGUUCUCAGGGUUCCAUUAGUAUCAGGAAAGACCCUGGACAUGAGGCACCAAGCAAAGAGAAUAAGAUUCAUCCUUCCUUGCUGAACUGAAGAAGAGUAUAGAAUAAGAGACUUAAAACUUUCUCGUCUCCUGAAUGCCUCCCUACCCAGCCAGUAACUGCUAUUCUGCCAAGGACCUUCCCUCUUCUGGUUUUAGAGAAUAUGUGGCAGCUGUUUCAGAAUUCUGCUCCAGGUUGCUAAUGACACUCUGCUAGUUACUAUUUUUUAUGUUUCCAAAGGAAAAUACAACUGGGGGCUCAUUCACACGUCCUCUCAUCCUGCUGCUUCACCCCAGGAAAAGCUGCUCUUUAGCGCUCAAUUGGAGCAAAUGGUAAUUUGGGUUUCCCCUGAGAAAGGAGCAGGGCAAGGGUAAAACCACUUGGAACUGUGCCUAGAAAACGCAGGUCAAGCAGAAGACCACUCGGACUCAGGCUUUCUAGGCACGGAACAAACAGAAGUGUGGGCAAGCCCUUGCUUAUCUGUUUCAGAAGAAGUCCUCUGUGUAAUAUCUCUUUGAGGAAAGCACAGUUGUAACCUAAGUAGGCCUUCUUUUUAUUUUAACUUUGCAAUUCAGGCUCCACUACAGUGUAGCUCAUUUUGGCGUCAUGAACAUAUCACAGAAAUAUGUUAUGUUUAAUUGCUUUGGCUAUAAUUAUUUCAUCAUUUUUUCUGUUAUCAGAAAUCAUACUUUGUUUGGCACUAAAUAAAUGUGGUACUUGUAAACAUUCAUAAACAAUAUGUAUGUUGCCUUAAAUUAAUUGGGGGUUUAUCAUUUAUCAUAACCAUUUCACCCUUUGUUCACAUCCUGCCUGUCAUCGCAUCACAUUUCUAUUUUUGCUGUAACCUUGCCCAGACCAAUUGACGGCCAAACCACAAUCUGCGCUCAUAUGUACUCUACUGGUCACAAUGUUUUUAGAAAAAUAAUCUGAUUUUUUUGUUUUCUCUAACUUGAAGAUUUUAGAAGCGUCAUGAGUAAGAAUCUGCAUGUAUCACCAUUUUUACCCCUUUGUAACAAAGACUUCAUUUAUAGUUUUUGAAUGCACAAAUCCCUGAGAUGUAUUAGAAAUUGCAUGAAAAAUGCAGGUUCUGUCUGGGCUGGAAGAUACUUACGACUUGUUUUGAGUGCAAGCUGAAUUCAGACAGAUUUAGGGAAAACACUUCAAUCCACAAUUGUAGUGCUAUAAUGAUUUGCCUCUCUCAUUGCUCAGAAUUAUAUUCAGUUCCUAAACUGGCUUCAUUUCCAUUCCCAUAUUCAGCAUGGCUCCAUUGUCUUAAUCUUUAAAGCCUUCAGUGACCAUUUAUUUCUCUGCCUUCGUAUCCCCAUAUGCCAAUGAGCUUCACUCCUCCACCUUAGCUAAACAGGGGCCUCCUGCUCUUUUCAAUGUCCAUACUUUCUCCCUUCCUGCUUUUAAGUCUAGGGUUUAUGGGAGCAAUUCAACCUUGUGUGGUUGCAAACAUUCCAUCAGUGCAAGCUUAUCUGCUUGUCCCAAUGGAACAAUCUUCCUUUUCCUUUCUCCAUGCACUGUUCUUGGGGUCCACCCAACCCCCCCCCAAAAGCCAAUUUGGAAGGAGGAGGGGAGAGGGAAGCCCUUUUGCAUGGACUUCCACUAGUGCAACCAGUGAGUUGACUCUAGCCCUGUGUGUAUCACCACCUUUUCCUUCAAAUUCCUCCAAGCUUACCAAUACCAUCUUUUUAGGAAAGCCUUAACCCCUCAUCCCUACCCAUUGCUUAAACUUAGCUUUUAGUACUCUUGCCACCACUUCAUGCUGCUUUCUUGUGUUGCCUCACCCGUUCAUUUAACGACAAGACUGCAAAUGCGUCAGCCACAUCUCAGCAUAGGGACUUACCCUUUUGUUACUCCAUGAAGUUCAAUGCACACUAAUAAUAAAGUGCAUAUCUGUUUUGGCCUUCAGUUACAUGUUCAUACGUUUAUUUUCUACCCUUAAAAUAUAUCUUUUUCUGGGUGGGCUUACACAGCUUCAGAAUAAAAUUUAACACCCUCUGAAUUCAGAGACACCUAUCUCUUCAGUGAGUGUGUUUAGAAUUGUGGCCUUUUGUUUGAAAAGAAGAACCUAUAUCUCUUUGGCUUUGAUGGUCACAUAGUAAUGUUGCUUUGCUAUCUUUUUUUUUUUUUUUUUGCCACUGUGCAGGACAAACAUGAGUUGUUGCAUACAUUUUUGGAGUAGUUUAUGUGCCAUAAUUCACUGGGAUCCAAAAAGACUUUAAAGCCCUUAGUGGGGUUCUGAGUGGUGAAAGUGCAAGAUACACAUUUAUUAAACACAUACACAUGUUUUCCUUUCUGUGCAAUAGAAAUUUGGCUUGGUUUAAAUAUCAUAUUAAAAUUCUGUAAUUGAACUUUUGUGGUAUUCACCUGGCAUUGGAACCACAGGGCAUGUAUUUUCAACAUGCAUGUACCUGAAAGUAAGGCAUUUAAUUCUUUUUACUACUAUCUCCUCCCCCCUUUGUACAAGAAUUAAAAGAAUCCAAUUUUUUCCUCUUUUUUUCAAAUAUAAUUUUAUUGAUUUUCAAAUUUUAAUAAUUGUAUAAUACCAUAACAUAACAACCAUUAUAUCAUUUGCUCUGCCAAGCAUCCAAUUUUUUCCUCUGGGAAAGGGCAAGAAGCUUUAGCCAUAUGUGAUGUUUGCCCCCCCCCCCUUGCUGAUUUUCAAAUAAAAUACUGGGUAGGUUUUAUUUUAAUAAAACAUAAUCAGAAUUAAUCCAGCAAGGGACACACACUUUAUUUUGCCUUUAGUGCUUCAAUUUCUAACAAGAUUGACAACAGCAUUUUGUAAAAUGAACUAUAUUAGAAUUGCAGCAGCAAGAAUACACAACUGUACUUCUUUUCCCAAGUGUUAUGAACCUGCAUCUUCCAUUUCCUCUUAUAAAAGCUGCUUUAUACUAUUUAUCUUUAUCUUCUAACACACAGAUUGGCUCAAAUAAUAAUAUUUUUAAUAGCACUUUAUUAUGAACGAUUCCGUUAUGAUUGGCAAAUAAAUCAUAGAAUGAGAGGAUUAUUUAGUUUAAACUGUUAUUCUGAUUUUAGGUAGCAGUGAUGGUUCUGAGUUGAGUGAAGAGACUUCAUGGCCAGCAUUUGAAAGGUAAGAGAAGCCACUAUAUCUCUGUUUUGUUCAAAUGCUUCACAGAUCACAGUUCUUCUUCGUUUCCAUGUAGAAGAAUAUGUGCAAAAUAUGCAUGGAAUGUGUGCUCAUCCCUAAAUAGUUGUUUUUUAGUCAGGGAGCUCUUUUGAGGUUCUAAGCUUUUCUUACGUGAAAUAGAACAGAAUAGCAUGUGAAGCAAUCCUAACUAUAUCACACGACAAUAUAUUUCAGUGGUAUGGUGUCACUGGACUUUUGCUUCAAGAGAAUUCUGUCUAACAUCUGUGCCUGGUCAGGCUAGCUGCCACUCCCAGUUGGAAAACUGUUAACAUCUAUUGUGUUAUGGUUCAGUGCUGGAACCCAUGGGUAAAACAGCAAGGCUGGAGGCAAGGCAAGCUAGUUGAAGGCUACUGGACCACAGACAGCUCCAAGUGAGCAACCUAUCUUUUAUGUCUCUGUCUGCAGACUGCCACCUCCAGGUUCCUCCCCUUUGAGAAAACCUUAAAAGGCCAGCCCUCUGGCAUGAAAGUGGGCAUUCCUCCUUUGUUCCAUAGCCUUCUUUUUAUGCUGCCAGGUAUCUGGUUCCUCUGGCUCAGGGAAGGGUGUCAGUUGAGAUCCUGACUCUGGUCCUAAUGGCUCUGGUGGUCUGGGAGGUUCCUCUAUGAGUUCUUGGCCAAUACCUCAGAUGCAGUGCUCUUCCUAUCUUAUGCAGUCAGCUCUAAACACUCACCCAGACCCAGAUCCCCAUCUGGUGCCCCUGCAGCCUCCAGUUCUGUGUCUUAAGUCAUUGCUGGAUCAUGCCAAAAACAACAUCCAGAACUGAGGAGAGACAGCUCCCAAUUCCUUCAUAGCCUGAAGCCUAGAGUCGUCCCCUAGAGCGCUAGCAGCCCUGCAGUGCUUCCUGGAAUGGCAAAUGGGCUUUCAAGGCCAAUAUCACAUGUUGAGUGUUGUCUGCCCCUUGGAUGUACAUUGUCCUCUUCUACAAGAACCUUCUAUAACUCUUCACAUUUUAUUGCAUAGCUUCAACUUGACUUAGACUUGGGAGUUCAGAGAGGGUGAUGCAAGCAUGGUCAGGAAGCUAUUAAGUUGGAAAAUACAAGGUCCAACAAGGUUGAACUGGAGGCUUUCAUUCUAUGUGCCACUGUGACAGCUCCUAAGGGAACUGCUCCUACCAGUCUUAGCGGUACUGCGGUACUGCUAUUGUGGAUGUCCGGAAGGUGGUAGUGCUAUUCACAAGGAGCCAGUCAAUAACCUCUGGCCCCAAAAAACUGUGGCCUGUGCAGUUUGUUGCUUAGGGGCAGACUGAGCUGUUCAUAGACUGCUUUUCUCCUCUGAACCACAUGACUGCAUUCAGGCCACCAACCUUGAUAGUUAAUAUUUCUGCAUGGUGACUUACAGGCAACAGUUGAUUUAUGAGAUCCCAGCUAAAUAUCAGGAAGAACACUCUGUCAGUAAGAGCUAUUUGACAGUGGAACAGACUCCCACAAGAGGUGGUGAUGUCUCCUUCCUUGGAGGUUUUUAAGCAGAGGUUGGAUGACCAUCUGUUAUGUAUGGUCUAGUUGAGAUUUGGACUAGAUGACCCAAUUCUAUGAUCCUAUAAGAUCACAAUGCUUUGUGCCCUUCACAUUUCUCAUAUUGGAAUAAACUCCCUAUUGCAUGAGAAACAUUUUUGCCCAAGUAAUACCCUAUGUAUCUAUCUGUUGCCUGGCCAUUCUUGCAGCUAAGGGACUUUCUGACCAGUUCUGAAAGUUGCACUGAAGAACUGGCCUGUAUUAAGUCCUUUAUUAUCAAAAGCAGCUUCCAAGUUGGAAGUGCUUCAAAGAUAUCUGCAAGUCUUGUCAAUGUGAUUUAUCCAAAAUGUUAUGUUCUAUUUGCACAAUUCUACCUUGCCUAUGAAAAUGAUACAGUAUUUAUAAGUAUAUCAUGGUGUUGCAGUCCCACCAAGUGACAUCUUAGACAGGAGCAAUUGAUAGCUCACCCUGUCGCGGGUGGCGCUGUGGUCUAAACCACAGAGCCUAGGGCUUGCUGUUGGCAGUUCGAAUCCCUGCGAUGGGGUGAGCUCCCGUUGUUUGGUCCCAGCUCCUGCCAACCUAGCAGUUCGAAAGCGUGUCAAAGUGCAAGUAGAUAAAUAGGUAUCACUCCGGCAGGAAGGUAAACAGCGUUUCUGUGUGCUGCUCUGGUUUCGCCAUAAGCGGCUUAGUCAUGCUGGCCACAUGACCUGGAAGCUGUUUGCGGACAAACGCCGGCUCCCUCGGCCAGUAAAGCGAGAUGAGCGCCGCAACACCGGAGUUGUCCACGACUGGACCUAACGGUCAGGGGUCCCUUUACCUUUACCAAGGUGAAAAGAGGUCAUUUCCUCUUUUUUGACACUAACCUGUGAUUGAUGUUUAGUGUAACACACUUAGGCCAGGAUGGCUUUUCCCCUGAAGCCACUAAGAGCCUGGCAAAACAAAAAGAGGUUUGAGGAAUGGACUUCUUAUAUCAUUGGUUAUCAACAUCUGAGAGCUAGGAGCCAUUGAAAACAUCUGCUUUAUGAGACCUAUGAGACCCAUGGGAAAGUGCACAUGAAACUAGUGAAACACAUGAAACACUUGGAAAUUUUUUUGUUGAAAAGCAGUACAAAAUAUUUGAAAUAUUUAAAAAAUAUUUAGAAUUGAAUAAUUAAAAAUAUUUAAAACACAGCACAUAACAGUUAUUAUUUGUGAAAUUGUAGUGUGACUAAGGCACAUUGCUUUGUUUUAGUGACAUUCCCUUGCACUCAACAUAAUUUUAAAAUGUGCAAAAGUGUGAGGUUUGCCUUGUGCUCUGCCACACCCAGGUAUAUAUAAAGCAGGUACCUUGCCAGAGGCACAAGCCCAAGGGCAGAGCCUGUAAAAUACUACAGAUCUUUGUUGUUGUUUAGUCAUUUAGUCGUGUCCGACUCUUCGUGACCCCAUGGACCAGAGAACGCCAGGCACUCCUGUCUUCCACUGCCUCCUGCAGUUUGGUCAAACUCAUGCUGGUAGCUUCAAGAACACUGUCCAACCAUCUCAUCUUCUGUCGUCCCCUUCUCCUUGUGCCCUCCAUCUUUCCCAACAUCAGGGUCUUUUCCAGGGAGUCUUCUCUUCUCAUGAGGUGGCCAAAGUAUUGGAGUAUUGGUAUUGGUAUACAGAUCUAGCAAGAACUAAAGAAUCACACAAUAGUAGCUCUUUGCUUAAAGAGUGAGACUAUGUGUGGUUCUUUGCUUUGUGGAGGACAUUGGAAGUACAGUGUAUCUGUGUCAAAACUAUUAUUGUCGUCGUCCCCCCAUCCCCAUCCCCCCAGCUUUAAUUAAAAUAAAUAAAUAAUGUUUUGAAUGCUUUGAGAGUAACCAGCAGGCAGGCCAUAUCAUGGUGUGGUUGUGAAAGCAUAUGUGCAUUUUUAUUUAAUUUUACUCAAUUUUAUUUUGCUAAUUAGUAAUUUUUAUGUUUCUUCCUUUUCCACUACAAUGGACAUCUGGGACAAAUAACCCAGAUGUUUUGAUAAAGAAACUAUUACAGAAAAAUCCCAUUAUAAGCAAAGUAGAUCAGACCAUCAUUCUGAGUUAAAAGCGUGUCCUUUUGAAUAUGCUUGCUGCAUAUUUGGAUCAUAUUAUGCUGCUGUGGGAAUGUCUAAAUGAAGAGGUGUUGCAGUUGUGCUAGCUAAGGUAUUAAAUAUUACUCAGAAUAGACCCAUUUAUUUUCAGUGUUCCAAGAUUGGAAGAGUCCUUGAAGGUAGAUUUAUUUUUGUCAGGGGGGUAAACAAUUCACUCUGGCUUCUGAAAUGUGUGAAACAGUAUAUAUAUAUAUAUAUAUAUAUAUAGCCAAAACAGUAAAUAAAUUGUUUCAGUGUUAGGAACUUUACUCACCAGUUUUCCAAAUGUAAUCACUUCAUUUUAACUUCUGAGGAUUUAGCAUCCUCUCUGCAGCCUCUCUCUGUGGGUUACAAAAUUUCUCUCAGAAUACUCUCAUCUCUUCUUAUUAAAUAAAAUUUCUCCUAAAUUUGUAUAUUCAGUUCUGCUCAUAUUUCUUUGCAAAGUGCUAUUACAAAAACUGCUGGCGUAAUUUGGAAUAUUUAUUUAUUUUAUUUCAUAAAAUGUAUACACCACUUGAUUGUAAAAAAGCAAACAAACCUCAAAGUGGUUUACAAAAAUAGAGCUUUCAGUGUCAUCAGCCCAAUCCAGUGGAAUACUCCACUGGUAGAGAUUGAGCAGGUGCCUUCUGUUUCAACCUUUAAAUGACUGCUGAAAACCUUUCUAUUCUAGCAUCCUUACAUAGGCAAUUAAGAAUACAUCUUUCCAUAAUUGUUAGUAGAUGGUCUCCAAUUUUAUUUUAUUUUAUUUUUAUGUGUUUUUACUAUACAUAGUUUUUAUUGCAAACUGCUUUGAUGUUUUUAUGAUCUAGUGAUCUAUAAAUAUUAUUAAUAAAAUAGGCUGCCUUAUGCUACCAUCUCUAGACUCUUGUAUUAAUUUACAAGACCCUUAGCAACUUGAGUCCACUUGACUCCUAAUACACUUGCCCAGUCAUUGCAGUAUUUGGGGGAGUCCCUAUUAGUAGUUCCCCAAUGGCUCAGAUAGAUGCAUAGCUCAUAUCAAUCAGGAACCAGGCAUUCAGAACUGUCGGUCCAAUUCUGUGGAACUCUCUCCUACCCAGAUUACUCAGGCCCCCUCCCUGUUGAACCCUUCACACUUCGUGAAGACUUUUUAUUUAUUCAUUUAAGCAAGCAUUUUAAGUGAGUUUUUCUGAUUUUUAAAUGAUUUUGUGCCGUAUCCCAAUUGUACACCACUUGGGAACUUGGAUAUUAAGCCAUUUAUACAUUACAGAAAUGGAUGUGGUUGAACCUGCCCCUCUUGGCUGGUGUUAAAUCAUCAACCAUUUCAGUUGUUGAUAAAUACUGUUUCUUAACCAAAGGUUGUAAAAUAAUUAGUGAAUAUUUAAGAUAGUAAGUAUUGAAGUUGUAUCCAAAUGAAAUUUAUGGAUCUGGUUGUAUUUUUAUCAUUUUACUCAGCUGUAUUGCUCUUGGGAAUUGUGCUUUUCUUUUUAAGCUCUGAAGUUGUUUAAAAGUAAAAGUGCCAUUACUUGAAAUGAUGUAAGCUCAGCCUUGCGUUUGAUAUUCAUUUAAAAUACUGCAUCUUGUGAUACAAGCAAUGUGCUCUUUUAUGUAAAUUAUACUUAUUAUGUAAAUAAGUAUAAACAUUUAGGAAAUAAACUAAUAAUUACACAUAAAAAUAACACUAAUUUAUCCGGAGGGCUUAUCCACACUUGCCUUUUGCCUGCUCUUUGCAGGCACAAGUCCAUGCUUAAAAGCUCUGUGUCUGAGUGUGUGUGUGUGUGUGUGUGUGUGUGUGUGUGUGUGUUUGCAUACUUUCCUUGCAAGAACUAGGCAAAACUUGAGGUAUUAUUCUCCGGGUAUUUUUCUGCAAAAUUGUAGUAAUGGCUUGUCAUAAUACGUUUUAAGUGUUUAGCAAUGUAGAGUUCUGUUCUGCCUUUUUAAAAAGAUAAGUUUUAAAGCAGCUUUUCUGAUUCUCAAACCGUUCAUGGGGAUGCCAGGAAAAAUGCCAAAAUACAGUGGGUGCUCAUAUUAAGAGCACAUGUCCAAAUAAGAAAGUUAUUUUUUCUCUAUGCUGUUGGUCACAGAGCGAGAUGUAGUAGCAAUGUGGCAGAAAGGGAGCCUGUUUGCAGUGUUCUGACAAAUGAUAAUGACUGUGAAUUUAAAAAUGUGUAAUACAUACAAUUUAUAAUGGAAUUCAACAGGAACAGAUUAUACCAUUCUCUUGGUCCGGUGACAAGAAUGGCACGAAAUGGCUAUCGAGGCCACAUGAAGGGCAGCAGGUACCAGCCCCUUGUGUUCAGGGGUCAGACUUUUUCCUCUGGUGUUGGUGACUUGGUUGAUAUUGAAGUGGGUGCAAUCUGACACUCCUGAUCUUUCUGGCUUCCUUGGGCAAAUCAUGUCAAUGAACUUUCCCUUUAAAAAUAGGUCUUCCCUCUUUUGUGUCUUAAUCAUAUCCUUAUAGACUGUGGCUGGCUUGUUCUGAUCUGCAAAUUUCAUUUCUUAAAGUAUUGCACUAUUACCUGGAAAAGCCUUGAUGUGUUUUUAAAGUAUUAUGUUGAAAGUAAUUGGGGUGGCAAGAAUGAUGUUGGUACCUGAGCGCCUUAAUAUUCAAAAUACUUUCUUAAAAUUUUUGCAUUGGUGCCCUCCCCCGUCUGGGUCAUAUAUUUUAAUAAAUUGCAUGAACAUCAGUUAUUGGCUUCAACCCAUUCUGAAUGGCAUUUUAUGCAAAACUGCUUGGAAGCUUCCAUACACGUCCAGCUGUUUUACAUUCCUAAUUAAACUUCAUUCUCUAUAACGCUGUGGCCAUCCAAGAAACCUAGCUCAAACAACCAUAAAAAUCAAGCAUCGUCUGGAGUUAAGAUACGCAUUGGAUGCCUUGCCAAAACUGGUGGACUCUUGACAGGUUCAGGUUGUUAGAUCUGUCAAGUUUACACUUGACAAACAGAUGAAGAGUGAAUGGAAGAAUUUUUCCAAGAUGCUUCAGAAAUUCUCAGACUGUCUCUAGAGAGCUGAAGGCUGUGCCCACAUAAGCUGCUUGGCAUGCACUGAGACACACACAGUUGCAUCAGUCACAUUUGUCCUCUUGAAAGCUGGUCAGCUGUUCACUACAAGCCAUGUAGAAACAGAUUAAAUUAACUGCUCUGGGUCAAGCUUUCUGCUUCCAUGCUUCUUCUGUCACUGUUUUCAAACACAUUGAUGUGGUAUUGUGCAUGUAUUUAGCUCUUGCUUUUUUCAGUUUCUGCAACUCAGAAUCUUAACAAAUCGCCUUUCUACCAGGUCUGAAUAAUUAAAAAUCACACGUUUGAGAUGAGUGGGGUUUGGGUGUUUUUAAUGAAAUUGAAUCUGAACAUUUUGCUGUUUAGGAUUUAUUGUAGUUGUAUUAUUUCUAUCCGUAAUGUUGAAAGUUAUUUUUAUUUAAGAUUAAUUUGCUGAACUGGAGGGCAUGUUACUUGUGCUUCUGGAAGAAACAUCCAUUGAAGCAGCCAAAAGUCAUAGCCAAUGACUUUUUCCACAGUGAAAUCCAAUAAAUGACAUGGCAACAUUAACGCAGGUGUUAAUUUCAAGUUAAAUCAUGCUUGGAGAACUGCUAUUGGGAUAUUUUGUGUAUUCCCGUCUUUUACUCAUUCUUCUUUAUAGUUCUGCAGAGUCUGAGGAUUUAGCUGUUCAUUUGUACCCAGGAGCUGUUACUAUUCAAGGCGUUCUCAGAAGGAAGACUGUAUUGAAAGAAGGCAAAAAACCGACAGUAAGACAUUGAAUGAAUUGUUUAAAAUGUUUCUCAGGUCCUUUUAGCAGUCAGUUGGUUGAAAGACAGGAUAGAAAUAAAUCAAAUAAAAUUGUGGCAUCGCAACUCACAGCCAAGUCAAAUGAUUCCUGGAACCCUCCUGUAGAUUCUGCCUUUCCCUUGCCACUGCUGCAUUCUUGAAGUAGCGCUGGGGUAGACAACCCAUAACGAGCAGUUAUGAACGCAUUUGCACACAUCCUUUGUCUAGGCAAGGAGUUACUGAGCACAGAACAUGGUCUCUUUCUUUACCCCAUUUUCUUGCUUUGGGCUGCAUUCAUUUAGAGGUAAUCUGUCAGGGGUCACAUGUAGACAUGGCCAAAGUCAAAACUGGGUGAGGUUAUGUUAUCUCUUCUUUCUUUUUUCCUCUCUUAUUCUCUUGCUCUUUCUCCCUGCCUUAACAGGGAGGAUCCCUCUUGCAAGACUCCUGAGCUGUUCACUUGCAGAGGGGAGAGCUUUUGAUAUUAGGCUGAGGGAUGCCCACCCCUGUUGUAGUAGUAGUUACCACCAUCCUAGGGACCCCCCAUUCCAUCAGGUCCGGUUGUUGCAGGUCUUAGGAGAAGCCGCUACUAUUGAGAAAAACAUCUCCACAUUUAUUGAAUCAGCUCUCAUUACUGAAAACCAAAGCGGGCAAUAAUAAAUAUAGCUGUUUUGGUCAUUUUAAAUAGGGAUGCAAAGGCAAAAUUCUUAGAAUUUCAAACAUGUUACCAUGGAGGCUACUGUGACAACCUUCGAAAUCACCAAAACAUUUAUAUUUAUACUUGCUCUAAAUUUAGAUAAUGAAUAGGUUUCUUUUUUGCUUAAUGAUUCUUGCAUACCUUUACCUUUUUUCCCCCCUUCCUUUUUUUACUAACAUGGUGGUGCUAGCUUGUUUAAUUUGGGCGGUCAGUAUUUGGUUGCAUCUGUGCUUCUCAAAUUAAGUAACAUUUUUUUUAAGGACAUGCAUAAGUACAUUUUGCCUCCAGGCCAGUUUUACUUGAUUAGAACAUUGUAUGGAUUGUAACGAGACAGUAAGGACAAAAAGGAAGCAUGAGGGGGACUUGCUGAAAAAGAGCUUGGUGGGUUGUGUUUCCCUCCAUAAAUCGUGGUGCUUCUGCCGGGCAUUAGUGUGGAAACCCAGCUUUUAGAAAGGAAGUUCUCUUCUUUGUGUGUUUGCCCCACAUCACAUUGCUCUCCCUAUUUUCUCAUAGUUUUCUCGUUCCUAGACUGAGAAGAAAUGUGGAUUACCACAAAAUGUGGAUUACUUACCAAGGGGUCUGUCUUGCUAUGCUGAUUUGCCUUUGAGGAGGCUCACUGCAGCAAAGUUCGGAAGUGAUUGAUUUAUACGAAGCAUUUGUUUUUGAAAAAGUUGCCGGACCCAUUUCUUUAGUGAUCUAGGCUGAAAAGUAGAACGUCAUUUCAGUCUAUAAGAUAUUGUUGUAUUUUGUUUUAUUUCUUGGAAGGUCUUUGUUUUGAAAGUAUUGCCCUGCUCAAGACCCCUUUGAAAUGGGCUGGGGCGAAAAAAUCUGAAGAAAUAAAAUGAAAAUGAAACUGCCUUAGUCUCUUAAAGGUAUUAAUCUAAUGACACUUUGCUUUUGCAGGUAGCGUCUUGGACAAAAUACUGGGCAGCGCUGUCAGGAACUCAGCUUUUCUACUAUGCCGCAAAGUCCUUGAAGGCGACAGAAAGAAAACAUGUAUGCAAUGCAUUGUACUACAUCUCCCAGUGAUAUUUAUGAUCUUCAUCCAGAGGGAUAGAUAGAAUCAAACAGAUAUUAUAGAUAUUUUAAUAUGCAACAUGCAUUCUCUUAAUUACCUUUUCAUGCUCUUUAUUCACCGCUAGAGAUGAUAGUUUAGCUACCUUGCUUUUUCCAGGACAGUAUUUUGCCUUUUUUCCCCCGACAGCAGGAUUAACAUUUUUUCUUCUCUCCUUUCAUUGGGAACACUGCAACUACAAACGUUUUCACUGCUGCUUUCUGGUUAACCAUUGCUGCUGUCUGGAUACUUGCUGCUCUGCCUACUUUUCUCCCUUAGUUCCCUCUCUUAGCCUCUCCAUCUUGAUUUUCUGCUGCCAACUCAGCUGAACAGCAGUCUUGAAAAAUAAUUCCAAACUCUGUAAAUCUUCCUACUUGAAAUGCUCUGGAAGCAGCCUUCUGAGUUCAGCUGGAUCUGUCUUAGUAUACAAAGCUUGCAUACCAUGCACAAUGUAUACUGUAGCUAUUAAACAAUGUAAAGCAGCCAUUGUGAUAAUCUCCAGUCUGAUGAUUCUGCAAUGGUACAUUUCCUUGGCAUUUAAAUUUUUCAGGUCUCUAAAGCAUGGGUACUAAAGUCACACUCAUCCCAAAAUGUGUACACAAACUGAUUUCCUCAAAUUGAGUCCUGUUCGUCUCUGAUUUCAAAUGGCCAAUAACUUUUAUUUGAAGCAGAGCAUUGUAAGAAAGAUGUCUUCAAUUGAUUUCAGACAAAUUGAAAAGCCAAUUCCUAUUGCCAAUUCUGGUAGUAGCUGUAUACAUCCUUUAUGUCAUCUGUUUUUCACUCAUGCAAAAUCAGAAUUCUACAUUAUGUUUGGACUGGAGAGGCAAACUUUUUAAAUGUAACAUGUAACAUCUCUGUUCAGCUUUUAACAUCUAUUUUGCAUUAAUGGUGUAAAAAGCCAGUGCUGUUUGUUCUGUGUUGCAGCAUUUAAUGCAUAUCUUGUGGUUUGUUUGUUUUUUCCUCUUUCCAUUAACGUGGUUUUGUUCGUUGCUUCCUGCUUUCCUUCAGUUCAAAUCUACACCAAGUAAGACUGUAUCUGUUGUGGGAUGGAUGGUCAUGAUGGCUGAUGACCCAGAACAUCCAGAUCUCUUCCUGCUCACAGAUUCUGAGAAAGGUCAGUGACUGAAUAUCCUUGGUAGAUUCCCGUAUGAUUGUGGACACUGGGUGAUCUUGGGACAAUGGGAUUAUUGCCUUUUUGCCACUAAUUAUGGAAGCAAAUGAACCUCAGGAGAAUAAAAUGCAUACAAACACUGGUCAGCAAAAGAAAAUGUGUACUAUAGAAAUAUUUUAUUGUCUUUUUGGACACUUUGAAAUGUUUUGAGGGAAUUUUUCCAUAUUUUAAAAUGUAAUAUCUAACGUUACAGUCCAAGAUUGGAUUUUAGGGUGGCUUGCAGAUAGUUAAACCAUUCAGGAAAAAUACUAUAGAAGCAGAAACAACCACAUUAAAUAAAUUAGCUCAGAACUGUUCCCAAAUAUUUGUGUGACUUUUCCAGUCUGCUUUCCAGGGCCUGUUGGCAUUGCUAUUUUUGAAGUUAAACUUUAUAUGAAGUAUUUCUUCCAGGAUAGCAUUGUAGCUGAAAAGAAUUGUAAAUUCUAAUUACUAAAUUGAUUCAUGGCUCUCUUAUCUCCUCAAGGAAUGUCUCAAGGAAUUACCUUAUUUGAAGAAGAAAAAAUCUGUUCCCCUUGCUUUUGAGAAGUAGUAGGGGAAAUUCUGACUGCAAGUGAUCUGAAAGCUAGAGUUCAUGAGCCUUCCAUACUAGUGGUUUCAAUGCUGAAUCCUGCAACCUUUAACUUGCCUUAUAUACCAAUGUGAUUUACUCAUUAAAGCCUUGGACAGAACUGGGGUUGUGAGUUUGAGUUCUACACCGUGUAGGACAAGUCAGGGCAGAUGUAACAGUUACUGCUUUGCCCAUCAAGCUCUCAACCCCAUAUUGUCAGAAUCCAGAAUGUGAAAAGGUAGACUGGAUGGGAAUUACCUAAUCAGCUCAAGAGCUCCUGAUUUGUAUGCCAGGAAUUUGAGCCUCAGGAGGAUCUUGACAGCUCAGUGGAUAGCUUCUCCCUCCUCUUUUGAGUAGAGAUCUCACAUUUUCAAGGGUUCUAUUGCAUGAAGUGAAAUAUUAGACAUGUGAUUACAGCACACCUUACUUGGCAGCUAGAUAUUUUCAUUUUUGUGUUCAUAUCAAUUUACCAUACUUUUUGCUCUAUAAGGCUCACUUUUUCCCUCCUAAAAAGUAAGGGGAAAUGUGUGUGCCUCUUAUGGAGCGAAUGCAGGCUGCGCAGCUAUCCCAGAAGCCAGAACAGCAAGAGGGAUUGCUGCUUUCACUGCGCAGCGAUCCCUCUUGCUGUUCUGGCUUCUGAGAUUCAGAAUAUUUUUUUUCUUGUUUUCCUCCUCCAAAAACUAGGUGCGUCUUGUGGUCUGGUGCGUCUUAUAGAGCGAAAAAUACGGUAAAUAAAAAUGUCUGUCUGGCCUUUCAAGCACCAUACACCUCUCAGGGCCAUGUUGGGUGGGAUUCUUUUAAAAUAUGUGGUAUCUUUCAGAUUACGACUAUACAUUAACAUGCAUUUUUCUAUUUCCCAUUUCUUGCAUUCUUUUGUUCAUUUUUAAGAGCUUAACUUGAAGUCUGUUAUUCGUGAUAGAAAGUUCUCCCUCUUUUUGUAAUUUAGGGAACUCAUACAAGUUUCAAGCUGGUAACAGAAUGAAUGCAAUGCUGUGGUUUAAGCAUCUGAGUGCUGCCUGCCAAAGCAACAGACAAAAGGUGAGGGAAUUAUGGCCUGCUUUGGCAACUAGCAAUGAGUGCUCAAUAUUAAACAAUUCUGUACAAAAGUCAGUCUUCAGUCUUGCUCUGAAUAACCAUUGUUCAGUUCUCAUAGAGGUCUCUUCUAAUAGCUCCUGGCGUUGCUGAAGAUAGGUAGCUUCAUAUAUCUCUAAUUAGCAGCUUAAAACAAUGAGUGCAUGUUAAGUGCAUGUAAAAAUGAGUUCCUGGUCUGCAUUUAUUUCCCCUGGGACACAUUUAAAUAUACAAGCAAUCAAAAAUGCAGCAUUAGGGCAAUGUGUCACAUUUCCUCAUACAGUCCAAGAAAUAAAUGGCUCCCAUUGAUUGCAUUAGAGGAGUUUUUUGAAAAAUAAAAUAAAAAAUAAAGUCUGCUUUGAGGGCCUUGAGCAAGAUUAUGAAAACAAAGUUAAAGAUUUUCAUGAAUCACCAUUUUCCAAGGAAAAUUAAGAAGUAAUUCAUAGGAAUGGAUAGGUAUAUAAAUAUAUAUCAUUCAUAAUUGUCAGAUUACUAUAUUCAACUUUUUUCAGAUUUUAUGCCAUGUGAAACUCUGCCUUACUACCCACUCAUAAUGCCCUCCACGAUUUAUCUCUAAAAGUUCACUAUUGUAUAACUAUUGUGCCUUUGAAUCCUGAUUCCGUUCUGUAGCAUGCAAUUCUAGAAAUCAUGCUUUGCUUUAUAUAUGUUUAUGUUGUUUUUAUUCCCUCAAAAUGUGCUCCACUUACAUGGUUCUUUAAUUUUAGUUUUCUUACAUUUAUAUUGUGCUUUUCUGCCACCAUGUAACCAAAGCAGCAAACUUUUGACUCCAAGGCAGUCCCCCAUCCAAGCCCUAACCAUUCCCAGACCUGUUCAGUUUCAGCAAGGUACUGGCCUCAUGUGCUUUCAUACUUUACCCUGGGACCCCCAACCCACUUGUUUCAGAUUUUGAGGCUGCAGGGAGGAGGAAAUGAGGAAGGGGUCCCAUUGCAUUUGCACAAGUCUAUUCCACUUGCAGACAAACAUAUCUCUAGACUUAGUACAGCUGAAAAAUGUAGUAGUAUAGUUCUUUUCCAUGAGCACAAUAUCAAUAUUUUUUGCUAGCAAACGUCACUCCUUACUACAUACAUAUCCAGCACUCAAAGGAAUGAGUUGUAAACCAAGGCCAAGACAUCCAGAGCGGAUAACCUUUACCCUUCUGCCACUUUUGUGAAAUUUGAAAGUUACUAUGCCAUGCUAAAUGCAUAUCUUUUCCCAGUGUCUGUAUAAAAUACCUAAGAAGUGGCUCUGCUCAAUUUAGAAACAAUCUUUCAAAAAAUAAUCAGACCUACACAAAUAUUAGGCAUUAGAUUACAUUGUGAGUGGGGAACUAGAUCCAGUCAGAUUCCUAAACCCCCAUCCCCCUCAGGCCAGCUUUGACUGGUAGGUGGGGCCACCCACAUGAGUCAUCUGCUAUCAUAGUGAUGCUAAACGAUUGACAUCUGUCAAAGUUUAAAGGAGGUUGCUAUAACUGCCAAUCAACUGAUUUACUGCAAUCUCCUUGAAGUCGUGCAUUCGGUACCAGUCAGCUGAUUGGCUCUGGGUGCGCCCCUUCAGAGAGGCUUGUUAUAACUUCAGACCAGCCUUCAAACUCUACAGAGGGAAAAAUUAUUCGAAUUCAAAGAAAUUAGGAAGGUUGCAACUGGUUGUGCCUCAACUUUGGAUCUCACUAGGAAGAGCAAUCUAAAACAGUGGUACCUCGCAAGACGAAUGCCUCGCAAGACAAAAAACUUGCUAGAUGAAAGGGUUUUUUGUUUUUUGAGCUGCUUCGCAAGACGAUUUUCCCUAUGGGCUUGCUUCGCAAGACGGAAACGUCUUGCAAGUUUGUUUCCUUUUUCUUAACACUGUUAAUACAGUUGCGACUUGACUUCGAGGAGCAACUCAUAGAACGCGGUGUGGUAGCCUUUUUUGAGGUUUUUAAAGACUUUGGUAUUUUUGAAGCUUUUCCAAAACUUUCCCGACACCGUGCUUCGCAAGACGAAAAAAAUCGCAAGACGACAAAACUCACGGAACGAAUUAAUUUCGUCUUGCGAGGCACCACUGUAAUGGAUUCUUACAGUCACUUCUUUUUUGACCUUAUGGAAAUGUGUAGCUCUCCAGUGGUAAAGAAAAUAACUUUUUGAUUGCCCAGAGAACAUCUGUUAUUUCUUCCUUUGUCCAGGACUGUCUAUCAUUGAAUUUAUGCUCUCAUAGUAAAUUAUAGUUCGGAAUAUGAUGAGGAGCAUCCUUUCAUUUUUCGUGGUGCGAUGAAUGGCUGAGUGACAGUCUCAGCAAGGCUAAUAAAUUGGCUUCUGAAUAAGAUCACCAUUUAACUGCAAAACAACAACACCCAGUCCAAUAACAUUUAUUGUUACUAUCUUAUCAAGAGACACAGGUGCUCUUCAGAAAUAGUCAUGGAUUGACUCCAGACUGAGCAGGGGGAAAGACUAGCCCCUUAUAUUCUGCCUAAUUCAGGCCACAAAUCCUACUAGCAAGCAAGAAAACAAAAUAGACAUUUGUUUAUAUUUUUCCUCACAUGCAAGCCAACUUGUACAGUAGUGGGCAGUCUCCAGCUCACAGGCCUUUGGAGAUGAUACCCAAAAUAUAAGAUACUUUAAGGUUUAUUUUUUAAAAUAUAUAUAUUGGGGAAAAUAUAGAUUGAAAGGCAUCUAUUAGUGAAAAUAAUUUGCAAAAAUUAUAUUAGCAAAAAAUAGGAGAAAUGCACACUAAAAAUGCUGGUGAAUUUUCAUGAGAGCUUUUAAAACUAAACACCACAAACUGAUGUGAAAAUGUGACAAACUGAAUUAAGAUUUUAAAAGAUGAGAAACUGAGCAAAACCAAGAUUGACAGAUUUCUCCAUUCCUCGCAGGAAGCCAUUUUUUUCCUUUUUGCACCAGAGCUGAGCUAUAACCUAGAAAUCUUACAAAACCAUUGCAUAUGUUUUUAGGUUCCUGCCAACUUGAUGACUUUUGAGUGACAAACUUCUUCAGAACAUGAACGAAGAUGACACAUUUGAAUGCUGUCUGCCUAUCUCCUAGUUUGAGGAUGGAGGUUCUGGCGGAAACAUGCCCCAGUUAUACUUCUGUGCCAGAACAAAGAUGGUAAACAGAGUUUCAAAUCACUGAAGUACUGAACAAAAAACAUACUAAGAAUUCAGGGGAUGGAAGUGCAAGAGGAACUGCCAUGGACCAUGUUGCUGCUUAAUAUUUUCUGAACCGACCUGUGGAAACCACUGCCUUAAAGAAUGACAGGAAACCCAACAUGAAACACCAAAUACUCUGUGUGUGUGUGUGUGUGUGUGUGUGUGUAAGAAAGAAAGAAACCUCUGGCGUGCUUAGGUUAAAUCAGAUGUAGCUCAUUCGCAUUUGUGUUAACUUUGUUAGCUUUGAAUUUAAAAGUCCACCUUUGUUUCUUUGUAAAAGGAGACCUCGUACUGCUUAAGGGUUGUGUUAAUGGGCAGGUUUGCAAGGACAUAGCUUGUGUGUUCUUGAAGAAUGUGCAGUUACUAUACUUGUAUCCCUCCAUAUCAGUUCUUUGGGGGCUCAGAUAAUUGGCAUCACUGUUUUAUUUGUUUAUGCUUAGAAUGUGAUAAAUGUAAUAUAUGCAAGUUUAUUCUCUUUUCUCAAAGCACUGUCUUUGUGGAACCUAGUACUGUAUAUGGGGAUUUUCUUUCCGACAAGUGGCACAACAGCUGAACAUUAAAACACCACACCCUCCUUUUUCAGAGUUCUUGGUUGUAAAUUUCCUGGUAGAAAUAGUCUGCAGGAUUUGGUAAAGCAAGCUCUGGGAAAUAUCAUCAGGUCAGAACUGAGCCUUUAUUCCUCAGUGUAUUUUCAAAUGGGUGACACUCUUUUAUUUCCCCAACAAUGCUUUGUAAAGCUUUUCAACAGGCCUGUUUACCGUUUAAAGCCCCAUCUUUUGUUGCAUUGAUAACAUUUUACAAGUGACAGUCUUACUUCACAUCUCUUCUUGCAGAUUGAGACGCACAAUGCCUGUAUUUGUAGUUUGGAAUUCUGAGUUACACUGAACUCUUCUCUAUCAGAUAUAGAAAUCAGAUCUCCGUAGCAAAAGCUCACAAAAUGCAACUCUCAGCAUAACCAAGACAAGUAAGAACUUGACAUGAGAGAAGGCCUUGAUAGAAUAAAAAUUUAAAGAGUGGAUUAUUUCCUACAUGAAAAUUAAAUGUGCAACUACACUUUUUGACCACAUUUGUGGAAAAUUAUUGCAUUUCAAAGAUGCGUCUCUCUUUUCUCUUCUUUUUUGCAUGUGGUUCUUUUCUGAAAUGCUUUGAGGCUUCUUCAGAACCUUCCGAUGAUGGUAAUCAAAUGAAAACAAGGCAAGUAGGAAUAUACCACAGCACUGCAGUCUAGUUAAUAAGAGAAAAGAUUGUAUUCAUUCUGCAAAUUAUCAUGCGUUAGCUCUAUGCUUAAGUUUAUUCACAGAUGAGUAACAAUCUUUUUAUUUUUAUCUGCUUCAGAGUAGAAUUUUGCUGGCUCAUACUUCCAGAGCCCAAAUUUUCCAAAGAGCUUCCCCCUAAUUAGUUAGAAUAGGGCAGAAACUGGCAGCCGUCUGCAAAGGAAAAGAAUAAUAACGACAUGAAAGUUGCUCUGAAGCUGCAGAUAUAAGUUCAUCUUUCUAAGUGAUUGACGUUUGAAUCUGCUCCUUUUUUCUUCCCAUAAUAAUAUUAACAGGUUUUGAAUAUUUGCCCCCUGAAGAAUGAAUAUUCAGUUCUGACCUUGUAGUGGUGUUAUGUCACUUGCUUGUUCUGUGUCACUUAGUUUACAUGUCUCCCACAAUAACCCAUGUUGGGUGUUUCGUUAAAAAAGAGAGAGAGAGACAUCUUCAUAGCCAGCAGUAUUACUGUACAGAAUUUGCACAACUUUCCUUUUUAAAAUUACUACAUGUUUCUUUUCAGAAUAAGCUUUUUAAAAAAAAAAGAAAUGAAAAACAACUUCAACACAACACUAUAAAUGUAUGUACUUAGUAUUAUGGAAGGUAAUCCUGUGGAAUUUUUAUUUUUUUAAGAGAAAGAGUGAAAACAAUUGUGUAGAUACAUUGCAGGCUAACCAUAUUUGUUCUUCAUGUUUUUAUGAGUAGAGAGAUGCAACUGGGAACCCCUUUAUAUGAUGCAGGUUUGCAAAAAACAGAGGGCCAAUUCACAUCACAUUUCCCCCCGUGGUACUUCAUUAGGUUUGUGGCACACUAAACAGGUCUUUGUGAGAUUUUUCAAUAUUCUGUCCAAAUUAUAGCACAGUACAUUAGUUUUGAAUUAGUUUUGAAGUCUUUUAAGGAUAUGGUUAGCUACAAUCUAGAAAACCUUUUGUAGUGCUCAUGAGACCAAUUCAUUACAUCAAAAUCUACGUUAAAUUGAGAUUUAUUGUUUUUGUGACUGCGGCACAUACACAAUGAUCCCACAAAUUGACUCAAAACCAAACCGGGUUGACCGCCUUUUCUUAUAUCCAUACAGCAAGUUUCAAAAGAUAGGAAAGACAGUAUUAAAAGCUGGCAAACAGUCCUGACUACCUUUUGCCAAUGCUUUUAUCCAGCUUCAAAUAUAAUAUAUUUAUCAGAAAGCUUUGAUUGAACAUGAAACUGCUUUCUCUGGUUUAUGAGAAUUAGCAGAGAGAGUUGUGACAAUUUCAUAGGUUUCAACUAACAUGAUUGAUACAUUACAUGGACUUAGAUUGUCUUAAUAUUACGCACAACUACUGAGCCAUUCCAGUUUUAUGAGGUGGUCAAAUUGUCAAAAAUAAGCUUUUUACAUCUUUUUACAUAUAGCCACAUGUUACUACACCCCUCCCCCCGUUUACCAAAAAUUUGAGGUAAAAAAAGGAGGCUUGAUUUAUAAUAUUUCUUUUAUAGUUUCUUUUGUAAAUGAAUAGUCUUUUAAAUAUACUAUCAGUAGAAAGAACUAUUUAAUUACUACAGUAUGAUUCAAAAGGCAUUGUGUUAAAUCCUGUGAUGUAAAAUUUCACACCACAGUGCUAUGAAUUCCAUUAAAUUUAUUUACUUUGAAACAAAUGGCUUUUAAAACAAGGCUCCCAUCCAAAAAAUAUUAAACCAAUCUGUGUCUGAAUGAGGCAUUUUAAUCGCUUGUUAUCACAAGUAACCUUUAAAAAUGUUAUGCUACCUGUGUGAAUUUUAACAGUAGCAGGAAUUCUUUGUCAAAUUUAUUUGACAGUGAUAAAUUGAAAACACUUCAGGUUUUUCCUAUGACCUCAGAUACUGGUUGCUAAAUAUAUAUAUAUAUUUCUAUGUUUUUAUUAUUCCACCUAAAACCAGUCAAGUAGUCUUAGUAUCUUGAAUAAGUGAUGUUUUGAUUUUAACAAAACGAUUCACACUAUAGUUCACACUCUGAGUUAUGUGCCGAUUUCUGUGAGCACUUUGUAAAAAUGAAAUUAAUUGUACUACAGUAAUUUAGUUUACAAUUUGGUAAGAUGUUUAAUAAGAUGUUUUGAAGUUUCCUACAAGGAAUGUUUAAUUCAAAAGAGUAAAAUUCUCCUGUUAAAAUCUAAAAAAACACCCUUAUUAAGGUUGAAAACAUACAACAAAUACAGAAUACCUUCCUCCUACUGUGCCUGUUUUUCACACUGCUGUUAUCAACACCUUGAUUAGAGAAUCUCUAUAGCACUCCUUAACUGAAUUUAUCAAGCUUAAGUUCAAAUAUAUCAGAUUUCUUCACUUUCCAUGCAAUAAACUUUAGGGAUCAGUUGUUCCACAUGGUGUUUCACUUAGUUUUUCACUCAUUCUACCAUCCCGGAUAAUUUUGUUCUUGUCCUGCUCAUUUGCAAUUGGGCAGCAGUGUGUAAGUUGUUUAAUGUCAUCAGACUCCUUUCCUGGCAUAUUUCAGCAAAAACAAAUCUUUGUAAUGAAACCACAGGUGAGGACAACUUCACACGUGACUUUUUCCUUCAUGGAAAUUACAUCAAUGUACAUGGGAAAAUCUGUGGCUUCAGGGGAAAUUGAUGCAAGCACUGUGCCUGCAUCUUGAUUCACACAUUUUUCCCUACAUGGAGAUUGUAAGAAAAAUGACCCUGAAAUUGCUUGCAUAAAUAGUUUGCGGGUCACACCUGAACUGUAAAUGCCUGUUGCGAAUGUUGCUAUUGGAGACACACCACCACCAGUUAUAAAGACUGGUGUAAAGAAUAUUGUGAAGCAAAACUCGUAGUUUACUUGCUAAGUUUGAAACACAUUCCUAUAACCCUGUGUAUUAGUCAGGGAUACACAAAUCAGUUUCAAAUGAAGCUCAGUCAUGAGGUGAUCUUUCCAGUUGCAUCUUUUUUUCUCAUUGUUUUGUACAUAUUUCUCUUUCAUUCCUAAGUGUUAUUAAUCCUGAUCUACUUUUCUCACUUGGUAUGCUGGCCGCUAUGAAAAACACUAAAACUGGUACUAAAUAGCCAGUUUUCAUUUCCCUGAAAAAUCCCCCUUUUUAAUAGUUUGCUGUUUGCAAGUUGCUCCCUUCCUUCCAUUAAAAAUGGCUUGUGUCUAAGGUUAAAAGCUGCGAUUAAAACGAUAAGCAGAUACAAAAUGUCCCUUCAAAGCAGAAUGCCAUUCCCUGCCCAUCAUUGGGCACAACAUAUCUGCAUAAGAUGUUUGCCAGUGCCUUAAUUACCUGUUUGAAGACCAACUGGGCUAGCGAACCAUCACUAUUCCCAUGCAUUACCCCAUUCAUGCAAAUUGUGUUUUGUUUUGUUUUUUGAAGGAGCCCCAUGGAAGCCUCCUUGAAGCUUGAAUAGUCAGUAUAAUAACUCAGUUGUUCUUGCCUUCCUUUUGCUUUGAAGUUCAGUAUUAGUAUAUAGUGGACCCGGUGGUUUUGAUUCAUUCCAUUCUCAAGUUUUUUGAACAAUAGUAUAGAGCUGAUUUGGAUGACAAUUCAGACCUUUGCUAGGUGGUAAGGUUCUAUGGUAAGCCGGGCACUUCAGGGCAGCCAGGCCCAACCCUCAUCAGCACCAUUGGAGUGAGUGAGCCCUUGAGUCAUUUAAAAGAGCAGCUCUGGAUAUCACACAAUAUGGGCUUUUAAGCUAGUUCAACCUAAUUACGAACUGAGCACUCCAUGAUGCUGUGUGUUUGAAAUGUCUCUGUCAUACUAGCAACCUAAGGUUUUAAGGUAGACCAGGUCACAUCUGAUCUCCCGCUACCUAAAUAUAAAUAAUCUCUAGAGCAUUUCAAUAUUUUCAUUGGGUUUUUUCAGUCACCUAACGGCACUCAUAAAGAAAUCGGAACAUGCCCCCCCCCCAAUUUGGUUUAUUGUGUUAUUUGAACUCACUCGUACAGAAAGCAUGUUCCCUUUUUAAAAAGUAUAUCAAUGUAUGGAAGUCAUCAGGAAAAAAUCCUAUGCAAAACUUGGUAAGUAACGUAACACAUUUGUCUUUAAGCUUUGAUGUACUGGGGUUUUGAGAAACAAAAUUAAACUUGAGUAAAACUAACUCAAUAAAUAAAACGGAAGGCUAUGUUCAUGAAACAAUUGUUAUUUCUUCAGAUAUUGAGGAAACUGUUAUAUUCCCCCCACAGCCCAACACCCAUGUGAAUCAUAACCGAAUAUAUUUUUAAGUCUAAACCUCAGAUAUGAUAGUGCAAGCGGUUGACAGCUGCAAGUUGUGAAAAGUAAAUGUUCACAUCUAGAAAUAGAUAUUGCAGUAUCAUAAGAGACUCAUUGUGAAAGGUUGUGUAUAGAUGAAGGAAGCUACUGUCCAUAUUGGGAUAGUUCUUGAAUCUUGGCCUUGUUGAACAACCAAGAAGCUGAAAAUAUUUCUUUUGUGCAAUGGAGAAAUAAGGAGAAAGAUGUUUUCCUUCUGGUUUGUUCAACAAUGUCCAAAUUCAAUAACUACUACUAUUCCUGGAAUCCUGAAUUACAAAUUAAUUUAUUGCUUAUGCUACUCAUAACCUACUGCAAGUUAAUUUAUAGGAGGGGGAGAAAGAAAGAGAUGCAAAGUCCACAUUAUGCAAAACACAAGCCAUUUUUAAUGAAUCUUCUUCCCUGUUGACCUGAAGCACCAUUUUGAUUGAGGUUGAAUGCACUAUGAUCUCAAUGAGUGAUGUGCAGUUUCGCUGUUCCUUGUCCUUUUUCCUCCCGAUUUUUAAUACGUGUGUGUGUGUGCGCGUGCGUGCGUGCGUGCAUUUUGAACUGCGUGUUUGCAUUAGCUAUUUCAACAUGGCUACAAGUAUGGACUUAAAAAUAGAAUUUUCCUACUGAAAUAAAUAACUUAAAAUUUCAA